CCAGGGGAGUGAUUAUGUAGCCCCCCCCCAGUAUAAGAAGGUGGCACCCCGUGUGGCCCCCCCUGAGCUGUUGGAGCAUUCCCAGCCUCACCUUGGCUGGAGGGAAGACAGAACUACACGGGGUGUAGUUUUGUUAGUUGGGGGGGCUUCCUUGGGGGUCUGUGUGGACAAACAUAGAGGAUAAGGAAGUGCCUUUGCUUCAUCGGGGGCUCCGUCCCAACACCGCCAGGCGGCCUUUCACGCUGCCGAGUAACAUGUCGACACAGGCGCCAACAUUCACGCAGCCGCUUCAGAGCGUCGUGGCACUUGAGGGUAGUGCCGCCACGUUCCAGGCUCAAGUUAAUGGUUGCCCAGUUCCUGAGGUGAGCUGGUUCCGUGAUGGCCAGGUUCUUUCCGCUGCCGCUUUACCCGGCGUUCAGAUCUCGUUCAGCGACGGCCACGCUGUUCUGAAGAUCCCCGCCGUGACCGCCGCGCACAGCGGAAGAUUUUCUGUACGAGCUACCAAUGGAGCCGGACAAGCCACCAGCACCGCCGAACUUCUUGUCACAGCGGAGACGGCACCUCCGAGUUUCCUUCAGAGACUUCAGAGCUCCACCGUGAGACAAGGCAGUCAAGUGAGACUCAACGUCCGAGUCACUGGCAUCCCGGCACCGACGGUCAAGUUCUAUCGGGAAGGAGCUGAGAUCCAGAGCUCGGCUGACUUCCAGAUCCUCCAGGAAGGAGACCAGUACAGUCUGAUGAUUGCUGAGGUUUUCCCAGAGGAUUCCGGGACCUAUUCUGUGACCGCCAGCAACAGCAGCGGUCGAGCCACGUCGUCUGCAGAGCUGCUGGUUCAGGGUGAGGAGGCUGUGCCGGCCAAGAAAACCAAGACGGUGGUUUCCAGCUCACAGACACAUCAGACCAGAGUGGAGAAGAGGACAGAGGCCAGUUUUCAGACCACAGCCAUGAUGGAGAUGCAGAUGGAAGGUGCCGAGCUGAUGCACAAAACCCCACCCAGAGUUGCCCCCAAACCUGCAUCCAUGUCGCCGACCCAGUCGUCGUUGGUCACGAAGGUGACCGGAGCGCGGCAGCAGUCGCCGUCGCCUGUGAGACACGUGAAGGCGCCGACGUCCACACCAGUCAGGCCCAUCAUGUCCCCGAUCAGCGCACACAAGCAGAUCGGUUCCGGUUCGGAUGUCCUGCCCCCCUGGAAGCAAACGGGCUACGUGAGCGAGGUCGGCUUCAGCAGCAGCGCUACGCUGAUGGAGGAGUCGAGGCAGGUCAUCGGCAUCACACAGGCCGGGGGAGGGAAAAGGUCCGGGGCGGUGGCCACAGUGGUGGCCGCCGUAGAUCUGGCACGUGUCUGUGAACCUGUGCAUGAUGAGGGUGGUCCAGGGCAGGGCGACGUUUGGGCUUUCGAGGCAAAGUUGAGGUCACAGGUGGAGACCGGCUGGACAACCGCUCAAGACGUUCUUCGUGAUGACUCCACGACGUCUCAGGUGGUGGAGGAAGAGGCUGCAACUCCGUACGGCAACAGCGUGGUCCCGCCCACUUUGCUUUCCCAUCUGAAGAACACAAAUGUAACCGAAGGCGAGUCGGUGACCCUGGAGUGCCAGAUCGGCGGUCAGCCCCUCCCUGUCAUCCUGUGGUUCCGAGAGGACUACAAGAUCGAGAGCUCCAUCGAUUUCCAAAUCACCUACCACGACGGAUUUGCCCGCUUGAUGAUCCGCGAGGCCUUUGCCGAGGACAGCGGGCGAUUCACUUGCACCGCCACUAACGAAGCCGGAACCAUCAGCACUUCCUGCUACCUUCUUGUCCAGGUGUCUGAAGACAUCGAGAGCAGAGAGGAGGUCGCUGAGGAACGUGAAGACAAACUAGUAACUGAAGAAGAAACCAUGUCCCAAGUGAGCGGAGUUGAGUCCGAGUCCUCCGCUGUCGCCGCCCCGUUCUUUGUCAGCACUCCCGGCUCCCAGAAGCUGGUGGAGGGAGGAAGCGUUAUCUUUGAAUGCCAAGUGGGAGGAAGCCCCAAACCACACAUUAUAUGGAAGAAGAACGGCAUCCCGCUCACGACCGGUUACAGAUACAAAGUUGCCUACAAGAAGGAGACCGGCGAGUGCCGAUUGGAGAUCUCCAUGACUUUUGCCGACGAUGCUGGAGAAUAUUCCAUCUUUGCCAAGAACCAGCUUGGAGAAGUAUCGGCCACCACCAACCUGCUUGAGGAAGAUGAAUACGAAGCCUACUUGAAGACACAGGAGUUGACGUUGAAGACGGAAGUACAAGCCACAGUGCAGGAGCCCAAAGUUGGAGACAUUCCUCCCACCAUGAUGAUAUCAGAGAAGAUGACCACCACUAUUAUCUCCUCACAGGACUUCCACCUGUCCGUCAUGGAGCAGAGAAUCAUCCAGGAGAUUGAACUUCCCAUCAUGCGGAUGAGCUACAGAGAACUGGUGACAGAAGACGGAGAACUGAUGGUGACCGCCGCCGAUGAUGAAGCGAUGCAGCCGACCUUUGACACACCAGUUAAAAACUACCGCAUCAUGGAAGGAAUGGGCGUCACGUUCCACUGCAAGAUGGCUGGAACGCCUCUGCCAAAGAUCGCUUGGUACAAAGAUGGCCAGCGUAUCCAGUCCGGUGGACGAUACCAGAUGGAGGUUCUUCAGGACGGACGUUCUAGCCUGCGUCUGCCGGUGGUUCUCCCAGAAGACGAGGGUGUGUACACUGCCUUGGCUUCCAAUAUGAAAGGGAAUGCCGUCAGCUCCGGGAAGCUCUACGUCGAGUCUUCCGGCGCAGCGUCGCCUCAGAGAUACACCCCACAGCCAGCCAUGCAGAGGAUCCGGUCCACAUCCCCGCGCUCUCUGAGCCGCUCACCGGGCCGUUCUCCCAGCCGUUCUCCCGGACGUUCUCCUGCCCGUCGGCUUGACGACACAGAUGAAGCUCAACUGGAGAGACUCUAUAAGCCCGUCUUUGUUGUGAAGCCGAGCUCGUGUAAAUGCUCCGAGGGGCAAACCGCCAGAUUUGACCUGAAGGUUGUGGGCAGACCCAUGCCUGACACAUACUGGUUCCACAACGGACAACAAGUGGUCAGCGACUACACUCACAAGAUUGUCAUUAAGGAGGAUGGUACUCAGUCGUUGAUCAUCGUCCCAGCCACGCCACACGACUCCGGCGAGUGGACGGUCGUGGCUCAGAACAGAGCUGGACGUUCUUCGAUCUCUGUCACGCUCGCUGUCGAUGCCAAAGAAACCUUGGUGCGUCCACAGUUCACGGAUAAGCUGAGGAACAUCAGUGUCAAGCAGGGGACUCUGGUGGAACUGGCGGUCAAAGCCAUUGGGAACCCGUUGCCUGAUAUCGUCUGGCUUAAAAACAGUGACAUCAUCACACCUCACAAGCACCCGCAUAUCAAGAUUGAAGGAACCAAAGGAGAAGCAACAUUCCAGAUCCCAUCUGUGUCAGGUUCAGACAGCGCUUGGUACACCGCCACAGCCAUCAACAAGGCCGGCAGGGACACCACCCGCUGCAGAGUCAAUGUGGAGUUGGACUACGCCGAGCCGGAACCAGAGCGGAAGCUCAUUAUUCCCAAAGGAACCUACAAAGCCAAAGAGAUCGCCGCUCCCGAGCUGGAGCCUCUUCAUCUCCGCUAUGGCCAAGAGCAGUGGGAGGAAGGAGACCUUUACGAUAAGGAGAUGCAACAGAAACCGCAAUUCAAGAAGAAACUGACCUCCGUUCGAAUGAAGAAGUUUGGCCCUGCUCAUUUCGAGUGCAGACUGACUCCGAUCGGUGACCCCACCAUGGUGGUGGAGUGGCUCCAUGACGGAAAACCCCUGGCGGCCGCUAACCGGCUCCGCAUGGUCAACGAAUUCGGCUACUGCAGCCUGGACUAUGAAGCCGCUUACGCCAGAGACAGCGGCGUCAUCACGUGCAGAGCCACCAACAAGUUCGGCGUGGACCAGACCUCGGCCACCCUCAUUGUCAAGGAUGAAAAAGGCCUUGUGGAGGAAAGUCAGCUCCCCGAAGGAAGAAAGGGAGCUCACCGAAUCGACGAGAUGGAACGCAUGGCUCACGAGGGAGGACCCGCCGGAGUGACUGCCGACGAGGAGACUGACAAAAUGAAACCGGAGAUCGUACUUUUGCCCGAACCCGUCCGGGUCUUGGAGGGUGACACGGCCAGAUUCCGCUGCAGAGUGACCGGCUACCCUUCCCCCAAGGUCAACUGGUACCUGAAUGGGCAACUUAUCCGCAAGAGCAAGCGAUACAGACUUCGUUACGAUGGAAUUUACUACUUGGAGAUCGUAGACAUCAAGUCCUACGAUUCAGGGGAGGUCCGAGUCGUUGCCGACAACAACCUGGGCUCCGCCGAGCAUACCGUUAAGCUGGAGAUUCAGCAGAAGGAGGACUUCAGGAUGCACCUUCGCAGGGUUCCUGAGACCAAAGCGGCCGAGACUGCGCCGGAACCUGGAAAGACUCCCUUUGAGGUGGUGAAGGUGGAGAAACCCUCAGAAGACAGUCAGCUGAAGGAGGUGAUCAAGCUGAAGAAAGCUCAGAGGAUCGUUCACGAAAAAUCCACCGAGGAAUCGGAGGAACUGAGGAGCAAAUUCAAGCGCAGAACCGAGGAGGGCUAUUAUGAGUCUAUCACCGCUGUGGAACUCAAGUCUCGGAAGAGGGAUGAGUCCUAUGAGGAUCUGCUGAAGAAGACCAAGGAAGAGCUCCUCCAUCAUGCCAAGGAGAAGGAGGAGGCAGAGAAGAAAAAAGAGGAAGAGCGACGAGCGACUGCCAAAGCGCUCAAACCGGAGAGGGUGAAGCUAUCGGCUAGCAUGGAAGCUCCCAAAAUCCUGGAUCGUAUCUCGAGUCAGACGGUAGCGCAAGGAGAUGAAGUGAAGUUCAGGGUUCGGGUUGUUGGCAGACCGAAACCCGAGUGCCAGUGGUUCAAGAACGGGGUUCAGAUGGAAGAGACUGAACGGGUUUACUGGUUCUGGCCGGAAGACCAUGUUUGUGAGUUGGUCAUCAAAGACGUCAGAGCUGAGGAUUCUGCUAGCAUCAUGGUCAAAGCCAUCAACUCCGCUGGAGAGACCUCAAGUCACGCCUUUCUUCUGGUGCAAGCAAAGCAAGUCAUCACCUUCACGCAGACGCUGGAGGACAUCAGCGCCAAAGAGAAGGACACCAUGGCCACCUUUGAGUGUGAAACCAACGAACCCUUCGUCAAGGUCAAGUGGUUGAAGGACAACAUGGACAUCUUCUCCGGUGACAAGUUCAGGAUGCACUCGGACAGGAAAGUUCACUUCCUGUCUGUGCUGAUGCUCGAAAUGAGAGACGAUGCCGAAUAUUCCUGCGUGGUCGUAGACGACGAUCACAUCCGCACGAGCGCCAGGCUGAACGUCGAAGGAGCACCGCUGGAGAUCCUGAAACAUCUGGAGAGUACCGAGGUGCCAGAGACCUACUCUGGAGAGUUUGAGGUGGAGCUGUCUCGUGAAGAUGCUGAGGGCGUGUGGUUCUUCGGAGACAAGCAGUUGUCCCCCAGCAGCAAGCAUGUCAUCUCUUCACGGCGCGGACGACACAGCCUGUCCAUCAAGGACGUCAAGAAGGAAGACCAGGGCCAGUACUCCUUCACCGUGGGCCAAAUGAAGACCACCGCGUCCCUCAAGAUGAAAUUCCGCCCGGUGACGCUGAUGCAGCCUUUAGCCGAUCUCGCCCUCUGUGAGGGUGACAUUGCUCAGAUGGAGGUCAAGUUCUCGCAGGAGAACGUGGAAGGAACCUGGAUGAAAGACGGAAAAGUGGUAACCGUCUCGGACCGGGUGCACAUCGUCAUCGACAAACAGAUCCACAAACUCCUGAUUGAGGACACCAGGAAGGACGACGUCGGCGUUUAUUCAUUCGUGGUUCCCGAUCAGGAGAUCUCCACCGCCGCCAAGCUGAAUAUUCGAACUAUCGGCAUCAUGAGCCCGUUGAAGGACACGAGCACCAUUGAAGGCACCAAGACCGUCCUGGAGGCCAAGAUUUCCGCUCAAGACAUCAGCUCGGUCAAGUGGUACCACGACGAUAAAGCCAUGACCCCCAGCGACAGAGUCCAAAUGGUCGCCAAGGGAGCCAAGCAGCGCCUGGUCUUCAACAGGACCUUCGCCUCAGAUGAAGGACGCUACAAACUGGUGGUUGGACGAGCCGACACCGAGUGUACUUUGUCCGUGCAGACCAUCCAGAUCAUGACUCCGAUGAUGGACAAAGAGUGCGCCGAGUCGGAGAACGUUAUUUUUGAAGUGGAAGUCUCCCACCCAGGCAUCGAUGCCUUUUGGACUUUUAAGAGACAGCCGCUCAAAGCCGGAGGAAAAUACAAGAUGGAGUCGAAAAACAAGCGCCACAGUCUGACCAUUUUGAAUGCCAUGAAGGACGAAGAAGGCGAAUACGUGUUUGCCGCCGGCGAAAAGACAUGCAGCGCUUCGCUCACCGUCUCGGGCGGCGCCAUCAAGAAACCGCUUCAGGACUUGGUGGUGGCAGACUCGCAGACCGCCGAGCUGGAGUGCGAGGUUGCUAACCCGUCCGUGGAAGGCAAGUGGCUGAAGGACGGCCAGCCCGUGGACUUCAGCGACAACGUGCUGAGCGAGGUGAAUGGCGCCGUCAGACGCCUCGUUAUCGUCAUCACUAAGGGCGCCGACAUUGGAGAGUACACCUACCAGAUCGCCAGCUCCAAGACCACGGCCGGUCUGAAAGUUGAAGCCGUGAAGGUGAAGAAGACGAUGAAGAAUGCCAACGUGGUCCAGACGCAAGACGCCGUGUUCAGCCUGGAGCUGACUCACCAGAACGUGAGGGGCGCCCAGUGGAUCAAGAACGGGAUCGAGAUCAAGCAAAGCGACAAAUACGAAGUGACGGUCAGCGGCACCGUGCAUACCUUGAAGAUCAGGAACUGCAACACCCAAGAUGAAUCCGUGUAUUCCUUCAAGCUGGGGAAACUGUCGGCCAACGCCCGCUUGAACGUUGAAACCAUCAAGAUCCUGAAGAAACCCAAGGACGUCACCUCGCUGCUGGGAGCGACCGCCGUGUUCGAGUUGGGCAUCUCGGAAGACGACGUACCCGUGAAGUGGAUGUUCAACAGCACGGAGCUGAAGGCCAACGAGCACUACAGGAUGACCUCAGAGAAGAAGACGCAUAAGCUGGUGGUGCAGGACGUCAACGCCAGCAAAGAGGGGGAGUACACGGCCGUGGUGGGACAUCUACGCUGCAGCGCCCACCUCACCGUCGAGUCUCUUCGUGUGACCAGACCCUUGAGCAACGUGGAAGUGGCUGAGACCCAGGCGGCCAACUUCGAGUGUGAAGUGUCGCACUUCAACGUCCCCUCCACCUGGUUGAAGGACGGCAUGGAGAUGGAGAUGAGCGAGAAGUUCAGGAUGGUGGUCCAAGGAAAGGUCCACCAACUGAAGAUCAUGAACACCUGCAUGGAGGACUCCGCCGAGUACACCUUUGUGUGCGGUAAAGACCGAGUCUCUGCCACGCUCACCAUCAACCCCAUCGUCAUCUCAACCAUGCUGGAAGACGUCAACGCUCAGGAGAAGGACACGGUCACACUGGAGGUUAACGUGAACUACGAGGGAAUUUCCUACAAAUGGAUGAAGAACGGCGUCGCCAUCCGCUCGACGGAUCGAUGCCAAGCGCGAUGCAAACAGCUCACUCACACGCUGAGCAUCAGGAACGUUCAUUUUGGCGACAGCGCCGAAUACGCCUUCAUGGCCGGGUCUUCUGGAACCAGCGCCAAGGUUUACGUGGAAGCUCGUGUUGUUGAAUUCACCAAACACUUGAAGGACUUAAAGAUCACCGAAAAGAAGAGAGCAACCUUCGAGUGUGAAGUUUCGGAACCAAACAUCCAGGUGAUGUGGAUGAAGGACGGUCAGGAGCUGGAGACGUCGGACAGAUACAAGAUGACCUCCGAGAAGUUUGUGCACCGCCUGAUUUUGCCCUCUGUCCGACUGUCGGACGUGGGAGAAUACACCGCUGUGGCCGGGUCCAGCAUGUCCAAGGGGAACCUUGCCGUGGAGGGACGGGACAUCAAGAUCUCGGAGCCCACCAACAAGAACAUUGCUGUCGUCGAGAGACAAAGAGCGACUUUUGAGUUUGAAGUGAGUGAGGACGAUGUGGAAGGCCGUUGGAUGAGGAACGACGUGGAGAUCCAAUUCUCCUCAGAGGAGCGUUUCAGCUAUGUCACCAUCAGGAAGCUCCACCGUCUUACCAUCGCUGAGACGUACAGAAGCGACGGCGGAGAGUACACCUUUGUCGCCGGAAAGAACAAAAGCUCCAUGAACCUUCACGUGACACUUCCCGAACCUCCCCAGGUGGUCCGCCCCAUGCAGCCCCAGACCGUGAUGUCGGGCAAAUCGGUUCGCUUCUCGGUGCAAGUGAGCGGUCUCCCGCAGCCGCAGGUGACCUGGUACAAGGACUCGCAGGCUCUCUGUACCAGCUACAUGUGCAAGUUCCUUCAUGACGACGACGAGCACACGUUGCUGCUGCUGGAGGUCUUUCCCGAGGAUGCCGCUGUCUACAGCUGUGAGGUCAAGAACGACUACGGCGAGGCGGCGAGCUCCGCCCCUCUCACCGUGGAAGUUGCUGAAGAAGUUACGGUCCAGGUCUCUGCUCCAGUCCUUGUUUCUCCCAUGCGAGACAUCCUGGUUUCAUCGGGCCAUUCCGCACAGCUGGAGUGUACCGUUUCCGGGGACGAUCUGCAGAUAUGCUGGUUCUGGAACGACCGAGAGAUCAGGCAGUCGGACAUCUUCAAGAUGUCUCGUUUUGGCAACAUCUGCCAGUUGAACAUUUCCCGAGCGUCCUUCGACCAUGAAGGAGAGUACUCAUGUGUUGCCAGGAACUCGGCAGGAAUGGUCACAUGUGCUGCCACUCUCAAUAUCGACGAUGGUAAAACCUUAGCUAGCAUGGCAAGCACUGGGGCUGAGGCUCGGCUAAGUCAGACACUCGAGACUCGGACACUUACCGAGUUUACCGAGUGCUUCUCUGAGAGCUCCUCCACAUCUUGGCGGAGAGUAGAAGUUGAAAUGGAGAGCACAGACAAUCACAUUGAAAUCGAAUUGUACCCGAGGCCCAAACUGCUGAUGGAACUGCGGGACGUCCGGGUCAAAAGCGGUGAGAUGGCCGAGUUCUGCUGCUCCUUUGACGGACAGCCCUUUGUCGGGGUGGCGUGGGAUCACGACGGCCGGAACGCGGUCACGGAGCGGGUGAGGAGCUCUCAGAGCGGCGGACUCUUAUCCCUGGUGAUCCAGGGCGUCGGCGUGUCCGACCAGGGCAUGUACCGCUGUACCGCCACCAACCGACACGGCCAGAACAGCUCCUCUGCUCGGCUCACUGUGGAAGCUAAAGAGGCAAAUGUCAAAUCCGAGUGCGCCAUCGCGACCGAUUCCGUGCAUGCGGCGUCACAGGCCGACGUGGAGAACACGCAGGAUUCUCCCGAGAUCCCAGACCAGGAAAAGAUGGGGGAGAAGCCGGGAUCGGUGCCUCCCUGCUCCCAGAGACCUUACGGCCUCGUCAGCCAACUUUAUUUCCUGGACACGUUCCCCAAUGCUGAUCUCGGCGCCCGCCCCGACUUCCUGAUCCCGCUCCCCCGAGAGCUGUUGGUCCAGAACUGCAGCCCCGGGCUGUGUUGUGUUAUGAAGGGGCUUCCCCGAAUGUCUGCCAUUUGGCUUUACGGCUGCUUGAGUGUUGUGGACUCUGUGUCGUACUCUCCGAAACGGGACGGCCCCCUGUGCUGUAUGGGUGUUAAGAAAUGGGGACCUGGACACGGGGGCGCUUUCUCUUGCAAAACCUCAGCCGGGGAUGCUGAGCGCAGCUUGGUGACCAAAGUCACCGGAGAGCAGAGGGCGCCUGGAUUCCAGGUCCAGGAGGAAGUGGCAGCCUUCUCUAGCUCCACCAUCACCGUGGAAGAGGAAAGCCGACAUUCCUACUACUCUGAUCUUAAAUUUCCACACAAAACACAAACAUCUGAACUCCAGCCAGAGUCCAAACUGUACUCCAGUACUUUGGAGAAGACCAAACAAAAGCCGGUUUUCCUCAGCAAACUUUCUCCGGCAGUUGUGGCUUUGGGAGAAAAGGCUUUUCUUACCGUCACAGUAUCUGGUUUUCCUGAACCCAGUCUUCGGUGGGCCCACAAUGGGCAGACCAUAAGCACAUCGUCGAGGUAUACUUUUGUCCGUAAGGAAAACGAGUACACUUUGAUCAUUAACAGAGUUGCAGUAGAAUUAGAAGGCGAGUACUCUUGUACUGUCAGCAAUCGAUUUGGACAGGAAACGUGUUCUUCUUAUCUUCAUAUUCAUCUGAAGGAACCACAGACGGAGAGCCUUGAGAAGGUCUUUGUGCCGAUGGGCAACCCUCCGGUGUUCUCUAAAACUAUCGAGUCCGUUCAGCUGCGUGAAGGAGGUCAUGCGUCCUUCCGGUACGUCGUGACCGGGGAUCCUCGACCUGAGGUCCGGUGGCUGAAAGGCAGCCUUCAGAUUCAACCCAGCAGCUUAAGCGUCAUUGUGAACAGCUCAGACGGAUCAGGAUUCCUCACGCUUAAGAACGUCCGGCAGGAGGACGUAGCCGUCUAUACCUGUAAGGCUUCCAACCAGUCUGGAGAAGCCGCUUGUUCUGCUGAGCUCUUGGUGUUGAGUGAGAAGGUCGAAGAGGACUUGCUAAGGAAAACGAAUGCUUUGACCUUGUCCAUAACCGAGGAGAGUACCGAAUCCAGAUUGAACCAGAAAAGCAGUCGUUCUGAUCAGAUGAUUUACACCAUUAGUACUGAAAACCGGAAGGUUAUUCCCAGCGAGGAAGUGGGAUCCCUCGGAGAACCGUAUAUUUCUGUAGCCACCCGCCAUCGCGAGCAGGUCACCCGCAAGGCAGCAGUACUACAGUCUCACGAGAUCCAGGAAAGCCUUUCUGUGGUUCCGAGCCAUCCACCUCAUGUUUCUACGGUUCCUGUGAAAGCUCUCCACAUGACGGCGUUCUUAUCGUCAGUUCAGGAGAAACAAAAGAUCACAGAGCAGCACUUUGAACGCAUUCUCAGCCCGCAGAUGGUUGAAGUGGACUUUGCGAGAGAACAUAGCAUCAAUCUCCAGUCAAGUACGACUGAUGAACUCCUCACACUUAGCACAGUCACAUCCCAGACGAUUGUAGACCGCAUUCCAGAGCAUGUGGAGGUUCUGGAGGAGCCCCGGCAGCUUUUCAGCAGCCACUCAGUUGAACCUGCCGUACUGGCCAUGGAUGGAACGUUAUCUGUCCAUCACAGACCACAGGAAGAGAAAGGUUUUAAUGUCCCUGAGGGGCUUAAAAUGUUCUACAGUGCUCAGUCAACCGGGCAGCUCCCAGUCACCGAAAGACACUGUGUACCUCUGCCGGUUUUAGAUGCAGAAACCGAACCACUGAUCGGUAAAGAGCCACAUCAGGCAUCGGUUGCGCCAAUCAAUGAGUCGAUGCUGACUUUGAGCAAAGAGCAUCCAAUUAAAAAUAAUCUACCAGCGCAGGAGACAAUCAGUCCACGCAAAGACCGGGUCUACAAGUCAGCUCCUACCACUGAAGAGAAGUAUUUACUCCAGAGUGAUCAGUUAGGACACAUAUCAGGUGUAGUACCGUCUCAGAGUCUUCAUCCUCUGACGCAGGGAGAGGUACUCCUGAACCUGAACCUUAUCGACAAUCAGGCCGUUUUGCAGUCAGAAGGUCGAUUCAACAGUCGGACACCUUCAACCGAUCAGGCAAACGUGGGCAUGAGUCCCACUUUGCUACACACCGUAACCCAGGAAGAGCAGAGGUCUGUCGUUUGUGACGUCACCUCAGAAGUCUCCACCAAGGUUGACGUUGAGUCUCUGAAGCCCGCUAUGGAGCUUCCGCCGACACGGUACCUACAAUCAAUCGAUUCUUUAUCACCGCUACCGAAAGAAGAUACACUUAGCGUUAGCAAACCGACACAGCAGAUGGCGACGCAAAAACGGGAAAAGACUCGAAAGUACGCAGCGCUUUCCCAGGAAAGUCAGGAGCUCACAGCUGACUUCCACAAAGAUUUGAAGGUGUCCUUUGCGGGCAUGGAGUCCCAAUCUGGUACGGAACCAAAGAUUCCAAACACCCUAGCAGUUUCAUCCCGGUCUGGACAGCUUCCGAAGGAGAAACCUUUCCCAGCAGAUUUGAAACACCAAAGAGCUUUAGUCCAAAAAGAGGAUUGCUGGAAUAUUGUACAUUCCGUAAACGUUACAGACACCCAUGCCAUGGAAGAGGGUCAUACCACUUAUCUUCAAACCGGGAAAAAAAUCCAUAAUGAGAUGAAAUAUGAAGCCAAGAUUCCGAGAAAAACGGUUUGCGUAGAAGAGAAUCCAGUUGCGAAUGAAACCUGUACGGUCCUCAAAUCAGCUGACCGGGAGUUUGCAGUCCCAAUCCAGGAAGGUCAAUCGGUGCGGCAGUCAUUGUUGCUCCGAGAAAAACGGAUUCUUACUCAGGACUCGUCAAGUGAGAUUCAAACAUGUCAAGGCUCAACCGCUAGCGUCUUGACCCAACCUAAAAGAGUUGCGUUUGUCUCCGAGAGCCAAGAAUCCCGAACUCUUCCCAAAGAACUUAACUUUAUGAUUCGGAUGCCCAACAAAAGCUGUUUGACGAUUCAACAUCAGCUCCGAGAUGCUCUUAGGUCCGCUGUAGCCAAUCAGCAGCCGGUGUUGCUAGCUGAUGUCGUUAGCCACUUCAAGGCGCUGGACAUUCAAGAGCUAAACGUUCAAAAGGAGCCCAAAGGCAGAGUUCACACGUACGUGAUUACAUCACCCGGUGCUCUCAUGGAGCUCACGCUCAUUUUUGAGUGUGAAUACCCCCGCAGAGCUGACCUGAAAUCAGAACUGGAACUCGCUCUUCAUGCUCUGGUUUUGCAGGAGCAGCAAAGUCUGGUAUCCGAGCAAACGGGUUUGAUGCAGAUCAACAAGCCUGAGAAGGCGCUGAUUUGCUCGCAACCUGUCAAAGAGCAGUUCUCGUUGGUGGUUGACGUAGCCAUGGUGGCGGAGAGUGCCGCUGGGGUUCCUCCCAUUGUUCCUCAGUCUGCUGCCUUAAACACGGAAACAGUUCAGAGUCAGACAGAAGUCCACAAGUCAAACCAGGACACUGAUCGUGUGUCCGUCCAUGGGACCGACUUGUUUGUCCACCAGGAGGCCAAGAAAGAAUCAAUGUCAGAGUCCAUGAUCAGAGUAGAGUCCUCAGAUAUCUUGGCUGGUUUCCCACUUGUCAUUGCUUCUCUGGACGAGGUUUCUGCUGAGGAAAACAACAACGUUGUGAUUACGUCCACCAUCAAGUAUGCCACUACUAUUAAUUGGUUUGUCAAUGGACACUUAGUCAAAUCUGGCAAAGAGUUCCAAUGUUCUGGAGAUCAGGACACAUACACACUCACCAUCAACCGAGUCCAGAAGGAGAAACACGAAGGCGAAUAUGCCUGUGUAGCGGAGAAUCAAGCUGGGAAGACCACAACACGGACAAGACUCAAAGUUGUCUCACGAGUGAGACCCGUGUUCAAGCACACGGCGGCCCCUCUGGAGAUCAACGCUGGCAACACUGCCAGGUUUGAGUGCGAAACCGAGGACGCUCCUGAGGUGAACUUCAAGUGGUUCAAAGAUGGACAGCGCAUCAAAGAAGGCGACAGGUUCAGGAUUAUCAGCCGUGUUACCACUUCCUUCCUGGAGCUCCUGAGCGCCACCAAGGACGAUGGCGGUGAAUACAGCUGCAAGGCGUCCAACAAGCACGGCAGUGACGAAUGCUCGGCGACGCUCCACGUGACAGACAAACAAAUCCCUCCCAGCUUUAUAACUACACUCAACUCUUGUACCGUUUAUGUCGGGAAGAGUAUGAUGACUGAGUGUAUCAUAUCAGGAUCAGCUCCUGUCAAUGUGAUGUGGUUUAAGGACCAGCAGGCUCUUCUCCAAAUGCCCGGCCAUUACAGAACCUUCAGCGAUAAAAAUAAGGUCGGGCUGGAGAUCUCCACAGUUGAGCCAAGCGACCAGGGCUUCUACCUGUGUCAGGUGUCUAACGACGUUGGUUCGGCUGAGUGCAGCUUCCAGCUGAACGUUGUUGAUAAGCCCAGCUUUGUGAAGCUCCUGGGUCAAGUGGCCGCCGUGGUCGGCACCCCGUUGCACCUGGAGUGCCAGGUGGAUGAAGAUACCGGAGUAAGUGUGAGCUGGACCAGAGACGGUCGAAAGGUCCAUCAGUCUCCCGACUGUAAACUGUCCUUUGAGGACAAAAUACUCGCUCUUGACAUCCCGAAGACCAUGCUGAAAGAUUGCGGCUCUUAUGUGUGCACGGUGACAAAUGACGCCGGUAGCGCGACUUGCGCCACCUUAGUGAAGGUUCAAGAGCCGCCGGUCUUUGCAAAGAGACUGGAAACGACGGCGCUCUGGAGGAAAGGUGUCACUGCCCGCCUGCAGUGCACCGUCAAAGGAUCUCCUGAACUUCACACCGUGUGGUUUUUUAAUAACGUUGAGCUGCUCCCUGGCAGCAGAUACAACAUGACUUUGAAGGAGAACGUGGCUUCUCUUGAGAUUCACGACGUCACGUUGAGUGACAGCGGCAGCUACACCUGCGAAGUUCUCAACGAGAGCGGGUGUGAAAGCUGCAGCACCAAAGUCAAAGUUAAAGAGCCACCAUCUUUCAGAAGGGCACUGCCCUCUGUGGAGGUGCUAAGAGGUGCUGUUGCCGUACUGGACUGUGACAUUGAGGGUUCGGCGCCUUUUGAGGUGUCCUGGAAAAAGAAUAAGAAACCUGUGAGCACAGAUAAGAAGUACAGAAUCAUGUCACAUGGUUCCUCCACUUCUCUGGAGAUUCACUCUUUUGAGAGUGCCGACGCCGGAGAAUACGAAUGUGUUGUAUCCAACGAAGUGGGCUCUGUUACUUCAAAGUCCAUGGCUAGAGUCAAAGAGUCUCCGACGUUCACAAAGAGGAUCGAGAGUGCCGCUGCAGUGCUGGGCAGCAGCGUUAAAAUGCAGGGAAUGCUAAAAGGCUCAUCUCCCAUCACGGUCAAAUGGAUGAAAGACUCUGAGUUGCUCAGAGACGAAGAUCCGAAUGUGAAAUUUGUGUUUGAGAACAACAUUGCCAGCAUCUCCUUCGCCUCUGUUGAAAUCAAACAUGGUGGCAAGUAUACUUGCCUGGUGGAAAACGAGGCCGGGCAGCAAAAAUGCGAAGCCAGCUUAACCGUUCAAGAACCCGCGAGGAUCUUAGAGAAAACAGAGUCCCUCAGUGUCACUGCAGGGGAUUCCGCCACGCUGGAGUAUACCAUCUCUGGAAGCCCAGAACUGAAAGUGAAGUGGUUUAGGGAUGGCAAGGAGAUGAUGAGUGGACGCAAAUACCGAAUGAGCGUGAAGGACAACACUGCCACCUUAAAGAUUCUUACGGCAGAGAAGGGCGACACCUCAGAGUACAAGAUCGAGGUGUCCAAUAAAGUCGGACGUGACCAUUGCACAUGCUCAGUGACCGUUAUCGACCGGACAGUUCCCCCGUCCUUCACCAAACCGCUAAAGAAAGUGAACGCAAGCAUAGGCGGCAGCGUUACCCUAGAGUGCAAAGUUGCCGGAUCACAACCGAUGGUGGUUUCUUGGUACAAAGACAAUAAGGAACUCCACACUGAUGCUAAUUAUACGAUUGAUUGGAGUGACAACAAAGCGUCUGUGCUGAUCAGCAACGUUUGGCAGACCCAUGCCGGCGUUUAUACUUGCCGUGCCUCGAAUGACGCCGGCGAGCGAGAGACCAGCGGUACUUUGUCCAUCAAAGAACCUCCAGCUUUCACAGAGGAACCGAAGGCUCAGGACUCCUUACCGGGAUCCAACGUUGUCUUGAAAGCAGCCUUCACCGGAUCGGCACCUCUGGUUGUGAAAUGGUUCAGAGAGGAGAAAGAAAUGUUCACUGGUGGGAGAUGUUUCAUUAAGAAGGGAAGUUCUUCAAGCUCCUUGGAGCUUCACUCGGUCAAUCCCGGUGAUUCGGCUCAGUACACGUGCCAAGUGUGCAACAAUGCCGGGAAAGUGGCUUGCACUGCGGUCCUCUUUGUUAAAGAAGCGCCAACAUUUGCUACUAAGCUUGAGCCUUCACGGCUGCUGAAAACCAAGCAGCCGCUCAAGUUGUCCUGCAAAGUGCACGGCACGCCUGCGAUCACGGUGACGUGGUUUAAGAACGGCAAGGACAUAAGUUCUGACGACAGAUGCAAAGCGUCCUUCGAUGGCGCCUUAGCGAACUUGCAGGUGGACGGGUGUUCCGUCGACGAUAGCGGAGAAUAUGUCUGUGUGGCGUCCAGCCAAGCCGGCAGAGACGAGUGCGGCUGCUCGGUUAAAGUCAAAGAACCCCCCUCCUUUCUGAGACCUUUUGAAUCGGUUGAGCUGGUAAAAGGAUCUGACGUAGUCAUGGAAGGAACCAUUCGAGGGUCUCCUCCAUUUGACAUGUCUUUCUUCCACAAUGAUAAGUUGCUUAGAAACACUAAAAGACAUACGAUCGGUCUUGAGAAUGAGACGGUGUCUCUUCAAAUCUCGAACUGUGAUGACGGAGACUCGGGCACGUACCAGUGCACCGUGGCUAACGAUGUUGGAGAGAUGUCCUGCUCCUUUGACAUCUCCUUGACAGAGCCGCCAUCAUUUGUUCAGAAACUGGAAGACAUGUCGUGUGUGGUGCACUCAAACGUGUCCAUGAGAUGCACCGUCUCUGGAUCGCUUCCCGUGACACUGUCCUGGUUCAAGGACGAUCAGGAGCUCACGGAAAACGAGCAUGUCAAGAUGUCGUUCGAAGCGAACCGUGCGGUGCUGACCGUGGAGAACACGCACGUGUAUCACGGCGGGAAGUACAUAUGUCAGGCUCAGAACGCAGCCGGUCGUAAACGAUGCACCGCCAUCCUCACCGUGUCAGAACCGCCGAGUAUUCUAGAACAUUCAAAGUCCAUCAGUGUGACCGAGGGUGAUCCGGCUACACUCGAAUGCCGGUUCUCCGGCACAAAGCCACUCAAGUCAAGAUGGAUGAAGGCCGGAAAAGAAGUGAAAUCGGGUCUGAGAUACAAAGUGCUGAGUGCAGACUCGACGUCUGCGCUUACGAUCUUAAAAACCGAGCAAAGCGAUGGCGGCGACUACACAUGCCAAGUUGAAAACAACGCCGGCACAGCUUUUUGUGACGCCGCCGUCACAGUCUUAGAUGAGAUUAUUAAACCAACUUUUACAAGGAAGCUGAAGGAAACGGAGGCCAUCAAAGGAUCUUCUGCUCGUCUGGAAGCUCUUGUAUCAGGUUCUCUGCCGAUGACCAUUCAGUGGUUGAAGGACAACAACAACAUCCAGACCGAUGAAAAAUACACAUGCUCCUUCGCUGACAAUGUCGCAUUCCUGGAAGUCAAUCUUGUGGACACUCAGGAUCGCGGAUGCUACGCCUGCGUGGCUAACAACAAAGCUGGAUCUUCUAAAUGUUCGGCUGUCUUGCACGUCCAAGAACCACCGACUAUCACCGAAAGACCCGAGUCGAUGAACGUUUUACCUGGGUCAAAGGUGAAGUUUAACGCUAGCGUGUCUGGCACGCCGCCGCUCACCAUGAGAUGGUAUAAAAACACCACAGAGAUCCACUCCAGUGCCGAUUGUUCGGUAAUCAGACACAACGGUUCAACUUCUCUGGAGUUUUUCUCCGUGACAACAUCUGAUUCUGGACUUUACGUCUGCAAAAUCCAUAACAAUAUCGGCGAAACUUUCUGCAAAGCCACCCUCUUCGUUCAAGAACCUCCUGUUUUUGUGGAGAAACCAGAUAGUUUUUCCGUAGUGAAAGCAGGAGCUAAACAUGUCCUAGAGUGCAAGGUUUCCGGCACUCCGGAAAUCACUGUACGAUGGUUCAAAGGCGGCGUUCCGGUUGAACCGAGUACAAAACACAAGAUGUGUUUCCUCAACUCUGUGGCAACGUUAGCGAUCCAGCAGGCCGCUGAAAGCGACAUCGGGAAAUACGUCUGCGAAGCGCGCAAUGACGCAGGCACAGAGAGUUGCAGCGUCCAAGUGGAAGUGAAAGAACCUCCUGCGUUUGUUGAUGAGCUGCCGUCACUUGAAGUCAUUAAAGGUUGCACUGCGACGUUUGCCCUGAAAGUGACAGGAAGUGCUCCCUUUAAGGUCACAUGGUUCAAAGAUAAAAAGCCCAUCGAAUCCAGCCACAAGUAUUUCAUGGAUGAGCCCAUGACCUUGAAAGUCUUUGACUGCCAAGUACGAGAUGUUGGUUCUUAUGAGUGUGUGGUUGCCAACGAGGUGGGAAGUUGUUCUUGCGUGGCAACUCUAUCCAUGAAAGUACCUCCAAGAUUUGUCCAAAGGAUCCAAAAUAUGUCGGCAAUUUUGGGAGAUGCCGCCACCUUUUCUUGCACCGUUGAAGGUUCUCCGCCUCUUUGCAUAAACUGGCAAAAAGACGACAAAUGGAUCCCGGAAGAUCCCAAAGUCAAGAGAAUGUUUGACAACUCGGUGGCGACUCUCCAGAUCCCUUCAUGUGAGACGAGUCACGGUGGCAAAUACGCCUGCCAGGUUGUAAACGAAGCCGGACAGGAAACCUGCUUUGCGGCGUUGACCGUUGAAGAACCUCCUUCCAUCCAAGACAAACCAGGAACGCUCAAAGUCACUUGUGGGGAUCCGGUUAAACUGGAGUGCAGAGUAGUCGGAAGUCCUGAAAUCGUUGUAAGUUGGAGCAAAGAUGGCCGAGAGCUCCACUCUAGUCGGAAAUAUCAUCUGUUCCACGAAAAGGACCUCGGCAUUUUAAAUAUACAGUCUUGCGAUCUGCAAGAUGGCGGAGAUUAUCUUAUGGAGGCCAGGAAUUCUGUGGGAAAAUGCCGCUGUAAAAUCACGCUGAUGGUUUUAGAGGAAGAAAUCCCGCCCGCUUUCACAAAGACGCUAACAAAUAUCCAAGCAGUUCUGGGUUCAGUGGUCACCAUGGAGUGCAAAGUGGUCGGUUCUCUUCCGAUAUCGGUUGCCUGGACCAAAGGCAAGGAACCCAUCAGUGAGGGUUCCAAGUAUGAAAUGUGUCAGGAUGGCAACACAUUCAGGCUGCAGUUUGUUUUGACUGACAGCCGGGACACGGGCGAGUACUCGUGUCACCUUAGCAACAAAGCGGGCCGCUGCUUGUGCAGCGCCGUUGUCACCGCUAAAGCGCCACCGCGGUUCACGGUGGAACCUGAGUCUCAAGCCGUGGUUCCAAAAACCACGGUGGUUUUCCAAAGCGUCUUUGAAGGAACGCCACCUUUCACGGUGAAAUGGGUGAAAGACGACGUGGAACUGAUGGCUGGUCCAUCAUGUCGCAUCACACAGGAUGAAUACUCUUCUUCCCUGCAACUGGACUCAGUCGGGAACCUGCAGAGUGGGAAUUAUUCUUGCCACGUUAGCAAUGAAGCGGGCGCUAUAAGAAGUGCGGCUCAAUUAUCGGUCAAAGAACCACCACAGUUUGUCCAGAAACUUCUUCCCAAAACCUUUGUGAAGCUGAGCGAGGCGCUCCGCUUGGAAUGUAAACUGUCCACCGCCCAGCCGCUCGGUGUGUGCUGGUUCAAAAACGAUGAACAGAUCACGGACGGAGACAACUUUAAAACCGCGUUGGUGGACUCCACGGCGCAUCUCCAGCUUUGCUCCGCGGGGCUCGAUGACAAUGGCGUUUACACGUGCGAGGCUCAGAACGAUGCCGGCAGCGUGAGCUGCAGCACCGUGCUCACGGUGCAAGAGGCACCCUCCUUUACCAAAGUCCCUUCCCCAGUGGAGGCCGUUAAAGGCAAAGAUGCAAGCCUGCACUGUGAGAUAUACGGAACGCCGCGUUUGCAGGUGAGCUGGUACAAAGACAAACGUCCGCUGAAGGAGAGCAGGAAGUACAAGAUGAUCAGCGAGGGCAGCUCGGCCACGCUUCACGUCAUGAGACUGGAGCAAGCCGACGUCGGCGUCUACGAGUGCAGGGUCUCAAACAGUGUAGGAAGUGAAUCCUGCAGUGCUAGCAUUAGCUUAAAAGAACCUCCGGCCUUCACCACCAAGAUGGUCGACCAGUCUGUGAAAACAGGCGAGCGGCUGACUCUGACGGCGGCGGUCAAAGGCUCCGAGCCCAUGACCGUGUCUUGGAUUCAGGACCAAGAUCACAUUCUGAGAGAUGGAGAUAACAGGAAGAUUACCUUUGAGCACAACGUGGUGACGCUUGUGGUUCCCACGGUAGAUUCCACCACCGCGGGGAAGUACACCUGCCAGCUUAGGAAUGAUUCCGGAACUGUGGAAUGUAUCUCCCAUGUGACGGUUUUAGAACCCGCAGCCAUCGUGGAAAGUCCAGAGUCCUUGAACAUGCAGGCAGGGGAAAAUGCAGUUUUUGAAGUCACUGUGUCAGGUUCCCCUGAGUUGAAAAUCAGGUGGUUCAAGGACAACAAAGAACUUUCUUCCGGGGCUAAGUACCAAAUGUCCUUCUCAAAGAAAGUCGCCCACCUGAAGCUCCGUUCUGCCGAUAAAGCUGAUGCCGGAGAGUACAGGCUGGAGGUUGCAAACCACGUUGGUUCAGCCUCCUGCAAAAUCAAACUCUCUGUCUCAGAAAAGAUGAUUCCUCCUAGUUUCAUUAGAAAGCUGAGAGACACCCACCUUGUGGUGGGAAAACCCGGUGAGAUGGAAUGUAAGGUGACGGGUUCAGCUCCUUUAACAACUUCCUGGUUCCACAACGGCCAGGAGAUCACAAGUGGAUCCGACUGCGAUAUUAGCAGCUCCGAUAAUAACUGUAAACUCAGAAUUCCAACCAUUAAGGUGUCGGAUUCCGGGAAAUAUACUUGCAAAGCCGUGAACGCUAUGGGAACCAGUGAGACCAGUGCUUCCAUGCACGUGACAGAACCUCCGUCUUUUGUGGAAACGCCCGAAGCUCAAGAGACACUGCUCGGGAAAAGUGUGUCGUUCUCGGCGAAGGUGAAAGGCAGUUCCCCGCUCAGAGUCAAAUGGUUCCGGGGAACAAAGGAAAUGCAGCACGGGAGGGGGUGUGAGAUCUCCCUGAAUGAAGAUGUCGCUAGUUUGAUUCUUCACAGAGUGGAACUAUCCCACGCGGGGGAGUACACCUGCCAGGUUAUUAACGAUGCAGGGAAGGAAAGUAGCACGGUGUACCUGUGCGUCAAAGAGCCGGUUCACUUUGUAAAAAAGCUGAAGGAUCUUUUCUCCGAGAAGGGUAAGCCUCUAAGACUCGAGGUGACGUUUGCCGGAACCCCCAGAGUCAAUGUGACAUGGAAGAAGGAUGGCGUCUUCGUCUGGGCUUCGUACCAGUACAACGUCAUCACGACGUCCACUUCCUGCAUUCUUGAGGUUCUUAACUCCGACAAGGUCGAAGCAGCAGGACGAUACUCUUGCGAAAUCGACAACGGAGUCGGAAAAGACAGAUGCGAUGCCCAAGUGUCCAUUCUAGAGAAACCGUAUUUUCUUGAAAAGAUGGAACCGGUCGAGGUUGCUCUGGGUGAUCCGGUCACCUUGCGGUGCCAGAUUGCAGGAACUCCUGAAAUCUCCGUAGCUUGGUUCAAAGCGGACGGGAAGCUGCGGCGUUCCGAGAACUGUUUGAUGGACUUCGCCAACGGUUUCGCCACUUUGAAACUGCUUAAGACUACCAAGUCUGAUCGCAGCCAGUUCAUCUGCAAGGCUGAGAACCGGGUGGGCUCGGCGUCCGCCAGCUGUGACGUGAACGUGACAGAACCCGUUCGCUUCAUCAGAAAGUUGGAAGACACGACAUUUACAAUCGGUCAACCGCUCAAGCUAGCCUGCAAAUACGUCGGAAGCCAAAGAGUCUUUGUCACGUGGAAAAAGGACGGCAAAUUCAUUUGGGCGUCCUAUCAGUACAAUGUCACAACCACAGACUCAACCUGCGUCCUGGAGGUCCUCAACAGCGACAGGCCGGAAGCAGCCGGGGUGUACUCUUGCGAAAUUGCUAACGGAGCCGGAAGUGACGUCUGCCAGGCUCGUGUCGGUUUAGAACGCACACUUCCUCCCAGCUUCAGCAAGCGUCUCCCAGAGUCCAUGAUGGAUUCGGUGGGUAAGACGGUCACCAUGGAGACUCGGCUUUGUGGCUCCCAGCCGCUGAGCAUCACCUGGUACAGGGACAACACAGAACUCAGUGCGUCAGACAAAUAUGAUGUCACCUUUAAGAACAACGUGGCCGUGUUGAGUGUGCGGGACUCCAGCACCUCUGACUGCGGCACCUACACCUGCGAGGCCUCCAACCAGGCCGGGAAAGCUUCCUGUCAGGUUUCUCUCACCAUCUCAGAAAGCAGCAAGCCUCCUAAAUUUGAUGUUCCUCUGCAACCGGUGACGCUUUGCGAAGGAGAGAAUCUGAGCCUGAAAUGUCACGUUGCCGGCUCUUCUCCACUCACCGUCCACUGGAUGAAGGACAGGAGGGAAAUCAAGUCUAGUUCAAGCACCAAGAUCACGUUUGUGAAUGGUACAGCUUCUUUGGAAGUCAGCCAGGUGACCAAACCUGCUGCAGGAGAUUAUCUGUGCAAGGCCAGCAAUGCUGCAGGGACGGACUUCUGCAAGGCCAGGGUUACCAUCAAAGAAAAAGACGGCAAGUCCGCCGCCAGCACCACGGCUCCUGCCCCCGCAGCCAGUGCUCCUGCCCCCGUGAAAGCCCUUGACAACCUUUUUUUCAUCGAGGAACCAAAGAAUGUUUCUGUCACAGAGAAGGGCACGGCCACCUUCAUCGCUAAGAUUGGAGGUGAGCCCAUCCCCAGCGUGAAGUGGAUGAAGGGCAAGUGGAGGCAGAUCACACCCGGUGGUCGCAUCUCGAUGGAGCACAAAGGCCAGGAUGCCAGACUGGAGAUCCGAGAAGUGACCAAGUCAGAUUCGGGUCAUUACAGAUGCGUGGCCAGCAACAAACAUGGCGAGAUCGAGUGCAGCGCUGAGAUGGCUGUCACCAAAAAAGAGGAAGCGGCGGGACUUGAGGACAUAAGGAUUAGGCUGAAGAAGACCCCCUCCAAGCAGAAGAGUCCCAAAAAAGAAGAAGAGGUCAACAUAGUCGAGUUGCUCCGAGGUCAAGAUCCAAAAGAGUACGAGAAGGUUCUGAGGGAGCACCAGAUCCAUGACUACCGUGCCAUCCUCCAGGCAGUGGAGCUCCUGAAGAAAGAAAAGGAGAUGGAGGCCGUAACAUCGGGGGCGGGGCAUGGCGACCGAGUUGAUGAAGAAGACAUGGCUCGACUCAUCCAGCAGCUCGAGGGCCGAGUGGACACAGAGCCUGUCACCGUCACGGAGGACAUCCGUGACCAGACGGUGCCUGAAAACAACAGCGCCACCUUUCAGUGCCAGAUCAGGAUCAACUACCCAGAGAUCACGCUGAGCUGGUACAAAGGAACCCAGAAACUGGAGAACGGUGACAAGUACGCCAUAAGCAGUGACGGUGAGCGCCACUGCUUGAACAUCCACAACUGCCAGUCCAAAGACCAGGGAAACUACCGGGUGGUCUGCGGUCCUCACAUCUCCAACGCCAAGCUGACCGUCUCAGUUCCUGAGGUUUACAGGACGCCAGAGGAGAAACCCUCUGCAGCUGAAGCUCCACCUACAGAAGCUGACACCAAGACGCCAGAAGUGGUGGUUGCUGAUUUGCCUGGACAAGAGGAACACCCGGUCCCUGAAGCAUUGAAAAUAUGCACCAAAGCAGAACCAGAAGCCGAACGCCAACCUCGACCAGAAGCCGAACCCCAACCUCGACCAGAGGACAAACCCCAAACUCGACCAGAAGUAGAACCAAAAGCUGAAACCCAACCUCGACCAGAAGCCGAACCCCAACCUCGACCAGAGGCCAAACCCCAACCUCGACCAGAAGUAGAACCAAAAGCUGAACCCCAACCUCGACCAAAAGUAGAACCAAAAGCUGAACCCCAACCUCGACCAAAAGUAGAACCAAAUGCUGAACCCCAACCUCGACCAGAAGCCAAACCCCAACCUCGACCAGAAGUACAACCAGAAGUAGAACCAGAAGCUGAACCUCGACCAGAGGCCGAACCUCAACCUCGACCAGAAGCUGAAUCAGAAGCUGAACCAGAAGCUGAACCAGAAGUAGAACCAGAAGUAGAACCAGAAGCUGAACCCCAAUCAGAAGCUGAACUAGAACCAGAAUCUAAAUCACAACCGGUUGCUGAACCUCAACCGGAACCAGAAGCCACACCUGAACUUGACCAGAUAGGGACUACAGAUAGCAUUCCAGAUCCUUUCCAAGCCCAGCUGAGAUCCGAGCCUGAAGCGGCUCCAGUAGAGACGCUGGCUGAGUCCAAGACCGCUCCGGCGUCAAAGAAGAUGAAAAGAGAAGCAAACAAGCUCGAACCUUCCAAAAAACGAAAAGACUCUUCCAAAGUCCGAGUGGACGACACACUCGCACCAGAAGAACCAUGUCUCUUAAAGGUCACCUCCCCUCCAGCUGAAGCUGCUCCUGCACGAGUUGUCCCAGAAGUGAGACAACCUAAAGCCAUCCCCGAGAUGCCACAAAAACCGCAUCUGUUGCCUCCUCGUGAUGAACCACAAGAAGCAAAUCUUCAAACAGAAACACCAAAAAAGAUUCCCGGAGAAGCCACAAAGGUUCCAGAGGCUCCUGCCCAAAAGGAACUACCAACAAAACAAGCAGAACGUCCACAGUCUGGCCAAGCAGAACUUGUUGGUCCAGCUGCCCCACAAGCCAAAGACUCCAAAAGACCAAAACAAAAACCACAACAAGCCAUGAUCCUGGCAUCUCUUGUUCCUCAAGUGUCUUCACCAGAGGAGCAAACACCAGCAUCUUCACCCCCCGUAGAGAAGGUGGCUCCACCUUCAGUUUCUCCUCCAGAGCAGAAAACACGGAAAGCCUCGGUUCCUUCUACUCUAGACCAAAAAGUACCUCCUCCUCCAGUGUCUCCUCCAGAAGAAAAGACAUUGUCUCCACUCACACCAAAGCCUCCAGCUAAAGUCGUUCCUUCUCCAGAGGAGAAACCUUCUGAACCAUCUUCUGUCAUUGAGGACAUCUGUCCACCUGGAGACAAGGAACCGGUUAGAGCUCCUGGACCAACUAAAGCAUCAGAUGUACAGAAAGUUAAGAUUCCUCUACAAGAGACAAGAAGAUCAUCCAUACGGAAAACGAAGCGUGCGGUGACCGCCCACACGGAGGAGAAGGAAGCAGAGGUGGAGGUCAUCAGGUUGAAGAAGGUUGCAGGAGAACCUCCAGCAGCUGAGAAGGAAGUAGAAAGCCAUCAGGCAGACGUGAGCGAGCUUCUUCACCAAGACCUCAACGUUCAUGCUCUCCGCCACAGAGAAGACCGGGAGGUAAUCACACUCAGAAGGUCUGAACGACUCUUCACCGCUGAACAACAAACGAGUCGACUUGACCGUCGGGAACAUCAAGUGGAGGAAAAGCAGGAAGAAGAACAAAAAACAACUGCAGGAAAAACUCAAAUGCAAAAGGAUGAGGAGCAGAAGGAAUCACUUCAACUCAAAUUAGUGGAAACUAUCCAAAAAGGAGGUGCAGACACACCUUCUAAACAAAAAGGAGGUGAAGAAACACACAUCAAAUCAAAAGGAGAAAAAGAGAUACAUAUCAAACAUAAAGGAGGUGAAGAAAAACGUAUCAAACCAAAAGGAGGUGAAGAAAAACGUAUCAAACCAAAAGGGGGUGAAGAAACACACAUCAAACCAAAAGGAGAAGAGAUACAUGUUAAACAAAAAGGAGGUGAAGAAACACACAUCAAACCAAAAGGAGGCGAAGAAACACAAAUCAAACCAAAAGGAGGUGAAGAAACACGAAUCAAGCCAAAAGGAGAAGAAACACAGAUCAAACCAAAAGGAGGUGAAGAAACACAUAUCAAACCAAAAGGAGGUGAAGAGACACAUGUCAAACAUAAAGGAGGUGAAGAAAAGCAUAUCAAACCAAAAGGAGGUGAAGAAACACAGAUCAAACCAAAAGGAGAAGAGAUACAUGUUAAACCAAAAGGAGGUGAAGAAACACAAAUCAAACCAAAAGGAGGUGAAGAAACACGAAUCAAACCAAAAGGAGAAGAAACACGAAUCAAACCAAAAGGAGGCGAAGAAAAACAUAUCAAACCAAAAGGAGGUGAAGAAACACAGAUCAAACCAAAAGGAGGUGAAGAGACAUAUGUCAAACAUAAAGGAGGUGAAGAAACACAAAUCAAACCAAAAGGAGGUGAAGAACCACAUCUCAAACCAAAAGGAGGCGAAGAGACACAUGUCAAACCAAAAGGAGGUGAAGAGACAUAUGUCAAACAUAAAGGAGGUGAAGAAACACACAUCAAACCAAAAGGAGGUGAAGAGAUACAAGUCAAACAUAAAGGAGGUGAAGAACCACAUCUCAAACCAAAAGGAGGUGAAGAGACACAUGUCAAACCAAAAGGAGGAGAAGAAACACACAUCAAACCAAAAGGAGGUGAAGAGACACAAAUCAAACCAAAAGGAGGUGAAGAGACACAAAUCAAACCAAAAGGAGGUGAAGAGACACAAAUCAAACCAAAAGGAGGUGAAGAAGUACAUCUCAAACCAAAAGGAGGUGAAGAAGUACAUCUCAAACCAAAAGGAGGUGAAGAGGUACAUGUCAAACCAAAAGGAGGUGAAGAAACACAAAUCAAACCAAAAGGAGGUGAAGAAACACGAAUCAAACCAAAAGGAGGUGAAGAAACAGGAAUCAAACCAAAAGGAGGUGAAGGAACACAAAUCCAACCAAAAGGAGGAGAAGAAACAGGAAUCAAACCAAAAGGAGGUCCCACCAUUGGAAAAGAGCAGCCGACACAUCAGUAUGGACGUGGCAAAGAGGAGGUUCCUGAGACGGAGGGCCAUGAAACAGAACCCAUGAAAGAUUCUGAGGUUCCAGGAGCAUCUCCUGGGGUGAACCAGAAAGCUGAACUUGAGCCUCACAAGGAGGAACACCUAAAAUCCCAACUCCUGACUCCAUCAGAUGACCUCAAGGUGCGAGUGGACGUGGGGUCUGAGCUUGAAACGGAACCAAACGUGUCCGGUAAAACUUCUAAGGAGCCGAAGCAGGACCACCAAAGAGAAGACAAGUAUCAGGAGUCCCAGGAUCCAGCUCCUGUACCCAAAAGAAAAGGAGGUGUUCUUCCACCAACAGGAGAUAAAGACACAAAAGUAGAUACCCGGAAGAAACCCAAGAGGACCUAUCCACCUGGAGCAAGGAUAGAACAUGUAGAAGAUGAGCAGGCCUCCAAGACCAUGGAUGAACAUGAAGACAAACGGGAGAAGGUUCAAGAAAAAAAUAUCGUUUUGAAGAAACCUUCCCCAGAGGAGGCAUCUCCGUUACAAGAAUCGGACAACAAGAGGGUUCCCUUCUUGAAGGUGGUCUCUCCGGGAGCUGUGCAGGUGAAGAAAGUUCCCACCCGGCUGGAAGAGGAGGUAUUCCAAGAUGAAGCAGAAGACCAGGAGCCAACGGACGAUGAGGAGGCCUGGGGCUGGGAGCUGGUCCCCCCUGAAGGGACGGAUGGGGCGCUUGAGACUCCGGGCAUGCCUGACAGCAAGCGAGAUGGGAAACCAGCAGAGGAACCUCCUAAAGGACGAGGUCGAGGAUUUGGGGCAAGACAAACGCCUUCUCCCGGCGAUGGCGGCCGAGGUCGGGGUCUGAGGCCCGGCGGGAAAGGCCCAUCGCCUCCGGAGGAACCUUUUGGAGGCUUCAAGCUCAAAGCCGUGCCGCUGAAGUUCAUCAAGAAACUGGAGGACAUUUUGCUGCUGGAAGCCGAGUCCAUCGGCUCGUCGGCCGUGUUUGAGUGCGUGGUGUCGCCGUCCACCGCCAUCACGUCGUGGAUGAAAGACGGCACCAACCUGCGUGAAGGCCCCAAGCACAAGUUCACGUCUGAUGGCAAAGAUCGCAAGUUGAACAUCAAAGAUGUCCAGCUGUCGGACACCGGAGAAUACACCUGUGUCGCCAGGAACGCUGGCAAGGAGAUCUCCUGCACCGCUAAGCUGAUUGUUGAAGAGCUUCCGGUGAGGUGGAUCAAAGAACUGGAACCAGAGACGUCAUGUACCAAGGGUCAACCCAUGUACCUCACCUGUGAGCUCAACAAGGAGCGGGACACCGUCUGGAAGCGUGAUGGAGUUGUCCUGAAGACCAAGGCGGGAAAGUUGGCCAUCAAUGUGAUUGGCAUGCAGCACGCCGUGACCAUUCAGAAUGCCACGGAGGAAGAUGGCGGCGUCUACUCGUGUGAGGUGGCUGCCCAGGAGAGCAUCAAGACCAGCACCAACGUCAAAGUGACCGAGGUUAUCAAAGACUGGCUGGUGAAGCCUCUGAGGGACCAGCACGUGAAACCCAAGGCCAAGGCCACCUUCAAAUGUCAGCUCUUCAAGGACACGCCCAACUGGAAGUGGCUCAAAGGCGACGGUGCCCUGGAACCUUCUGACAAGGUGGAGAUCAGCAAAGAUGGAGUCGACAUGAUGCUCAGCAUCAAUAACUGCCAGCCCGACGAUGUGGCAGAAUACACCUUCGAGGUGGAGGACCGGAAAUACGUGGCCAAGCUGACUCUCGGAGAGCGUGAGGCAGAGAUCCUGAAGCCGCUCGCCAGCUUGGAAGUGGUUGAAAAGGAAGAAGCCAACUUUGACACCGAAAUUUCCGAGGAGGAUAUUGUCGGGGAAUGGAAACUUCAGGGACAAGUGCUGACCAGAUCUCCGACUUGCGACAUCAAAGUGGAAGGGACGAAACGUUUCCUGGCCUUAAAGAACGUCCAGCUGGACCAGGCGGGCGAAGUGUCCUAUCAGGCUUUAAACGCCAUCACCAGCGCCAUGCUGACCGUUAAAGAAAUCGAAAUGGGCUUUGUCGAGCCCGUGAAGGACGUUUCUGUGCCUGAAAAGAAACAAGCUAAGUUUGAAUGCACCGUCACCAAGGAGGUGUCGAAAGUCAUGUGGUUCAGGGGCUCGGACAUUGUCGCCUCGAGCCCCAAAUAUGAAAUGAUUGACGACGGAAAGAAACACAUGCUGAUCAUAAACAGCUGUGAGUUUGACGAUGAGUCUGAAUACAGCGUAGAGGUUUUGGGUCUGAAGUCGACGGCUCGGCUGAUUGUGGAAGGCAUGAGGCUGGGAGUCACGAGGCCUCUUGAGGACCAGACGGUGAAAGAAGGUAAAACGGCUCACUUUGAGCUGGAGUUGACUCACGACAACGUGCCCGUGGUUUGGUAUCGCAAUGAAGUCAAACUGCAUGUGAGUCGAACGGUGCUCACGCACGUGGAAGGACGGAAACACGGUCUAGAAAUGAGGAUGCUGACGCUUGACGAUACCUGCCAGAUUAAGGCAGAAGCUAAAGGGAUAAGCUCCAUGGCCAAGCUGACCAUCGUAGAGGGCGAUGCCGUGUUUGUGGUGAAACUCCAAGACUACACGGCCACGGAGAAAGACCAGGUCUCGCUGGACUGUGAGCUCAGCAAAGACGUGCCGGUUGUUUGGUAUCACGAAGAGAAGGAGAUGACUGCCUCCAAGAUGGUGGUCAUGAGGUCAGAAGGAACUCGAAGGUCUUUGGUCCUGCAGAAGGUGGAGCAGAGCAGUAAAGGGAAGUACACCUGCGACUGCGGCACGGACAAGACGGCGGCGAACAUCGCCGUUGAAGCUCGCGACGUCAAGUUGGUUCGACCGAUUUACGGCGUGGAGCUUUUUGACGGGGAAACGGCGCGUUUCGAGGUGGAGAUCUCCGAAGAUGACGUGCACGGCCAGUGGAAACUGAACGGAGAAGUUCUGAGUCCUUCUUCUGACGUGGACAUCAUCGAAGAGGGCGGCAAACACACGCUGAUCCUGUACAACUGUAGGGUGGCCAUGACGGGCGAGUUGGUCUACACGGCCGCCAACGCCAAGUGUGCUGCCAACUUAAAGGUCAAAGAACUUCCUCUCAACUUCCUGACGCCUCUGAGCGACGUUCAGGUGUACGAGAAGGACGCCGCCAGGUUCGAGGUGGAAGUGUCGAGAGUCCCGAAGAGCUUCCGUUGGCUGAAGGGUUCGGAGGAGCUUCGGAGUGACGACAAGUACGAGAUGAUCCAGGACGGGAACACGUAUGUGCUGCUGAUCCGAUCGGCUGCCUACGAAGACGAGGCCAAGUACAUGUUCGAGGCCGAAGACAAGAGGACAAGCGGGAAGCUGGUCAUCCAAGGCAUCCGCCUGGAGUUUGUCAAACCCAUCAAGGACGUGACGGUGAAGGAACGUGAAACGGCCGAGUUCAGAGUGGAACUCUCUCAUGAAAAUAUCCCGGUGGUUUGGUACAAGAACGACGUCCGCCUUCACCCCGGCAAGGUGGUGCACAUGUCGGAUCUGGGAGCGGUCCACACGCUGGCCUUCAAGGAGGUCGCCAUCGAUGACACGUCCAUGAUCAAGGUGGAGGCUAUGGACAAGACCGUCAGCGCCAUGCUCACCGUCAUCGAGGGUGACUUGUACUUCACCACCAAACUGCAAAACUACACGGCCGUGGAAAAGGACGAAGUGAAGCUGGUGUGCGAACUGAGCAAAGCCGUCGCAGACGUCAAGUGGUUCAAAGACGGGAAGGAGCUCACGCCCUCCAAGAACAUCGCCAUCAGCACUGACGGCAAAAAACGUAUCCUGACGGUCCGCAAGGCUGAGAAGAGCAACAUCGGCGAGUACUCCUGUGACUGCGGCUCCGACAAAACCACCGCCAAUCUCAACAUUGAAGAGCGUGACAUCAAGGUGGUGCGUCCGCUGUACAGCGUUGAAGUCACCGAGACAGAGACGGCCAAAUUUGAGACGGAGAUUUCCGAGGAGGAUGUCCAUGGAAACUGGAAGCUGAAAGGAGAAGCUUUGCAUCCGUCAACCGACGUGGAGAUAAAGGAGGAGGGAAGCAGACAUCUUCUGAUCCUCUACAACGUGCACAUGGACAUGGCGGGAGGCGUGGACUUUUCCGCGGCAAACGCCAAAUCAAACGCUCAGUUACGAGUGAAAGCGCGAGCCAUCAGUCUCCUGCAGCCGUUGAAGGACGUGACGGUGACGGCCGGAGAGACCGCCACGUUUGAGUGCGAGCUGUCGUACGAAGACAUCGCCGUACACUGGUUCCUGGCGGGACAGAAGAUGGAGGCCAGCGAGCGCGUGAAGACUCGAGUGGCUGGUCGAAUGCACAGUCUGACGGUGCGAGAUGUGAAACUUUCCGAAGCGGGCCAGAUCCGAUUGAGCGCCAAGGACUUCCAGACUCAGGCUCAGCUCAUCAUCCGAGAACCGCCUGUUGAGUUCACCAAGUCUUUGGAGGACCAGACGGUGGAGGAGGAAGCCACCGCCACGCUGGAGUGCGAGCUCUCCAGAGAAAACGCAGAUGUGAGAUGGUUCAAGGAAGGGCAGGAGAUCCGGAAGACCAAGAAAUACGACAUGGUCGUUGAUGGACCGAAGAGGGCGCUGGUCAUCCAUGACUGCAACCCGGACGACAUUAAGACCUACACGUGUGACGCCAAGGACUUCAAGACUUCCUGCUUCCUUGAUGUCAUCCCGCCGCAUGUGGAGUUUUCGAAACCUCUUCAGGACGUCGAGGUCAGAGAGAAAGAAUCUGCCAAAUUUGAAUGCGAAGUAUCCCGGGAGUCGGCCAAGGUUCGCUGGUUCAAGGACGGCAGCGAGAUAAGAAAAGGAAAGAAGUACGAGAUCAUGGCCAAGGGCGUUCAGAGGACCCUGAUCGUACACAAGUCCACCAUGGACGACGAGGCGGAAUACGAGUGUGACGCCCGGACGUCCAAGAGCUCCGCCAUGUUGACCGUGAUUGAGGAGGCUGCGAGGUUCACCAAGAACCUGUCCAACGUGGAAGGUACGGAAACUGACAGCGUGAAGAUGAUCUGCGAGGUGUCCAAGGCUGGGGCGGAGGUGACGUGGUACCAAGGCGAGAGCGAGCUGCCGGAGGGGGGUCGUUACGAGCAGAUCACGGACGGACGCAAGAGGAUCCUGAUCAUCCAAGACUUGAGGAUGGAGGACGCCGGCGAGUACAACUGCAGACUCAGCUCCAGUGUCAAAACCUUCGCCAUUCUGAAGCUAAACGAACUUGCAGCCGAGUUCAUCGCCAGACCUCAGAACCAGGAGGUUGUAGAAGGUGAGAAGGCGGAGUUUGUCUGCUCGGUCUCCAAGGAGACCUACGAGGUGAAAUGGUUCCGAGGGGGCAAGGAAGUGGAAAGCGGGGACAAGUACACGAUUGUCAGCGAUGGAAAGAGACGGGCUCUUACUGUGAAAAGCUGCGGACUGGAAGAUGAGGGCGGCUACGUUGCACACAUCGGCAGUGUUCGAGCCUCGGCUGAUCUCCUGGUGAUCGAAAAACUGAAGAUCAUAACGCCCAUCAGAGAUACGGAGGUGAAGGAGGGGAGCGAGAUCGUUUUUAACUGUGAGACGAACGUGGAGGGGGCCAAGGCCAAAUGGCUGAAGGACCAGGAGACCAUAUUUGAGAGCAGCAAGUACCUCAUGGCUCAAAGGGACAAUGUGUUCUCCCUGAGGAUCCGAGAUGCUUCCAAGGCCGAUGAGGCCAGCUACACCAUCGGGCUGACCAAUCAGAGAGGAGAGCAGGUCAAGUGCUCGGCCAAUGCUAAAGUUGCAGAGGAGAAGCUGAAGUUCCUGGACCCCAUCGAGGACGUCGAGACUCAGGAGAAGAAGACCAUCAGUUUUACAUGCAAGGUGAAUCGACCCCAGUCGACCGUGAGGUGGACGAAGGCCGGCCAGGAGGUGACGCUCAGCAAACGCGUCAUCUACAGAAGCGAAGGCCUCACCCACACGCUGACCAUCAAGGACUGCGUCAUGGAUGAUGAGGGCGAGUACGGCGCCUCGGUGGGAGAAGACAAGUGCGCCGCUGAACUGAUCAUCAGCGAGGCGCCCACGGAUUUCACCGCGCAGAUCAAAGACCAGACUGUCACUGAAUUCGAGGAGGCAGAGUUCACAUGCAAGUUGUCCAAAGAGAAGGCUGCUGUCAAAUGGUACAGGAACGGCCGAGAGAUCCGAGAAGGACCCAGGUACCGAAUGGAGAGAGAAGGUAAGACCUGCAGACUGGUCAUCAAGGGAUGCAGACCAGACGAUGAAUGUGAAUACGCCUGUGGCGUGGAAGACAGAAGGACCAGAGCAAGACUAUUUGUUGAAGAAAUCCCGGUGGAGAUCAUCAGACCACCUCAGGACACGUCUGAGCCUCCCGGCUCUGACGUGGUAUUCGAGGUGGAGCUCAACAAGGACAGAGUGGAGGUCAGGUGGAUGAGGAACAACAUGAUAAUUGUACAAGGAGACAAGUACCAGAUGAUCAGCGAGGGGAAAGUCCACAGACUGCAGGUGUGUGAGAUCCGACCUCGGGACCAAGGCGAGUACAGGAUUGUCGCCAAGGACAAAGACGCUCGAGCUAAGUUGGAGCUUGCGGCUCCUCCAAAGAUCAAAACCACAGAUCAAAACCUGGUAACGGACGCCGGCAAGCCCUUCGUCAUUACAGUGCCGUACGACGCCUACCCUCGAGCAGACGCCGAGUGGGUUUUCAAUGGCAUGAGUCUACCUGUCCAGAACAUCGACACCUCGGUGGACAAGACAGAGUACCGCCUUAAAAGCCCCAGCAAGGAGGACCAGGGCAGGUACAAGGUGGUCAUCAAGAACAAGCACGGAGAAGGAGAGGCUUUCAUCAACCUGGAUGUGAUUGACGUCCCCGGACCCGUCAAGAACCUGAGGGUGACUGACACCGUUGACGGCGAGGUCAGUUUGGCCUGGGAGGAACCAGAGAGUGACGGUGGAAGCAAGAUCACGUCGUAUAUGGUGGAGAGGCGUGACGUGAAACGCAAGACGUGGACGUUGGCGACAGACCGAGCCGAAGCUCCCGAGUACUGCGUGGGUGGCCUCCAAAAGGACUCCAUGUACCUGUUCAGAGUCUGUGCCAUAAACCGCGUUGGGAGCGGGCCUGCCGUUGUCACCGAGGACGCUGUUCAGGCCAAGAAUAAAUUUGAUGUCCCCGAUGCUCCGGAGAGCGUCGCCGUCAGUGUGGUGAACAGAUUUGGCGCCACCGUCAUCUGGGAGCCUCCCAAGUUUGACGGCGGCUCAGAGAUCACCGCCUACGUGAUCGAGCUCCGUGACAGGACUUCCGUGAAGUGGGAGGCGGCCAUGGUCUGCGAUGCCAGCGACCGCUCGGCCAGUCUCAAUGACGUGGUGGAGAACAAGGAGUACAUUUUCCGAGUGCGGGCCGAGAACAAGGCCGGCAUCGGAAAACCAAGCGCCGCCACCCAACCAGUCAAGAUCAUGGACCCCAUUGAGAGGCCAAGCCCGCCCCUCAACCUGAAUUUCAGCGACCAAACCAAGGACGCCGUGACCCUCACAUGGGAGACGCCUGCCAGGAAUGGCGGCAGUAUGAUCACGGGUUACAUCAUCGAAAAGUGUGACGAUGGUUCCGACAAAUGGCUUCGCUGCAAUGCAAGACUGUGCCCAGACCUCUCCUAUCGGGUGUCGGCACUGAAACAAGGCCAGAAGUACCAUUACAGGGUUUGCGCCGAGAACGCCGCCGGUGUCUCCGAUCCAGCCGAACAAGUCGGCCCUCUGCUCGCCGACGAUCCUCACGUCGGUCCAAGCUUCGAUCUCAGCGCCUUCAGAAACGGCUUGGAGGUCAUCGUCCCUCAGCCUGUCACCAUCAGAGUCCCCAUCACUGGGUACCCUACCCCCACCGCCAAAUGGACGCUGGAAGAGAAGGAGCUCACCUCAGCACAGGAGCGUGUCUCCACCGUCACCAAGCCCAAGUACGCCGAGCUGACAGUCACGCCAAGUGUCCGUCCAGACAGAGGAACCUACUCCGUGCAGCUGGAAAACGAUGUUUCAUCCGUCUCCGGGGAGAUCGACGUCAACGUUAUCGCAUGCCCCAGUGCUCCGAAAGACUUCAAGGUCGCCGAGGUGUCCAGACACCACGUCCACCUGAUGUGGGAGGCGCCUGAACAUGAUGGAGGAAGUCCGGUCACGCACUACCAAAUCGAGAAACGAGAAGUGUCUCGUAAAACGUGGGCCAAGGUGGCGACCGGGGUCCUGGACCUAGAGCACACAGUGACUGACGUAAUGGAAGGGAAGGAGUAUCUGUUCAGCGUCGCCGCCUGCAAUAAAUGCGGACCGGGAGAACCAGCCUAUAUCGACGAGCCCGUUAACGUGUCUUCGCCUGCGACUGUGCCUGAUCCUCCUGAGAACCUGAAAUGGCGCGACAAGACCAGCAAAGGCAUCUUCCUGUUCUGGGAACCUCCAAAGUACGACGGCGGCGCCCCGAUUAAGGGCUACAUCGUGGAUAAGUGUCAACGUGGCAGCGACAAGUGGGAACCCUGUUCCGAUGCCGUCCCUGAGCUGAAGUUUCAGGUGACCGGUCUGACCGAGGGACAGUGGUACGCCUACAGAAUCAGAGCUGUGAACAAACUGGGUGCCAGUCGACCCUGCAGGGCUACUGACGAGAUCCAGGCCGUUGAUGCUAAAGAGCCUCCGGAGAUUCAACUGGACGUGAAGCUGCUCGCUGGUCUAACCGCCAGAGCCGGCAGCAAAAUCGAACUCCCGGCCGAGGUCAAAGGAAAACCAGACCCCCGUGUUAAGUGGACCAAAGCCGACCUGGUCCUGCGUGCCGAUGACCGCAUCGGCAUCGACACACAGCCGGGCUACUCCAAGUUGUCCAUUGCCAACACGACCAGAGGCGACACCGCCACCUACAUCAUUGAGGCCGUCAACGCCUGCGGACGCGCAACUGCGACCAUCGAUGUCAACAUCCUUGACAAGCCCGGCCCGCCCGCCGCCCUGGACAUCUCUGAGAUUACCAACGAGUCCUGCGUCCUGGCGUGGAACCCUCCGAGGGACGACGGGGGCUCGCCCGUCACCAACUACAUCGUGGAGAGUCGGCAGACUGACGCGGCCGACUGGAAGAAGCUGUCGGCCACGGUGAAGCACACCACCUUCAAGGCGUGCAAGCUCACCGCUCUUAAAGAGUACGUCUUCAGGGUCAGUGCUGAAAACCAGUAUGGGGUUGGAGAACCUGCUGAGCACGUGCCCGUCAUCGCUAAGUACUCAUUUGAUCCCCCAGGCCCCCCGACCAGAGUCACUCCCUCUGAAGUCGCCAAGGAUGCUGUGACUCUGAACUGGUUUGAGCCGGACGAGGACGGCGGGAGUCCCAUUACUGGUUACUGGGUUGAAAAGUUUGAUCCCGACAGCGAUAAAUGGAUCAGAUGCAACAAGCUGCCCAUCAAAGACACCACAUUCAGGGUGAAGGGGCUACCCACCAAGAAGAAGUGCCAGUUCAGGGUUCUGGCUGAGAAUCUGGCUGGACCUGGAAAACCCAGCACAGAAACUGACCCGGUUCUCAUCAAAGACCCAAUUGAUCCUCCAUGGGCUCCCGGCAAACCGGUCAUCCGUGACAUUGGCAAGACGUCUGCUCUGCUGGCAUGGACAAGGCCGGAGCACGACGGCGGCGCUAAGAUCGAAGGCUACGUCAUUGAGUUCCAGAAAACCGGAAGUGAUGAGUGGAUCCGCAUUGCUGAGGACAUCCCCCAAACUGAACACCAGCUGCUGGGCCUGAUGGAGAAGCAGGAGUACGUGUUCCGCAUCAAGGCGGUCAACAAGGCUGGCGAAAGUGAACCCAGCGAGCCAUGUGACCCCGUCGUCUGCAAGGAAAGGCUCUAUCCGCCAUCCGCGCCGCAGUGGCUGGAGGUGGCUAACAUCACCAAGAUCAACGCUGAGCUGAAAUGGCAGGCUCCCAGCAGCGACGGCGGCUCGCCCAUCACCAACUACGUGGUGGAGAAGCGGGAUGUGCGACGGAAGACUUGGCAGACGGUCGACACGACGGUCAAGGAGCUGAAGUACACGGUGACGCCGCUCAACGAGGGCUCGCUGUAUGUGUUCCGCGUGGCUGCGGAGAACGCUGUUGGCACGGGCGACUUCUGUGAGCUGGAGGACGCUGUGCUCGCCAAAGACACGUUUACCACUCCCGGACCGCCUUAUGCUCUGACCGUGGUGGAGGUCACCAAGAGACACGUGGAGCUGAAAUGGGAAGCUCCAAAGAGCAACGGUGGAAGACCCAUCACCAAGUAUGUGAUCGAGAAGAAGGAGAAAGUGGGAACCCGUUGGUUGAAGUGCUGUAAGACCCCCGACAAGCAAACGCAGUUCAAGGUGACUGACGUGGACGAGGGCUCAGAGGUGCAGUUCCAAGUUCGCGCAGAGAACGAGGCCGGAGUCGGAGAUCCAAGCGAACCCACUGAGAUCCUUACCAUCGAGGAUCCGACGAGUGCGCCAUCUCCUCCCUUGGAGGUGUCUGUCCCCGACUGCAGCAGGGAGCACGUCAACGUGUCGUGGAAGCCGCCAGCCAAGGACGGCGGCGCUCCAAUCAGCGGCUACCACGUGGAGGUGGCCGAGGCUCGUCCGGAGCUCAAGUGGCUCAGGGUCAACAACAGACCGAUCAAAGAGCUUCAGUUCAAGAUCGAAGACGGAAUCAAACCAGAGAAGAAGUACGUCAUCAGGGUCCGUGCCAUUAACGCCAUCGGCGUCAGCGACCCGUCUGAAAUCUCCGACAAGGUCUCCACCAAGGAUCCGGACUGCGCCCCAACGAUAGAGCUGGAGACGCAGGAUGUGGUGGUCAUCGAGGGGGAGAAGCUGCACCUCAACGUUCCCUACAAGGGCAUCCCAACGCCUCAAAUGGUGUGGCAGAAGGACACGGUGGAAUGUACAAAAGACGAGCGGCUCUCCAUGACGGUGGAGAUGAACAGCGCCCACCUGGAGCUCCUCAGAUGCGCUCGUUCUGAUUCUGGCGUCUAUGACAUCAUCUUGGAAAACAGUCUGGGCGCCGCCAAGGGGGCGGUCAACGUCAAAGUCAUCGGGCUCCCCGGUCAGUGCAAGGACAUCAGCUCCAGUGACGUGACAAAGAACUCCUGCAAGAUCAGUUGGGAAGCCCCAGAGGACGACGGCGGGACGCCUGUUCUUAGCUACACGCUGGAGCGCCGUGAAGCCUCCAAGAAGACCUACAUGCCCGUCACGUCUGGAGACAACGUUCUAAGCCACGUGGUCAAAGACUUGUACGUCAACUGUGAGUACUACUUCCGGGUCAAGGCUGUCAACAAGGUGGGUGCCGGAGUCUACCUGGAGCUGCGGAACCCCGUCAUCACCGAGGAGGUCAAGCAGAAACCGGACCCACCGAUCCAAGUCGAGGCUCGUGACCCCACGUCCAAAUCGAUCACCAUCACCUGGAAAGCCCCCGAUUGCGAUGGCGGCUGCCCCAUUCAGGGUUACAUCGUGGAGAAGAUGGAGAAGGAUGGUGACCGAUAUGAGAGGGUUACCCCGAGCUUGGUUCCCGGGUUCUCCCAUGUGGUUACGGGUCUGAAGGAGGACACUGAAUACCAGUUCAGGGUUCGAGCCGAGAACGCCGCCGGAGUCAGUGAGCCGUCCCGAAGCACACAGCCAAUCAAGGCUGCCGAUCCCGUCGAAAAACCGACAGUCACCCUGCACGCCCACGUGCAGUCUGGUUUGUGCAUUAAGAAAGGAGAGGAGAUCCGCAUUGACGCAAACAUCUCAGGUUCACCUUACCCCAAGGUCACAUGGUUGAGGAACAACGAGGAUGUCACCAAAGAACCCACCAAGACUCUUGUCCCGCUUGUUAAGAAGAAGAAGACCAAGAGCAAGAUUCCCGAACCCAAGGAAGAGUUUGUGACGCCGCUGCGUGAGCGCCUCGGUUUGGACCAGACCAAAAAGGGUCACUCGGCUAUCAUGAUCCGAGAAGCUGUCAGAGCAGACCAUGGCAACUUCACCAUCCAAGUGGAGAACACUCACGGCGUUGCCACGGCGACCUGUGUUGUUAACGUCCUCGACAAACCCGGCCCGCCCACCAACUUCAGCUUCGACGAAAUCAGGAACAUCUCAGUGGUGUGUAACUGGGAGCCUCCUGAAGAUGAUGGCGGCAGCGAGAUCCUCAACUACAUCCUUGAGAAAAAAGAUAACAAGAACGAUGACAUCGGCUGGAUCACCAUCACCUCCACCUUGAAGGGGACCAGCUUCCCCGUCACUAAGUUGAUUGAAGGGAAAGAGUACAUCUUCAGAGUGACAGCGGAGAACAAAUUUGGUUGUGGACCGCCGUUCAUCUCUGAACCACUGGUGGCCAAGAACCAAUUUGAUCCCCCUGAUGCUCCAAACACCCCAAGAGUCCAUGAAGUGACAGCGAGCUCCGCCCACAUCUCCUGGCACGAACCAAAGGACAAUGGCAGCCCCAUUCUCGGCUACUGGAUCGAGAGGAAGGAGGUGAACAGCAAACACUGGACUCGCGUCAACCGUGCUCUCCUCAACUCUCUGGAGGUGAAGGCGAGUGGACUCAUGGAGGGACUCAGCUACAUCUUCAGGGUGUGCGCCGAGAACCUGGCUGGGCCCGGACCUUUCAGCGAGCCCACGGACCGCAUUGUUGCCAUGGACGCCAUCUUGCCUCCUGGGCCGCCCACACCGUGGAUCGUGGACACUGGAAAAGACUCGGUCAUUGUUGCGUGGAAGCCACCCUUGUACAACGGAGGAGGGGACAUCCUGGGGUACCAUGUUGAAAAGGUGGUGGCCGGGGAGAAGAACUGGACUCGCAGCACAGAGUUCAGGUGCAAGGAUCUGACCUACACCGUCACAGCUUUGACUGAAGGAACCGAUUACUACAUCCGAGUCAUAGCCGUCAACGAGGCGGGUCCUGGAGCUCCUGGAGUCACAGAACCCGUCACCGUCAAAGAGCCUCAAGAACCCCCCGCUGUUGAUUUCGACCUCUCUGUGAAGAACGGCGUGAUCAUCAAGGCUGGGGAGUCCCUGCGCCUUCCGGCCGUGGUCGUCGGCCGGCCCCAGCCUGAGGUCAAGUGGGCCAAAGAUGACGCUGACAUUGACAAAGAGAGGAUGCUCGUGGAGACAGACGGCAAGAACAGCAGUCUCUUCAUCAAGAAGGCAGUGAGGGCGGAUCAUGGAAAGUACCAGAUCUCUGGUACCAACAGCAGCGGGACCAAGGCUGCUGAAACCAAAGUGGACGUCAUGGACGUCCCAGGCCCCGUGGUCGACCUGAAGUCUGUGACGGUGACCAAGAAGAACAUCACCCUCACCUGGUCUGAUCCGCUGGACAACGGUGGCAGCGACAUCUUCGGCUACGAGGUUCUGAGGAAGGAUGCCAAGAUGAAGCUCUUCCGCCAGCCCAUCGAGGUGGCGUCCUGCAAGUGUGACAUGCAGGGGCUCUUGGCUGGCGAGGAGUACGAUUUCAGAGUCAUCGCCCGGAACAAGUACGGCGAUGGCGCUCCAGCGGAUCUGGGGCCCAUCCUAGCCGAGGAUCCCAAAGGUACACCAUCCGCUCCUGAGAAGUUGCAUUACACGGACAGAAGCAAGAACACCAUCACGCUGGCCUGGCAGCCACCGCGCAGCGACGGUGGUAGUCCUGUCAUAGGCUACUACGUUGAGAAGAUGAGAUCCGACAGCACUGAGUUCGACGUGGCCAACCGCAAGAUCUUUACCCAGUGCUGUGGUACUGUUGAGAACUUAUCAGAGAACCAGGAGUACCAGUUCCGAGUCAAAGCUGUAAAUGACGUCGGUGACGGCGCUCCGUCUAAACCAAUCACAGCCAAGGUUCAGGAUGAUGAAAUUCCACCGGUUAUCACAAUGCUGAAGUUCUUCAAGCGUAACGCUAUCAUUGUGAAGAAGGGCUCUGCCAUUGACAUUCCAGCCGAGGUAAAGGGACUUCCUCUUCCGACUCUCACGUGGAUGAAGGAUGAUGAGGUGAUAGACAAACCCAACGAAGAAAAGAUGACAAUGGAAACAGAGGAGGUGAAUCGUACCACCCUGAGGACAAAGCUCUCCAUGCCAGAAUCCAUCAGACAGGACACGGGAAAUUACAAACUGCUAGCUGAAAACUGUUACGGCAAAUCUCAGCACGUUGUCCAUGUGGAGAUCCUGGACCGCCCUCUUCCCCCGAGGAAUGUCGUUGUCUCCGACAUCAAGGUGGACUCGUGCUACCUGACCUGGGAUGCUCCAGAAGACAACGGCGGCAGUGAGAUCACUAACUACGUGGUUGAACGCCGAGAUGCCAGCAAGAAGAAAUCCGACUUUGAGGCGCUGACCUCCAACCUCAUCGAUCGGCGAUACGGGGUCUACAAGAUGAACAUGAAUGGCUCCUACCAGUUCAGAAUCAAGGCAGAGAACAAGUAUGGCGUCAGCGAAGGCUGCGAUUCCGAAAAAGUACAACUACAGGAUCCAUUUGGCCUCCCCGGACCGCCGCGCAACCCCAAGAUCAUUGCCGCCACAUCAAACACGAUGACUCUGACCUGGGAUCCUCCACUGGACAACGGCGGCUCCACCAUUCAGGGCUACUGGCUGGAGAAGAGGGAACGCGGAGCGGUGUACUGGGGGCGUGUUAACCGUUGCCCCGCCACCAAACCGGCGGUGAAGGGUCUGCAAUACACGGUUCUUAAGCUCAUUGAAGGAACUGAGUACCAGUUCAGGGUGGCGGCAAGCAAUGCUGCCGGAGUGGGGCCACCUAGCGAGUCCACAGAGUGCCGCUUUGCUGUGGAUCCGUGCAACACUCCGAGCUCACCCGGAUCCCCAGAGGUCAAAGACAAGACCAAGAACAGCAUCACACUGGCCUGGAGUCCCCCAGAAAAGGAUGGCGGCAGUCCUGUCAAGGGUUAUAUCAUCGAGGUCCACGAGGAAGGUUCUCCUGAUUGGAGAAGGGUGACCCCUGCAGACAAGCUCCACCAGUCUACUGAGGUGACCGUCCCUGAUCUUAAGGAGGGCAAGAAGUGCAGGUUCAGGAUCUACGCUGUAAAUGCCGCCGGUAACUCCGAGCCCGCCAAAACUGCUGAUAUCCUGGUUCAGGACAUCUUGAUUGAGCCCACGGUGUCCCUCGAUGUGAGCGCUCAUGACCUGCUGAACUGCAGGGCUGGCAGCACCAUCAGGAUCCCCGUCACCAUCAGUGGGCGCCCGGUGCCGAAAGUCACCUGGAACUUUGACGGAACAGCCGAGACUGAGAAGAAAUGCGAACUCCACACGCUUCCCAUCGACUCAGAGAUUCACUCCACCGACACGACGUCCCUGGUGGUCAUCCCCGAGAGCAAACUGAACCACAGCGGUCGCUACAUCAUCAACGUCGAAAACCCGGCCGGACACAAAGUGGUCAAAGUGCGAGUCAAUGUGCUUGACCUACCAGGACCUCCUCGAGAUCUGAAGGUGAGCGACAUGACGAGAGGUACUUGCAGACUCACCUGGAAACCUCCGGAGAGUGACGGAGGAGAGAGGGUGAAGAGCUACUUCAUCGAGAAGAAGACGGUGGAGGGGAAAGCCUGGACGAAGGUGAAUCCAUCCUGUGCUUCGCAGUCUCUUGUGGUUCCAGACCUGAUUGAGGGUCAGGAAUACUUGUUCCGCAUCCGUGCUGAGAAUCGAUUCGGCUUCGGACCGUACGUGGAAACCCCUGAAGGAGCCAAAGCCAAAGAUCCCAUCCGUCCCCCAGAUCCUCCAACCAGACUAAAGAUCCAGAGCGUGAAGAAGGGCACGGUGAGCCUUACAUGGAAGGCUCCCAAAAACGACGGCGGCUCCCCCGUCACUCACUACAGCGUUGACUUGCUCUGCUGGGAUUCCAGUGGCACUCAGAAGGAGUCUUGGAGGAGGUGUAACAGGAGAGACAUUGACGUUCCGAGCUUCAAGGUGGAGGACCUGACCGAAGGAGAUGAGUACGAGUUCAGAGUGGUGGCCUACAACGAGGCCGGACCCAGCCGCCCGUCAUCCACUGCCGGGCCCAUUCUCAUUCAGGACCAAACCUGCGCUCCAUCCAUCGAGCUGAAGGAGUUCAUGGAGGCCGAGCAGGGUAGCGACAUCAGUAUUGUGGCCAAGAUACGCGGCUGUCCGUUCCCCACGCUCACCUGGUACAAGGCCCCGCCCCACAAGUCCGAUAAUAAAGCGGAGGUCUGCUACGACGAGCACAUCAACAAGAUCGUGUCGGACGACAGCUGCACGCUCCUGAUCCAGCAGGGGAAACGUCCCGACACCGGCCUCUACACGCUGGUGGCCUCCAACAGCCUCGGCAAGGCGUCCAAGGAGAUGAGGCUCAACGUGCUUGGCCGCCCCGGUCCCCCCUCUGCUCCUAUUAAGUUUGAAGAGAUCGGCGCCGAGAGGAUCACUCUAUCAUGGCUGCCGCCAAAGGACGACGGCGGCUCCAAGGUCACCAAUUACGUCAUCUGGAGACGCGUCGCCAACAGAAAGACCUGGGUCCCCGUCACCAGCGAACCCAAAGAACGCGUGUGGACGGUUGAGAACCUGAUGGAGGGCCACGAGUACGUGUUCCGCAUUAUGGCCCAGAACAAGUACGGCGUUGGUGAACCACUCGACAGCGAUCCAGAGGUGGCCAGGAACCUCUACACUGUCCCCGGGCAGUGCGAGAAGCCAACCACAUCCGGCGUCACCCUGGACUCCAUGACCGUCCACUGGGAAGAGCCCGAGGACGACGGCGGCACCCCGAUCACCGGUUACUGGUUGGAGCGCAAGGAGACCACCGGUAAACGCUGGACCCGGGUCACCCGUGACCCCAUCCGCCCCAUGGGUCUGGGGGAGUCGUUUACAGUCAGCGGACUCAUCGAGGGCUCUGAGUAUCUGUUCAGAGUCAUCGCCAUCAACGCUGCGGGACCCGGACUCCCCAGCCCCCCGAGUGACCCCGUGUUUGCCAGAGACCCCAUCUCCCCUCCCUCUCCUCCAAUUCCAAAGGUUUCAGAUUGGACCAGGUCCACUGUGGACCUGGAAUGGAUCCCCCCACUGAAGGAUGGAGGCUCCAAAAUUAUUGGCUAUUGGGUGGAGUACAAGGAGGAGGGCACCGAGGCCUGGAUCAAGGCCAAAGACACCGAACACCGCGGUACCCGCUUUGUGGUUGCCGGCCUGAAAACCGGCGCUCAGUACAGAUUCAGGGUCACGGCUUUCAACCUGGCGGGUAAUAGCGAGCCGGGCGAAGUGCCUGAAACACUCGAGGUCAACGACAGAAUCAUCGCCCCCGAGGUUGAUUUGGACGCGUCGGUGAAGGAAAGGAUGGUGGUCCACGCCGGCGGCGUGAUCCGCAUCAUCGCGUAUGUGUCAGGUCAGCCGUCACCGGAAGUCACGUGGAGCAGGGAUGGAGCGGCGCUGCCCCCGGAGGCCAAGGUGGAGACAACGGCCAUUAGCUCGUCUUUGGUUAUUAAAGCAUGCGCCAGGAGGCAUCUCGGCGUCUACACGUUGACUGCCAAGAACGCCGGAGGGGAGAAGAAGAAGAAUGUUUCAGUGGAAGUUCUCGAUGUUCCCGGACCCGUCGGCAUCCCCUUGACGACCGAGAACCUUAGCAACGACUCCUGCAAGCUCAACUGGUACUUCCCGGAGAACGACGGCGGUUCUCCGAUCAGCAACUACGUCAUCGAGAAGCGUGAAGCAGAGCGAAAGGCCUGGACGUCGCUGUCGUUUUCCGCCAGCAGACAGAACGCCGUGGCGACCGGUCUCGUUUCAGGCAAGGCCUACUUCUUCAGAGUUGCCGCCGAGAACGUCAUCGGUAUCGGACCCUUCAUGGAGACGGCAGCCGAGAUCGUUAUCAGGGAACCGUUGAGUGUGCCCGACCGACCCGAGGAGCUGGAGGUCACCAAAGUCACCAAAGAUUUGAUCAACAUCACGUGGAAGGCGCCCAAGUUUGACGGUGGCUCCGAGAUCAUCAUGUACAUCCUGGAGGCUCGUAUGAUCGGCAAGGACAAGUUCACUCGCCUGACGAAGGAGAAGCUCAUGGAGAGGAAGUACACCUUCGAUGGACUCAGGGAGGGCGACACCUACGAGUUCCGAGUGAUCGCAGCCAAUGAGGUCGGACCGAGCAAGCCGUCGUUCUGCACCAAACCAAUCACCUGCAGAGAUGAGCUCGAACCACCGACCAUUGAGCUGGACUUCCGUGACAAGAUCAUAGUCCGCGUUGGGGAGAGCUUCCUGCUGCAGGGUCGCUACACCGGAAAACCCUCCCCUUCCAUCGUGUGGUACCGCGACGACGAGGAGCUGAAAGCCGACAAACACGUCAUGUUCAAGAACACGCUGACAUCCAUGUCACUCGGAGUCAUGAAGGCGCAGCGCCAGCACAGCGGCCGCUACAUGGUGGUGGUGGAGAACAGCACCGGGUCCAGGAAGGGGGUCUGCAACGUCACGGUUGUCGACCGUCCAACUCCUCCCGUGGGUCCAGUCGUCUUUGACGAGGUCCACCGUGAAUACAUGGUCAUCUCCUGGAAACCUCCUCUGGACAGCGGCGGAGUUGACGUCUCCAACUACAUCAUUGAGAAGAGGGACACGAACAGAGACAUGUGGACCACUGUCACUUCAGCCACCACUAAGACAACGUGCAAGAUACCCAAACUGACAGAAGGUCGGGAGUACAUCUUACGGAUCUCUGCUGAGAACAUGUACGGUAUCAGCGACCCACUGGAGUCUGACGAGAUGAGAGCCAAAGAUCUCUUCAGAGUCCCGGAGGCCCCUGAGAUGCCGACUGUCAGAGAGGUGUAUGCCACCAACGCUCUGGUGCUGUGGAACCGACCCCGCGAUGGAGGCAAGCCCAUCACCAACUACAUCCUGGAGAAGAAAGAGACCACCGCCAAGAGGUGGUCCAGGGCCACAAGGGAACCGUUAUAUCCUGCGACUCAGUUUAGAGUUCAAGACUUAGUGGAAGGCUGUGAGUAUGAAUUCCGAGUCAUGGCUGAAAAUGAGCUGGGAACCGGAGACCCGAGCGUCCCUUCAAAGCCCAUCCUUGCCAAAGACCCCAUCGUGCGGCCGAGUCCCCCGGUGACCCCCGAGGCCUACGACAAGACAAAAGACUCAGUCAGUCUCAAGUGGCAGAUGCCCCGCCACGACGGAAAAGGACGCAUAUUUGGCUAUCUGGUGGAGUACCAGAAGCCGGGCUCGGUGGAGUGGUCGCAGGCCAAUGAGAGUCCGGAACAGUGCCCAGACCUGCACUACGUAGUCACAGGCCUGACGGAUGGCCAGGAGUACGCCUUCAGGAUCUACACUGUUAAUGCGGCAGGAAAAUCUGAUCCAGCAUAUGUUAAAGAGACUAUCAAGGUCCAUGACAGACUAGAGGCGCCAGAGUUGCUGUUGGAUGCCAACAUGGCGCGCGACCAUCUGGCCAUGCUGGGUUCUGACAUCACCUUGAGCGCCACCAUCAAGGGUGUCCCGCCACCUACUGUCCGCUGGGAGAAAAACGACGGCGAGAUGCCGCCUCACAUCACCGUCGCUGUCACUUCCGCCGGCAGCAAAGUCUUCAUCCCCAAAUGUGUCCGCCCCGACUCCGGCAAAUACACCCUCGUGGUGGAAAAUGCUGCCGGGAAAAAGACGGCGACUGUUGACGUUCUGGUUCUGAACAAGCCGACACCUCCGAGAGAUCUGCUCGUCUCCGAGGUGACCAGCGAGUCCGCCUACCUGACAUGGAAAGCUCCAGAAGACAACGGUGGCGCCGUUAUCUCCCAUUACGUUGUGGAGAAGAAGGACGUGGCUGCCGAGCAGUGGGUCCCGGUCUCCGCGGCCAAUAAGAAGCUGAGUUUGAUGGCCAUGUAUUUGAUGGAAGGAAUCCAGUACCUGUUCAGAGUCGCGGCGGAGAACCAGUUCGGCAGGAGCGACUACGUGACCACAAAGACGCCCAUCAAGGCAAUCGAUCCUCUCUAUCCACCUGGCCCACCGAAGAACCUCCACCAUACUGAUGCGGACAAGACGGAGGUGUGGCUGGAGUGGGAGUGGCCCGAUCGCAACGGUGGAAGUGAAAUCACCGGCUUCAUUGUUGAGCACCAGGAAGAAAGUCAAGUGGACUGGGUUACCUUUAAGACGGUCUCUGGCAACCGUGCACAUGUCACAGGUCUGGAGGAAGGCAAGACCUACCGCUUCCGGGUGAUGGCCCAGAACGCUAUCGGCGUGAGCCGCCCUGACACCAGCGUCCCUGUCACCUGCCAGGAGAAGACCUUGCCCCCCACCAUCGAAGUUGAUGUGAAGCUCAUUGAGGGUAUUGUUGUGAAAGCGGGAAGCGGUAUCGUCCUGCCGGCAAAGAUGACCGGAAUACCCAUGCCGACUGCCAAGUGGAUGACAGAUGGCAAGGAAAUCGCAUCGGAAGGCCGAUACAGCAUCGAGUCCGCCGGCGCCACCACCACCCUCAGCAUCCCGGACUGCAAGAGAGGAGACACGGGGGAGUACGUCCUCACCGUGUCCAACCCCGCGGGGAGCAAAACCGUCGCUCUGCACGUCACCGUGCUCGACCUUCCGGGUGCGCCCAUUGGACCCAUCAACAUCUUAGAAGUGACCCCUGAUCACAUGAUGAUACAAUGGAGGCCGCCCAAGGACGACGGCGGUACGCCCAUCUCCAACUACGUGGUUGAAAAGAAAGACGUGAAGAAGCCGUGGGAGCCGUGGUCGGUGGUGAGCUCCAGCGGUAUCAGCACCAAAGCCAAGGUGUCACGCCUGGAGCAGGGUCGCGAGUACAUUGUCCGUAUCCGUGCGGAGAACAAGAUCGGCAUUGGUGCUGGACUCGAGAGUCCCCCCACUAUAGCCAAGCAUCUGUUCAACCCUCCCGGUCCACCGGGCCUCCCGGUGUGCUCUGAUAUCACAGAGAAUGCUGUGACCGUGGAGUGGUCCCUGCCCGACCACGAUGGCGGCAGCCCCAUCAGCGGCUACGUGGUUGAACGCAGGGAAAUGACAGGGAAGUGGAUCCGUGUCAACAAAACCCCCGUACUGGACCUUCGAUACAGAGUCUCGGGUCUCUUUGAAGGCAACACUUACGAGUUCAGAGUUUUUGCUGAGAAUAUUGCCGGUGUCAGCGAGCCAUCCCUCACUUCCGACCCCAUCAGGGCCACCCGAGCUAUCACUAAGCCGGGUCCCCCUGGAAAUCCCAAACUGAAGGACUGGAGUAAGUCCUACGCUGAUAUCUGCUGGACCAAGCCGACAAGAGAUGGCGGUAGUCCCAUUUUGGGAUAUGUGGUCGAGAUUCAAAAGUCAGGAUCAGCUCAGUGGGACAGGAUCAACAAAGACCUCAUCAAGAUGUGUGCCUACAGGGUUCCAGGUCUUAUUGAAGGUAUGGAGUACAGAGUCCGUAUCAGAGCCACGAACAAAGUUGGAGAUAGCGAACCCCGGGAGUUGAGCGAAACCAUCCUGGCGAAGGACAUCCUGGUUCCUCCCGAGGUCGUUGUUGAUGUAUCGUGCCGCGAUUCUCUGACUGUCCGGGCGGGCCAGAUCAUCAAUUUGAUCACCAGAGUGAAGGGCAGACCUGACCCAGAGAUCACGUGGACCAAAGAUGCUAGAGCUUUGUCUCGGGACAAGCGCACUGAGCUGAAUAACAACUAUCCUUUGUGCGAACUGGUCAUCAACGACGCGGUCAGAUCCGACUACGGCAAAUACGCCAUCGUCGCCAAGAACAGCAGCGGACAGGCGCAGGCCACCGUUAUCGUCAAUGUCCUGGACACACCCGGAGCUUGCCAGAACAUCAAGGUGGCUUACGUGACCAAGAACUCCUGCAUGGUGUCGUGGGAGAACCCAGAGGACAACGGCGGCACCGAGAUCACCCAGUACAUUAUCGAGUCCCGUCAGCCGAGCCAAAGGGGCUGGACCGUCGUGUCCAAUGAUUGUACGAAGCGCCUGAUGAAGGCCCCUCUUUCAGAGGGCUGCGAGUACUUCUUCCGUGUUAGUGCCGAAAACAAGAUCGGCGUCGGUCCCCCCGUUGAGACCAAGACGGCCGUGCUGGCAGUUGACCCAAUCGAGAAACCCGGCGAACCAAUCGACUUUCAUAUUUCUGAAAUCGGCAAAACCUUCUGCUUCCUCAAGUGGAAGAAGCCGGACUACGACGGAGGCAGUCGGAACCUGGGUUACCACGUGGAGAAGAAGCCAAAAGAAGCCGAGGAGUGGGAGAGACUCCAUAAGGGGGCCAUCAAAGAGACUUACUUUAUGGCUGACAGGUGCAUCGAAAACCAGGUCUACCAGUUCCGAGUUCAGACCAAGAAUGACGGAGGCGAAAGCAACUGGGUGACGACCGCUGAAGUUCUAGUAAAGGAGCAGGUUGUAGAACCAGAGAUCAAGAUCAAAUUGGACGGAACCUUGGUGGUGAAAGCCGGAGACUCGAUCCCCAUCGAGGCAAUCAUCAAGGGCAAACCUCAACCAGAUGUCAAAUGGACUAAAGAUGACAGCACCGAGGAGAUCAAAAAGAGCCCCAGGCUUCAGAUCGAAACCGGCGUUGACUUCUCAAAGCUGCUGCUGACCUCCGCUCGCCGUACGGACAGCGGAAAAUAUGUGGUCAGUGCCUCGAACAGCGCGGGAACAUGCUCCGCUCACGCUAAAGUCAACGUGUUGGACCGACCCGGCCCGGUUAGCGAGCUCCAAGUGUCGGGCAUCACCAUCGACAGGUGCCAUUUGGCGUGGAACGUCCCGGAGGAUGACGGCGGCUGUGAGAUCUACAACUACAUCAUCGAGAAGUGUGACACCAAGAGGGGGGUGUGGUCUGUUCACUCCAACGCCGUCAUCACCAACAAAGCCAACGUCACUCGUCUUAUUGAGGGAAACGAAUAUAUUUUCCGAGUUCGUGCAGAGAAUAAGAUGGGUCCCGGCCCCGCGGUAGAGAGUGAGGCCAUUGUAGCCGGCACCAAGUUUAGCGUCCCGGGAGCCCCUGAGACACCAGAGGUCACCAAGAUCUCCAAGGAGGAGAUGACAGUGCAGUGGUCAGAGCCGGAGAAAGACGGUGGGAAGCCAAUCCUUGGUUAUCUGUUAGAGAAGAAGGAGGAGCAUGCUGUGAGGUGGUCCCCUGUGAACAAGGAGGCCAUCCCUGGAACCCGCCUGACCGUAACGGGACUUCUACCCCUCCAUGAAUACCAAUACAGAGUGAAGGCGGUGAAUGAAAUUGGAACAGGAAGUGCAAGCAAACCUUCUCGUGCUGUUCCUGCUAAGGACGCGAUUGAACCUCCUGCUCCGCCCACCAACAUGAAGGUCCUGGACAGCACCAAGUCGACUGUAACGCUUGGCUGGACCAAACCUUUGUCCGAUGGCGGCGCUCCCAUCAUUGGUUACGUUGUGGAGAUGAGGGUGAAAGGAAGUGGCAAGAAGGCCGAUGACAGUUGGAAACGCUGCAACGUGGCCGCUCAGCUUGUCGUUUGCGAGUUCACCGUCACCAGUCUGGAUGAAAAACUUCUGUACGAGUUUAGAGUCUCAGCGCAGAACCAGGUGGGCAUGAGUCUGCCCUGUGACCUGGAGGCCGCCGUGAAUCCCAAGGAAAUACUCGAGGCACCAGAGAUCGACUUGGAUGCCAACCUGAAACAGGGUCUAACAGUGAGAGCCGGUUGUCCCAUCAGACUGUGCGCCACUAUCAGAGGAAGACCACCCCCCAAAGUCACUUGGAGGAGAAUGGGCAUCGAUAACGUAGUCAGGAAGGGCCAUGUCGACAUCAUCGACACCAUGACUUUCCUGGUCAUACCCGACAGCACCCGCGAUGACUCUGGGAAAUACUGUCUGACGGUGCAGAGUCCUGCCGGAGAAAAGGCGGUCUUUGUGACCGUUAAGGUUCUCGACACGCCAGGACCUGUGAUGAAUCUGGAGGCCGGUGACAUCAAACAGACAUCGGCGAAGCUUUCCUGGAGCCCGCCGGAGAACGACGGCGGCAGUGAAAUUACCCACUACAUCGUUGAGAAGCGGGAAAUUGAUCGGAAGACUUGGGCGAUGGUCAAGGCCGAAGUCGAGAAGGAUAAGAUUCCCUUCAAGGUCGGCGGCCUCAUGCCAGGAACGGAGUACUACUUCCGAGUCACUGCUGUCAACGAGUACGGCUCGGGAGUUCCCAAGGUGUCACCCACUUCCUACCUGGCCUCUGAUCCCGUCAGCAAACCCGAUCCUUGUGAGAAGAUUGAAGUUCUGGAGAUUACCAAAAAUAGCGCCACAGUUGGCUGGGUGAAGCCUGCGAGGGACGGCGGAGCCAAGAUUGACGGUUAUGUCAUUGAGUACAUCGAAGUUAAGCCUCCUCCGAAGCCGCAAGAACCUGUGGAGGUCCCCGAAGGAGAAGAAGCUCCUCCGCCGCCUCCACCGCCCCCCGUAGUGGAGGAGGAUGCUGAGGAGCCAGAGGAGGAGGUGUGGAAUGCCUACACCACCGUGAAGGGGUUGAGCAUCAGCAUCAGCGGCCUGAAGGAGGGCAAGAGGUACAAGUUCAGGGUGGCUGCCAAGAACCUGAUGGGCUUGAGCUCGUUCACGGAGACGCGGGAGGCGGCCGAGAUCAAGGAGCAGAUGUUGGAGCCAAAGAUCGUAAUGCCAGACUCGGUCAGCGCCAGAGCCGGAGCUAAGCUAAGAGUGGAAGCGCUUGUUUCCGGAAAACCUUCUCCAGCCUGCAAGUGGAUGUGCGGCGAAGUCCCGCUGGUUUCCUCGAGUCGUCUGGCGGUGCACCAGUCUGGCAACUUGUGUGUUUUGAUCAUCAAGGACGUCUCAAGGACAGACAGCGGCGAGUACAGCCUCGUGGCGGAGAAUAGCUCCGCAAAGGUGGUUCAAGCCCUGAAAAUCAUCAUCAGAGAUAUUCCCGGGCCUCCUGUGGGUCCGGUGGAAAUCAGCGACAUCGACUCGGAUGCUUGCUCGCUGGCCUGGAGCAAACCGCUGGAGGACGGCGGCAGCAAGAUCACCAAUUACGUGGUGGAGAAAUGCGAUGUCAGUCGAGGUGACUGGGUGACCGCCGUCUCCUCCUGCCAGAAGACAAACUGCAGGCUGGGGAAGCUCAUUCCCGGGAAGGAAUAUGUAUUCCGCAUUCGUGCCGAGAACCGCUACGGCGUGUCAGAUCCUGUGCAGUCUGACAGAAUGAUUGCCAAGUUCCCAUUUGAUGUUCCCAGCGAGCCUCUUAACUGCCGCAUCAACAAGACCAACAAGGACUGCAUGUUCGUGGCCUGGGACAAGCCCGAGAGCGAUGGUGGAAGUCCCAUUACGGGUUACUACAUCGAGCGCAAAGAAAGAAACAGCCUACUGUGGGUGAAAGCCAACGACACCGUGGUCCGGACCACUGAGUACCCCUGCGCCGGCUUGAUUGAAGGCCUGGAGUACACAUUCAGGGUGUCUGCCAUCAACCGAGCUGGUCAAGGAAAACCAAGCAAGAAGACAGACUUCAUCACGGCCAGAACACCCAUUGAUACACCUGGGAAACCAGAAGUCCUGGACGUGACCAAGAACUCCGUAACGCUUGUUUGGAGCCGCCCCAAGAACGACGGCGGCAGCAAGAUCAUCGGAUACUAUGUGGAGGCCAUGCGGGUGCCGGGAGACAUGUGGGUGCGCUGCAACACCAGCAGCCAGAACGUUCCGAGGGAAGAGUACACCGUGACCGGUCUGGAGCGAGACCUGCAGUACCAGUUCAGAGUUAUCGCCAAAACUGCUGUCAACAUCAGCAAACCCUCCGAGCCCACAGAUGCUAUCCUGGUCUGUGCUGAGAACGUACCUCCGAGGAUAGAACUUAAUUCCAAGAUGCAGAAGGGUUUGAAGGUGAAGGCCGGAGCGACAAUUCUGCUGGAGGCCGACGUGUUUGGCAAACCGAUGCCAAGAGUCUCCUGGAGAAGAGGCGACGACAGCCUGAGGUCAAGUGAAGGUCAGGUCAUCACCCAGCAGAGACAUCAGUUCCAACUGGAGAUCUCAUCGGUCACCAAGGAGCAUACCGGGAUCUUUACGGUCCAUGCGGAGAAUGCCAGCGGAUCCAAGACUGCUGACAUCCAGGUUACAGUUUUGGACGUUCCCGGUCCACCCGCUAGCGCCAAGUACCUUGAAGUCUUCGGCACCAAAAUGAAGUUGUCAUGGGAGCCACCGCUGAAGGACGGUGGCGCCCCGGUUCAUAACUAUAUUUUGGACAAACGUGAAACCAGCCGAGCCAACUGGGCGCAGGUCUCUGCGAAGAUCAAGGGUGAAAACCUUGAAUUUGAUGUGGAGAAGCUAAUUGAAGGACACGAAUACCAGUUCAGAAUCCGCGCGGAGAACGCUUGGGGCGUUGGAGACAGUCUCAUCACCAGUCCCGUCAUCGCCAAGAACCCAUUCACGGUCCCUGGCCCAUGUGAGGCACCCGUGAUCACCAACGUCACCAAGGACGCCAUGACGGUGAGCUGGAAGGAGCCCGCUGACGAUGGAAAGUCGGUCAUUCUGGGUUACAUGCUGGAGAAGAAGGAAACCAAGGAGAUGAACUGGACCAAGAUGAACAGGAAGCCCACAUUGGAAAGGGUCUUCAAUGCAUCCGGUCUUACUGAGGGGUCGGAGUAUGAGUUCAGAGUCAUUGCCGUCAACGUGGCGGGACUCGGCAAACCUAGCGACCCCUCAGCUGGUACAACUGCGCAAAAUCCCAUCACUCCACCCGGACCCGUGUUGAAACCCAGCGUGUGUGACACCACCUGCAGCACUAUAAGCCUCACCUGGAACGCCCCUGCCCACAAUGGCGGGAGCCCAAUCCUGGGGUACCUGGUGGAGUGCAGGAGGUCCGACACCGCAGACUGGAUCCGCUGCAACGUUCCCAGGAACUUACAGGAUACCAGCUACACCAUACAAAACCUCAUACACAAGGCCGAGUACCAGUGCCGCGUCACUGCUGUCAACAAGGUUGGCUUCAGCGAGCCAGUGGAAGUACCCGGGAAGCACGUUGCAAAGGACAUCAUCGUACUCCCCGAGGCGGAGCUCAGCGCUGAGCUGAAGGAGGGCCUGGAGCUGCGUGCUGGUGCCACCAUGAAACUUCAAGCCACGAUCAAGGGUCACCCGUCUCCCAAGGUUACCUGGGCAAAAAUGAACACCAACAUCAAGGACCGCCAAGGCAUCGUCAUCAAGUCCACUAAAAGCGACACCACCGUGGUGGUGGAGAACGUCAACAGAUACGAUGCGGGCAAAUACGUUCUCAACCUGGAGAGUGCGGCGGGCAUGAAGAUGUACACCAUCAUUGUGAAAGUUUUUGACACUCCCGGCCCACCGGUCAAUCUGAUGGUGAAAGAAACCACCAAGGACAGCGCCUCCAUCUACUGGGACGCUCCUCUCCUAGAUGGCGGCUACGACGUCACCCACUAUAUUGUGGAGAAGCGUGACACCGAGAGGAAGGCCUGGUCUAUCGUAUCCAACAGUUGCACCAAGACAUCUUUGAAGGUGUCGGACCUGAAUGCCGGACGGUCCUAUUGCUUCAGAGUGUCAGCCGUCAAUCAGCUCGGUGCCGGAGAGUUCUGCGAGACCCCUGACUCGAUCAAAGCAUCCGAGGAACCUGGUCCUGUCAUGGACUUUAAGGCCAUCCUGGUUACCAAGGACUCCUGCACACUCAGCUGGAAGAAACCCCUAACCGAUGGCGGCAGCCGCAUCAUCUGCUACGUGCUCGAGGUCCUCAACGGCGACGACAAGUACAAGGAGCUGAUGAGGUCCAAGAACAUGCAGUUCAGCACCAAGGAUCUGGUGGAGGGCAGGGAGUACAAGUACAGCGUCAAGGCGGUGAACGACACGGGGGAGAGCGCCGCCAAGGAGCUCACCGUGGUCGCCAAGGAUCAAAUCAUUCAUCCAAGCUGUGACCUGAGGGAGCUGCCCAACAUGUGUUACGUUGCCAAAGAGGGCAGCACGGUGCGCCUGAAAAUUCCAAUCAUUGGCAAGCCAACGCCCAAGGUGUCCUGGAAGAAGGGGGACGAUGAAGACCUGACAGACUCCGGACGUGUUUGUGCCGAGUCCUCUGCGGUUAACACCACCCUCCUGAUUCGGGACUGCCAGAGGAGCGAUGCGUCCAAGUACACCAUCACGCUGAGGAACAGUGCCGGGAGCAAAGAAUCCACCAUCUUCAUCAGGGUGGUGGGUAAGCCCAGCAUUCCCAGCGGCUCCAUCAAGUUCAAGGACGUCACUGCUGACGGCGCCACGCUAAAAUGGGGUGCGCCGAAAGAUGACGGCGGCUCAGAGAUCACAAACUACAUUCUCGAGAAGAGAGACUCCAUCACCAACAUGUGGGUGACCGUGUCUUCAACUGUGGACACAAAUACCAUGAGGGUAACCGGUCUCCAUGAGGGCACAGAAUACAUCUUCAGAGUCAGUGCUGAGAACAAAUAUGGCGUCGGGGAGGGACUCAAGUCGGAGCCCGUCGUUGCAAAACAUCCAUUCAAUGUUCCUGAUGCUCCUCCGCCGCCUCAGAUCAUGAGUAUGCGUCAUGACUCCGCUUACCUGGCCUGGUCGGACCCCAGGAAGACUGGAGGAUCUCCAAUCACAGGGUAUCACGUGGAGUUCAAGGAGAGGAAUAGUAUGUUGUGGAAGAGAUCCAGUCCGACUGCCUUGAGAAUGAAGGAACACAAGGUGACGGGGCUGACUGAAGGUCUUGAGUACGAGUUCAGGGUCAUGGCAAUUAACCUGGCUGGCAUCGGAAGACCGAGUUCUCCAACUGAUCCACAAGUUGCACUCGAUCCCAUUGACGCUCCCGGCAAACCAGAUGUCAUCAGCAUCACCAGAAGCACCGUGACCCUUCAGUGGACCGAGCCGCAGUUUGACGGUGGCCACAGGCUGACCGGCUACAUCAUUGAAAGACGUGACCUUCCAUCAAAGAUCUGGAUGAAAGCCAACAGUGUGAACGUCGUGGACCCGGCCUACACCGUCACUGAUCUCCAGGAGGGCUGCAAGUACGAGUUCAGGAUCAGGGCAAAGAAUGCGGCCGGCGCCUUGAGUCCACCAUCUGACCAGACAGACACGAUCAUCUGCAGAGAUGAAUAUGCUUCGCCAACCAUUAUCAUCGAUGCUCAGGUGAUGGAGGGCGUGACAGUCCGAGCUGGAGAAACGAUUGUCGUGACUGCCACAAGUAUUCUCGGCAAACCCGCCCCGACGUCUUGCUGGUCUAAAGGAGGCAAAUAUUUGAAACCUUCAGACAUCGUUGCUAUUGAGAAGACCGCAAGCUCCUCCACGUUAUCAAUAAAAUACGCCGGCAGGAAGGACACCGGAGAUUAUGUCAUAACUGCGAGCAACCCCUUUGGUGUCAAGGAAGAAACCGUCAAAGUGAAGGUUUUGGAUGUUCCUUCAGCUCCCGGUCCCAUUGAAUGCAGCGGCGUGUCAUCUGAGAAGGUCACCCUGACCUGGGCGGCUCCUACUGAGGACGGAGGGUCUCCUAUUAAGUACUACACUCUGGAGAAGAGGGAGACCAGUCGGCUUCUCUGGACCAUUCUGGAAGAGAAGGUCGUGGACUGUCACUAUGUGGCGAAUAAACUCAUUCAAGCCAACGAAUACAUCUUUAGAGUCUCGGCCGUGAACCAGUACGGCGCCGGGGAGCCGGCUCAUUCCGAGCCGGUCAAGAUGGUUGAUAGGUUUGUACCUCCUGGCCCGCCAUCAAAACCCGAAGUGGAAAAAGUUGACGGACACUCGGCGACUGUGACGUGGAGAAGACCAACUGAGGACGGUGGAAGUGAUAUCAUUGGUUACUGUGUUGAGAAGAAAGAGAAAAGGGCCAUGAGAUGGAUCAGGGCCUCCAAGAAGUCUCUUGUUGAGCUGAGCUAUGAAGUGACCGGACUGACCGAAGGCAUCGAGUACGAGUUCCGUGUUCUUGCCGAGAACAGAGCCGGCUUUGGAGAGCCAAGUGAACCGUCCAUGCCAGUCAGAACCAUAAUUGCUGCCUAUGUUCCCGGACCUCCAGUAAACCCACGGGUGACAGACACCACUAAAACCACUGCCACACUGUGUUGGGGAAAACCGCUGGAUAACGGUGGGCUUGAAGUCACCGGCUACGUGAUUGAGCACAAAAAGGAAGGAACGGAGGACUGGAUUAAGGACACGUCAUCUCCACUGAGAAUCACAGAGUUUGUCGUUCCCGGACUGGAAAACGCGACCAAAUACUUUUUCAGAAUUAGCGCCAUAAACGCUAAGGGUGUAGGCGAGCCGGCUGAAACGCAGGAACUGGUUGAGAUCGUGGAGCGUGCAGCCGAACCGGAUCUGGAGUUGGACGUUGAGCUGAGAAGAACGCUUGUGGUCAGGGCCGGUUGUUCCAUUCGUCUCUUUGUGCCCAUCAAGGGACGUCCUACACCUACGAUAACGUGGACGAAGGAGGGCAGUCCUGUGACACGUGCGGUGAUUGACAGCACCGAGUCCUUUACAAUGCUGAUCAUUCCCGAAAGCUCACGGAUCGAUGCCGGUCGAUACGAGCUUUCCCUGGAAAAUGCAGCUGGAAAGAAGACUGCAAACAUUAACGUGAGGGUUCUGGAUUCACCCGGACCUCCGCUUAACUUAAAACCAGUUCAUAUCGAUAAAGAGUCCAUUACCCUUCAGUGGGAGAUGCCUCUCAUUGAUGGCGGAGCCAAGAUCACAAAUUACAUCAUCGAGAAGAGAGAAUCAACACGCAAGGCCUUCGCCACGGUUGUUACUAACUGUCCAUCAACUACAGUCAAGAUUACUGACCUGGGCGAAGGUUGCGAGUACUACUUCAGAGUAUCUGCUGAGAACGAGUUCGGUGUCGGUGAAGCGGUCGAAACGUCCGAUCCGAUUCGUGCAUCUCAGGCACCGACUCCUCCGGAAAGCAUAAUCCCAACCGAUAUCACAAAGAACUCCGUGUGCCUGGCUUGGACCAAACCCAAGCAUGACGGCGGAAGUAGACUUACCGGAUACGUGCUUGAAGCCCAAAAGAAAGGAACUGAUCAGUGGGCCCACGUAACCACUCUCAAGACCAUGGAUUUCACUGUGAAGAAUCUCAACGAGAACGAAGAGUACGUUUUCCGUGUAAUGGCGGUCAACCAAUCUGGAAGAAGUGGACCCCGCGAGAGCAAGCCCAUUGUUGUCAAGGAUUCCACUUCUCUCCCGGAGUUCGAUCUGCGGGGCGUAUGUCAGUCAACGGUUAUCGCGAAGGCUGGAGAUGACAUCAAGGUUGAAAUUCCUGUCAUGGGGCGUCCUCGGCCAGUGGUCUCCUGGCAGAAGGAUGGAAGUCCCUUGAAGCUCACACAGCGGACUAACGUGGAGGCGACUCCGGCGACUGUUAUCCUCACAAUCAGCGAAUGCAACAGAGCAGACAGUGGCGUGUACACCAUGACCGGAAAGAACAUUGUCGGUUCUGUGAGCGACAGGAUCAUCGUCAAAGUACACGAUGUUCCUGGGCCACCUAAGGGACCGAUCAAGAUUGUAGAAAUCUCUCGUACUUACUGUAUCUUUGCAUGGGACACUCCCGAUAACGACGGUGGCGUUCCCAUCAACAAUUACGUCAUUGAGAUUCGAGACACCACCUCUCAGACUUGGACAGAACUUACCUCCACUGCCAUUCGGACCAUCUUUAAAGCCACGCGUUUAACUACUGGAGCAGAAUACCAGUUCCGAGUUAAGGCUAAGAACCGACAUGGUGUAGGACCGCCCAUCACCUCGGAGGCAGUAGUGGCCGCCUAUCCGUUCAAAGUUCCCGGUCCUCCUGGUACCCCCCAUGUUGUUGCGUUUACCAAGGACUCCAUAACAAUUGGCUGGAAUGAACCCGUGUCCGACGGUGGAAACGAAGUCAUCGGCUACCAUGUUGAGAGAAAAGAACGAAGCAGCAUCAUGUGGCAUAAAAUAAGCAAGGGUCUCGUGAAAGGAAACGUGAUGAAAUCCACAGGACUUGAAGAUGGAGUCGCUUAUGAGUUCCGUGUUAUGGCAGAAAACAUGGCUGGAAUCGGCAAACCCAGCAAAGCCUCUGAAGCAAUACUAGCCCUGGACCCCGUGGACCCCCCUGGUCAGCCUGUGCCGACUUUUGUUAAUAAAAAUGUCAUCACUAUUCAGUGGACGAAACCCGAGUACGACGGCGGAUUUAAAAUUACGGGCUACACGGUGGAGAAGAAGGAACUUCCGACCGGUCGCUGGAUCAGAGCCAACUUCACAAACAUCAUCGAGACAACGUUCACCGUGAGCGGAUUGACCGAGGAUGUAUCGUACGAGUUCCGUGUUAUAGCUCGAAAUUCAGCAGGUGCCGUAAGUGUGCCAUCGGAACCCUCGGAUCCGAUUACAUGCAAAGAUAACAUCAUCGAACCACGAAUCAUGGUAGACGCCAUCUUUAAGGAUGUUGUUCUACUGAAGGCAGGCGAGUCCUUCAAGCUCGAUGCCGACAUCGCCGGCCAGCCGUCUCCAUCCAUGGUUUGGACCAAGGAUGGAAAAGAAGUCGAGAACACAAUGAAAUUGGAAGUGAAGUUCUCCGAACUGACGACUACGCUAAGCAACAAGGACUCCGUCAGAUCGGACGGAGGAACCUUUGUUCUGACCGCGACUAACGUUGGUGGUUUUUCCAAACACAUUUUCAGAGUAAAAGUACUUGACAGACCUGGACCACCGGUUGGACCUCUUAUGGUUUCAAACGUCACAGCUGACAAUUGUUUACUGACGUGGGCCCCACCCACAGAUGACGGCGGUGCGAAGAUUGAAGGGUACGUCAUCGAGAAGCGCGAAUCCAGCAGGCUUGUUUGGACCAAUGUGGCUUCAGAUCUUCAGGUUACGGAAUAUAAAGUGACGAAGCUUCUCAAAGGAAAUGAAUAUAUUUUCCGAGUUAUGGCGGUGAAUAAAUACGGGAACGGCGACCCUCUUGAUUCGGAAGCCGUUAUUGCAGAAAAUCCAUACACGGUUCCGGAUGCGCCAGAGAAUCCCGAGGUCACGGCUGUCACCAAGGACGCGAUGGUCAUUAUGUGGCAAACGCCAAAGAGUGACGGCGGAACUCCCAUCACAAACUACAACAUCGAACGCAAGGACAGGAUCGGUCUCCGCUGGGUCAAGUGCAACAAGAGGAAGGUCAAGGAUCUGCAAUUCAAGGCAACAGGUCUUGUUGUCGGACAUGAGUACGAAUUCAGAAUCACGGCAGAGAACGCCGCCGGUGUUAGUGCCCCGAGUGUCUCCAGUCCGUUCUACAAAGCCAGUGACGCUUUGUACAAACCAGGGCCUCCGUGCAACCCCAGGAUCCUGGACACAUCCAAGUCAUCCAUCACUGUUGCCUGGAACAAACCAGCCUACGAUGGUGGUUCUGACAUCACUGGUUACAUCGUCGAGACCUGUGUCCCCUCUGAGAAGGAAGAAGAGGAGGAGUGGACUAUAGUGACCCCCAAGGAAGGUCUACUUGCCACCUCAUUUACUAUUAUCAAUCUGACAGAGAACCAGGAGUAUAAAAUCAACAUAUCUGCUCUGAACAGCGAAGGAAUCGGGGAGGCUGUAUCUGUGCCUGGCGGUCCUAAGGCCGAGGACCGACUCCUUCCCCCUGAACUGGAUUUGGAUGCAGAGCUCUGCAAAGUCGUAAGCCUCCGAGCUUGCUGCACACUUAGACUCUUUGUCCCCAUCAGAGGCAGACCCGCUCCCGAGGCUAAGUGGACCAAAGAGGACGGUGACCCAAUUGAGAGAGCCACUAUCGACACCACAGCAUCAUAUACGUCUCUCGUUAUUGAAAACGUCAACAGAUUUGACACCGGAAAGUAUAACCUCACCAUUGAGAACAGCUCUGGCUCUAAGACAGUCACGGUCCAGGUUCGGGUACUCGAUACACCUAGUGCCCCACUGAAUUUGAAGAUCACCAGCGUGACAAAGGAAUCCGUCACUCUGACUUGGGAUCCGCCAGCAAACGAUGGAGGGGUUAAAGUUAAGAACUAUAUCGUGGAAAAGCGUGAGUCCACAAGAAAAGCUUACGCCACGGUGACCGCGACGUGCCAUAACAACACAUUCACCGUUGAGCAGCUUCUUGAGGGAUGCAACUACUACUUCAGAGUUUUGGCGGAGAAUGAAUACGGCAUCGGUCUCCCCAUCGAGACCAACGAAUCAGUUAAAGUGUCCGAGAAACCACAACCUCCGGGGAAAAUCAGUCUCAAGGACGUUACAAAGAACAGCGUUACGCUCUCGUGGGAAAAGCCGGAGCACGACGGUGGAAGCAGAGUGGGCUGUUAUGUCGUUGAAGUCCAACCCAAAGGUGUGGAAAAGUGGUCACAGGCUAUGAUUGUGAAAGAAACCGAAGCGACCAUCAGUGGCCUCAACGCAGGUGAAGAAUACAUGUUCCGUGUGUCAGCCAGAAACGAGAAGGGAACAAGUGACCCUCGUCAAAUUGGCGUGCCGGUCAUCGUAAAGGAUCUCGUUAUUUCACCAGUCAUUAAAAUGUUAUUCAACACGUUCAGCGUUCUGGCCGGUGAAGACCUGACAGUUGAGGUUCCUUACGUUGCCCGUCCCAAAGCAACCAUCUCUUGGGCCAAAGAUGGUCAGGCACUGAAGAGAACAACCAGAGUGAACUUCGGCGCAACAGAAACAAUGUUGAAACUCUGCAUCAAAGAGGCCUCCAAAGAUGAUUUUGGACACUAUAAUGUCACCAUCAGUAAUACAGCAGGAGAGGCAACAGCAGAUAUCGCCAUUGUUGUACUCGACAAACCUGGUCAGCCGCGUGGUCCAGUCAAGGUGGAGGAGGUCACUUCUGAGAGUGUGACCAUCUCCUGGAGCCCGCCGGAGUACGAUGGCGGCUGUACGAUCAAGAACUACAUCGUGGAGAAGAGAGACACAUCCACAACUAAUUGGAUGAUUGUGUCUCCGAACCUUGCGAGGACCACAGUCAAAGCAGGCAGACUGAAAACCGGUUCAGAAUACCAGUUUAAAAUCACCGCAGAAAACAGAUACGGCAAAGGUCCAGUUCUUCUCUCAGAGUGUAUUGUGGCUCAGUACCCAUACAAGCUCCCGGGACCGCCGGGAACUCCGUCAAUCGCAAUGUGCACAAAGGAUAGCAUGGUGGUAGCAUGGAACGAACCUGUCAACGAUGGCGGUAGUGCUAUUUUGGGCUACCAUCUUGAGCGCAAGGAAAGAACCAGCAUCCUUUGGGUGAAACUGAACAAGUCCCUUAUUACAGACCAAACCUUUAAGACCACUGGUCUGGAACCCGGAAUGGAAUACGAGUAUCGAGUCUAUGCUGAAAACAUCGUGGGCAUUGGCAAAGUCAGCAAAGUGUCAGAAGGUCAUGUUGCUAGAGACCCUUGUGAUCCUCCAGGUACGCCAGAGGCGACCAAGAUUACAAAGGAUUCGGUUACUAUCAUUUGGACAAAACCCGAGUAUGAUGGCGGGGCCAAAAUCACAGGCUACGUCGUGGAAAAGAAGGAGCUUCCUGAAGGUCGUUGGCUGAAGGCUAACUUCACUAACGUCAUCGAGACAGAGUAUGUUGCAACCGGACUUGUGCAGGAAAAUCAGUACGAAUUCCGUGUUAUUGCUCGGAAUGCCGCUGGUGUUUUUAGCUUACCUUCAUAUAGCACUGGCGCUAUUACCGCCAGGGAUGAGAUUGAGCCACCUCGCAUCAGCAUCGACCCAGAGUACACUCAGACCAUUACGGUCAAUGCGGGAGACAAUUUUAAGAUUGACGCAGAUGUCCAUGGCAAACCAUUGCCGUCCAUCCAUUGGCUGAAAGAUGAACAGGAAAUGGGGAACACAAUCCAUCGAGAGAUUAAAAACACCGCAACCCAUGCCUGCGUCACUGUCAAGGAAGCUAAACUUUCAGACGGAGGUGUCUAUAAUCUGCUGCUGAAAAAUCCCGGCGGGGAAAAGGCUGUCCAGGUGAAAGUCGUAGUUUUGGAUAAACCCGGUGAACCGCAAGGACCUCUUAUCGUAACGGGAAUAACUAAAGACCGCUGCUGCCUUUCAUGGAAAGCACCAAUUCAAGAUGGAGGUAGCAAAAUAUCUCACUAUAUUGUAGAGAGGAGAGAAACGAGUCGAUUAGUCUGGACCGUUGUGGAUCCAAAGGUGGAGAACAUCUUCCACAAGAUCACAAAGCUCCUGGAAGGCAAUGAGUACAUUUUCAGAGUCCGUGCUGUGAACGAGUUUGGAAUGGGCGCAGCUCUGGAGUCGGAGGCAGUGCUUAUCAAAGAUCCCUAUGUGACUCCUGGAUCGCCUAAGGGCUUAGAGAUUUCCGAUGUUAAAAAAGAUUCAAUGGUGCUCACGUGGGAGGCUCCCACUGAGGACGGAGGUUCUCCUAUCACAUCGUAUAUUAUUGAGAGACAUGACAAAGAAGGUGUAAGGUGGACCAGAUGCAACAGGCAGGCUGUGUUGGAUUUGACAUUCAAAGUCACCGGACUCUUGGAAAGCCAUAAUUAUGAAUUCCGCGUCGCGGCAGAGAACGUUGUGGGUGUUGGUGAGCCCAGUUCUCCAACAGUAUUCUACAAAGCUCUAGACCCUGUCUUCAGGCCCGGUCCACCGCAGAAUCCCAGAAUUACAGACACAAGCAGAACCUCAGUGUUUUUGUCAUGGAGCAAGCCGAUUUGUGAUGGCGGCUGUGAGAUUCAGGGAUACAUCGUUGAGUGCUGCACUACCACAGAAGAAGUUCCACCUGCCGAGGAGCAGACCGAAACCUCGGCAACGGAGCAGCCUCCCGCCGAUGCGCCAGCCGAGGACUGGAUCAUAUGCACACCACCAACAGGCGUUAAGAAGACCAAGUUUGAGGUUGUCAACCUGAAAGAAAAUCAGGCCUACAAGUUCAGAGUCUCUGCGAUCAACAAAGUUGGGGUUGGAGAUCACGCCACCAUCCCUGGAGCUGUGGUGGCCCAGGACAGAGCAGAAGAAGCAGACCUGGACAUUGACCCAGAGUUGAGAAAGAUUGUAACUAUUAAGGCCGGACUUCCGCUGAGACUGUUCAUCCCGAUCAAGGGAAGACCUGCUCCGAGCAUCAAGUGGGACAAAGACGAUACUCCACUGAAGGAGAAAGCUCAAGUUGAAGUGACGAGUAGUUACACUGCCCUCGUGAUUGACAAGAUGGGCAGAGCAGAUAGCGGGAAAUACACUAUUACUGCAGAAAACUCCAGUGGAUCCAAAUCCGCAUUUGUUGUCGUUCGUGUUCUUGAUACGCCGAGUGCUCCCGUGAGUCUGAAAGUGAAGGAAAUUACGAACCAAUCAGUGACACUUGCUUGGGAAGCCCCUCUGUUGGACGGUGGCUCCAAAAUCAGAAAUUAUAUCGUGGAAAAGAGAGAGAGUACACGCAAAACAUACGCAGCUGUGGUAACCAAUUGCCACGCUCUUUCAUGGAAGAUCGAGCCCCUUCAAGAGGGCUGCAGUUAUUACUUCAGAGUCCUCGCUGAGAACGCGCACGGCAUUGGUCUACCUGCGAUAACCGUCGAUCCACUCAAGGUUUCAGAGGUGCCGCAGGCUCCCAAGAACUUGAUUGUUACAGAUCAAACAAAGACAAGCAUCUCUUUGGCUUGGGAAAAGCCGGAAUACGAUGGCGGCAGCAGAGUCAUCCAGUACUUGCUCGAAGUUCAGCUCAAGGGCCAAGAGAAGUGGUCCGGUGUUAACACAUAUAAGACUAUGGAGACGACCGUUUCCAAUUUGAAUCCCGGGGAAGAGUACCUGUUUAGAGUGACAGCAAUGAACGAUAAAGGGAAAAGUGACCCCAAAGUACUUUCCGGCCACGUCAUGACCAAGAACUUAGUAUUUGAGCCUGAUGUGAGACCUGCUUUUAGCAGCUACAAUGUCCAUGUCGGUAAAGAUCUAAACAUCGAAGUGCCAAUCUUUGGACGCCCCAAACCGACAAUAACCUGGACCAAGGAUGGUGCCCCUCUGAAGUUCACUUCCAGAGUAAACAUUCACAACACCUUGACUCAUACGAGUCUUAGCAUAAAGGAGGCGGCGGGCGACGAUGGCGGCAUGUACAGCAUAAAUGCAACUAACUCUGCUGGAAAGAAAGACGCCACGGUGGAAUUAAUUGUACUUGACAAGCCUGGGCCCCCGUCUGGGCCUGUGAAAUUCGAUGAGAUCACAACGCAGAGUGUGACCAUUUCAUGGGAGCCACCGAAAAAGAAUGGCGGUUGCCAGAUUUCAAACUACAUUGUCCAGAAAAGAGAUACAACAGCAACAACAUGGGAGAACGUUAGCAUUAACUGCGCCAGAACCAGAAUCAAAGUACCCAGAUUGAAGACCGGAGCCGAGUACCAAUUCAGGAUCAUUGCCCAGAACCGGUACGGAAAGAGUCACGGUCUGGAUUCAUCUUCUGUGGUUGCUCAGUACCCGUACAGAGAACCCGGCCCACCGGGGACGCCAUUUAUCGCUUCGCUCUCCAGAGAUCACCAGAUUGUGGAGUGGCACGAGCCCGUUUCGGAUGGAGGCAGUCCGGUUCUUGGUUACCACAUUGAAAGAAAAGAGAGGAACAGUAUUUUGUGGGUGAAAAUAAACAAGACGCUCAUUCACGAGACAAACUACAAGAGCCACCCGUUAGAGGAGGGUAUUGAAUACGAAUACCGGGUGUAUGCUGAAAAUAUCGUAGGUAUCGGAAGAUGCAGUAAAGUCUCAGAGGGUUGCGUUGCCCGUGAUCCGUGCGAUCCUCCCGGUCAGCCAGAAGCCAUCCACGUAACCAAAGACUCUAUCGUCAUUCAGUGGACAAAACCAGAGUACGAUGGCGGCAGUAGCAUCACCGGCUACCUUGUAGAAAAGCGUGAUUUGCCAGAAGGACGUUGGGUGAGGGCAAAUUUCACUAACGUUAUCGAGACCCAGUUCACAGCCACUGGGCUCACGGAAAAUUCCCAGUAUGACUUCAGAGUCAUAGCCAAAAACGCCGUCGGCACCAUCAGCAAGCCAUCGUACAACAGUGGCCCAAUCACUGCGAGCGAUAUGCUCGAAGCACCCAAGUUCUCCAUCGAUCCCGCGUUCACCAAGACCAUUGUCAUAAACGCUGGAGAAAUGUUCAAGUUGGAUGCAGAUGUCCGUGGCAAGCCGUUGCCCGCACUGCAGUGGGUCAAAGAUGACGUACCAAUCGAAAAUACGCUUAGACUGGAUAUCAAAAACACAGAAAAUCAUGCCAUGAUCAUAAUUAAGGACUCCGCUCGUAUCGACAGUGGACUGUACUUGCUUCAGCUAACAAACGAAGCAGGAAGUGAAACUGUGCCUUUCAAAGUGCUGGUCCUGGACCGGCCGAGUCCUUGUGAAGGACCCCUUGUCGUAACCGGGGUAGCCGAGGACAGAUGCACAUUGGUGUGGCAUUCUCCUUUACACGAUGGAGGAAGUCCCAUCUCACAUUACGUCAUCGAAAGAAGGGAAACUAGCCGCCUAGCUUGGACUGUUGUUUCCGCUAACUGUGACACCACAUGCUACAAAGUCACCAACUUAUUGGAAGGAAACGAGUACAUGUUCCGUGUCAUGGCAGUCAACAGUUACGGUACCAGCGACCCGCUGGAGUCUGGUGGAGUAACCAUGAAGACUCCAUUCGUUCCUCCUGGACCUCCUCACAUCGAGGACAUAUCCAACAUCACACACGAUAGCAUGACUGUGACUUGGUCUGCGCCGGAGAACGACGGCGGCAGUAGUAUUACAAAUUACAUUGUUGAGAAAAAAGACAGAGCAGGAAUCAAAUGGACCAGAUGCAACCGACAGAAGGUGACUGACCUCUCCUUCAGAGUAACCGGCCUCACCACCGGCCACGAGUACGAGUUCAGAGUGGUUGCCGAAAAUGUUGUUGGCUUCGGAGAACCCAGUCUACCAAGCUCUUACUACAAGGCCUGCGAUCCUAAGUACAAACCCGGGUCCCCGGCCUAUGUACACCUCAUCGACACCACGCAGAGCUCAAUUACCGUAUCGUGGGGCAAACCUUUGUCCGACGGUGGCAGUGCAAUUCAGGGAUACAUUGUUGAAGUCUGCAAGGCUGAGGAGGAAGAAUGGACUAUGGUUACUCCGCCCACCGGCUUGCGUGUUAAUAAAUAUGACAUCCCGAAACUGAUCGAAGGUCAGGAGUAUAAGAUCCAAGUGUGUGCUCUGAACAAACUCGGAGUCGGUGAGCCAGCCAUGCUCUCGGGAACAGCUAAACCAGAAGAAAAGCUUGAUCCACCACAGAUCCACUUGGAUUCUGAGCUGAGGAAGGACAUAUGCGUGAAGGCCGGUGGAUCUGUAAGGAUCCACGUUCCAUUCAAGGGCAGACCGACCCCUGAGAUUAAGUGGCUUAAAGAUGAGGCAGACUUAACAGAAAAGGCGGUGGUCGAAAAGACUCCGACCUUCACUCAGCUGUCCAUUGACUCCUGUGACAGAUGCGACUCUGGAAAAUAUACUCUUAGCCUGACAAACCGCGGUGGAGUUGUGUCUGAGUUUGUUACGGUCAAAGUCCUCGAUACACCGGGAGCCCCACAGAAUCUGGUAGUCAAAGAUGUUAAGAAGGACUCAGUCACUCUCGUUUGGGACGCGCCGCUGAUUGACGGAGGUUCCAAAAUUAAGAACUACGUUAUUGACAAGCGUGAAUCAACCAGGAAGGCUUAUGCAAACGUGUCAGCCAAGUGCACCAAGACCACCUUCAAGGUUGACAACCUGAUCGAAGGCGCUAUGUACUACUUCAGAGUCAUGGCUGAGAAUGAAUACGGUAUUGGACAGGCGAUUGAAACAAAGACGGCGACAAAGGCUUCUGAGGUUCCGCUUCCGGUCGGAAACGUAUCCCUUGUCGAUGUCACCAAAGUCAGCGUGUCUCUGGCCUGGGAGAAACCGGAGCAUGAUGGUGGAAGCAGGAUUGGCGGCUACCUCAUUGAGAUGCAACCCAAGGGGACUGAGAAGUGGGGGGUCGCCACAAACACUAAGACGUGUCAGGGCACUGUCACAGGCUUGACAAGUGGAACGGAAUAUCUAUUCCGUAUUAUUGCUUAUAACGAGAAGGGAAAAAGCGAACCAAAGGCGCUUGCUGCACCCGUUGUUGCUAGUGACAUGACCUUGGAGCCAAGCAUUAAGACUCAGUUCAACACUUACAGCGUCUUAGCUGGAAAAGAUUUGACCUUGACGUUCCCUGUACUUGGCAGGCCCAAACCUCGAGUCACCUGGACCAAGGAUGGUCAGCCCCUGAAGGUGACCUCCAGAGUCAAUGUGGUGAACACUCUAACAACAACUGCCAUUCAGAUCACUGAAGCAUGCAAGGAGGACUUUGGAAAGUACUCGAUUACAGCAACCAAUACCGCGGGCACAUUUACCGACAAUGUGGGUCUUAUUAUUCUUGAUAAACCGGGUCCGCCAAGUGGUCCGCUUAAGGUCAUUGAGGUGAGUAACACCUUUGUCCACCUUUCAUGGGAACCUCCGGAGUACACAGGUGGAUGCCAGGUGAAGCAUUACAUCGUAGAAAAGCGAGAGACCACAGGAAAUACGUGGCAGUCGGUCACCACGCAGCUGGCCAGGACAGCUUUGAAAGUCACCAAGCUGAAGACCGGUGUGGAAUACCAGUUCAGGGUAAUUGCCGAAAACAGAUAUGGAAAAGGUGCUUCUUUAGACUCCAAGGCUAUCGUUGUACAGUACCCGUACAAACCGCCAGGCCCCCCCGGGACACCGUAUGUCAAAUCUGCAACAAAGGAGAUGAUGAUCAUUGAAUGGAACGAGCCAGUCAACGACGGUGGAAGCGUUGUCAUUGGUUACCAUCUGGAAAGCAAGGAGAGAAGCAGUAUCCUGUGGAACAAACUGAACAAGACUCUGAUCGCCGAUACCCAGUUCAAGAUUUGCAAUCUCGAAGAAGGAAUCGGAUACGAGUUCAGAGUGUUUGCUGAAAAUAUUGUCGGCGUUGGCAGAUGCAGUAAAGUCUCUGAGUCCUUUGUUGCUCGUGAUCCGUGUGACCCUCCCGGUGCUCCAGAGGCGAUGAAAAUUUCUAAAGACCACAUCAAGAUCAGUUGGACCAAGCCUCAGUACGAUGGCGGCAGCAAAGUAAAUGGCUACAUUGUUGAAAGGAAAGACCUCGCCUCCCCUGAUGGCCGAUGGGUCAGAGUCAACUUUACCAAUAUAAUGGAGACUGAAUAUAAUGUCAGCGGUCUAACAGAAAACGAGCAGUAUGAAUUUAGGGUUAUUGCCAGAAAUGCCGCCGGUGUCUUCAGCGGGCCCUCGGAAAGCUCUGGACCGAUAACCGCUACUGACGAGAUUGAACCACCACGGGCAUCCAUGGACCCGAAGUACAAGGACGUUAUUGUUGUUACUGCCGGGGAACAUUUAACUCUUAACGCUGACAUCCACGGAAAACCACUACCUGAAAUUCAAUGGUUAAAGGAAGGCAAAGAAAUUGAUAGAUCUCUACGCAUUGAAGUGAAAAACACGAACAAAUGUGCUGUGUUGACGAUCAAGGACGUUACGAAAACGGACACAGGGCACUAUGAACUUGUUCUAAAAAAUCUAGGCGGUGUAAAGACCUUCCCGAUUUCUGUCAAAGUCCUUGACAAACCAGGUCAACCAAUGGGACCAUUGCGAGUAACAGAAAUCAUGGCUGACCGGUGUAUUCUUGCCUGGUCUGAGCCGACCCUGGAUGGUGGUGCUACGAUCACCCACUACACCCUGGAGAAGAGAGAGACCAGCAGCUUAUCGUGGACAAUGGCUGCAGCCAAUAUCCAGAGCCUGUACUACAAACUAACAAACCUGCUCGCCGGAAAUGAAUAUAUUUUCCGAGUAAGAGCUGUGAACAAAUACGGCGUUGGCGAUUAUCUUCAAAGUGAGCCCAUCGUUGCACGCAAUCCCUACAAGCCCCCAAGCGCUCCCGGAACACCAGAAGCAAGUCAGAUCACAAAAGAUUCAAUGGUUCUGUCGUGGACGGUUCCAGAACAGACUGGCGGAGCCGAUAUUACGGGUUAUCAUCUCGAAAAACGUGACAAAGAUAGCGUCAGGUGGACUAAAUGUAACCGACAGAAAUUGACAGAUACUCAUUUCAAAGUGACGGGAUUGAUGACGGAUCACUUUUAUGAAUUCCGAGUUGCGGCUGAGAACGAGGCUGGAAUCGGAGACCUCAGUGAACUAUCUCUACUGUAUAGAGCAUGUGAUGCCACAAGACCACCUGGACCCCCACAGCACCCCAAGGUGACCGACUACACAAAGUCAUCUGUGUCUCUUUCCUGGAAAAAACCCGACUGGGACGGCGGAGCCUAUAUCAAGGGCUACAUCGUUGAAAUGCGAGAGUAUGUACCAGUACCAGAAUCCACAGAGGAGGUAGAAGUUGCCCCGGCAGUAGACGCCCCAGUCGAAAAAGAGUGGACCAUGUGUACGCCUCCAGCUGGCAUUCAAGCUACUAAAAUGGUCAUCCCCGACUUAAAGGAAGGUGAAGAAUAUCAGUUCCGUGUCUGUGCCAUCAACUCCGAAGGAGUGGGAGAACCCGCUAAUGUCCACGGAACCGUGGUCGCUCACGACCGGAUCGAAGCCCCAGAAAUAGAGCUCGACGCCGACCUCAGAAAGGUGGUAUCUGUCCGCGCUGGUGGUACGCUGCGUUUGUUUGUCACCAUCAGAGGAAGGCCCGAACCUGCUGUAAAAUGGGAAAAGGUCGACGGCGCUAUCACAGAUGGUGCUGUGAUUGACACCACCAGCUCAUACACUAUGCUAGUAAUCGACAACGUUAACCGCUGGGACAGUGGAAAAUACUCACUCACUCUGGAGAACAACAGCGGUUCAAAGUCCGCCGUUGUGGCGGUUCGAAUUUUGGAUACACCGAGCGCCCCGCAGAACUUCAAAGUGCAGGAGCUCAGAAAAGAUUCUGUGACGCUUAUCUGGGAUACGCCGCUCACUGAUGGCGGGUCCAAAAUCACAAACUACAUCGUGGAGAAGAGGGAGUCUGUGCGCAAGGCCUACACGACCGUGACCAACAACUGCACGGCCAACACAUUCAAAAUCGAGGAACUGCCCGAAGGCGGCAUUUUCUACUUCAGAGUUUGCGCUGUCAACGAGUACGGCCAAGGACAGAUGGUUGAAACCAAAGAAGUUAAGGUGUCUGAGGUUCCCCUGCCACCGAGCAAAGUAACUGUUGUGGAUGUGACCAAAACCAGUGUUUCCCUUUCAUGGGAAAAACCUGCUCACGAUGGCGGUAGUAAAGUCAUCUGCUACAACGUGGAAUUCAAGCCCAAGAGUGGUGAAAAAUGGGGUACUGCUUGCACCGUCAAAGUACCGGAGGCGACCAUCCCCAACUUGACUCCCAAUGAAACCUAUCUGUUCAGAGUUGUUGCAAUCAACGAGAAGGGAAAAAGCAUUCCCAAGGACCUCGGCUUGCCUGUGGUCGCCAAGGAUAUUGCAGUAGAGCCGUCUGUCAACUUACUGUUCACAACAUACAGCGUCAAAGCCAAGGACGACCUCACUGUUGAAGUCCCGGUGCGAGGCAGACCUAAGCCUGUUGUCUCAUGGAAGAAGGACGGUCUUCCUCUGAAGCAAACGUCUUCGGUUACAAUUUUAAACACAGCGACGUCAUCCAAGAUUGUCAUUAAAGAAGCUAGCAGAGAACAUGUCGGGAAGUACGAGAUCACCUUGGCCAACACGGCAGGAACGGUGACAGCACAUCUGGGUGUAGUUGUCCUGGAUAAACCAAGUCCACCUAAAAGCAUCAAGGUGGAUUCUGUGACCUCUGAUAGCAUCACGCUGUCCUGGUCUCCGCCAGAUUACGAUGGCGGCUGCUGCAUAAGUAACUAUAUUGUUGAGAAGAGGGACACCAACACACAAGAGUGGCAAAUGGUUGCCAGCAACGUACCGAGAACGUCUUACAAGGCCGGCCGCCUAACGCACGGGGCCGAAUACCAAUUCCGCAUCUAUGCGGUCAACCGUUAUGGGAAGAGCACAUAUCUGGAUUCUCCUGCGAUUACGGCUCAGUACAACUUCAAGCAACCUGGACCGCCUUCUACACCAUCUGUGAAGAUCGCUACCAAGUCUUAUAUGGUUGUGACCUGGAACGAGCCUGUCAACGAUGGGGGAAGUCCAGUUCUAGGCUAUCAUCUAGAGCAGAAAGAGCGUGCUAGUAUUCUGUGGACUAAGAUAAACAGAGGAAUGAUCAAGGACUCUGAGUACAAAGUCAGUGGAGUGGAAGGAGGUAUGAUGUAUGAAUAUCGUGUCUAUGCUGAAAAUAUUGCCGGAAUCGGUAAAUGCAGCAAGUCGUCUGAAGCCGUUGCCGCAAGAGAUCCAUGUGAUCCUCCGGGAACUCCUAUCGUUACAUCUAUUAGCAGAUCAUCUGUGUCCUUGACUUGGACUAAACCAGAAUAUGACGGUGGUGCCAAGGUGUCUGGCUACAUCAUUGAACGCAGAGAUCUCCCGGAAGGACGUUGGACCAGGUGCAACUUCACCAACGUGCCCGAGACUCACUACCACGUGACGGGCCUUACGGAGGACGGCCAGUAUGACUUCCGUGUCAUUGCUAAGAAUGCGGCGGGAUUGUUCAGCGAACCGUCCGACAACACCGGCGCCAUCACUGUCAAAGACGACGUGGAGCCGCCACGCAUCAUGAUGGAUGUCAAAUUCAGAGAGACAACGUUUGUGAAAGCGGGCGAAACCUUAAAGAUUAACGCUGACCUCGCCGGCCGCCCCGCGCCCGUCGUUUCCUGGAGCAAAGACGGCAAGGAAAUUGAGCUCAGAGCAAGAAUCCAGAUCGUUACGACAGACACCAGCACAUUGCUAACAGUCAAAGACUGCAUCAGGUGCGAUUCUGGACAAUAUGUACUCACCCUGCAGAACAUCGCCGGGACAGUUAGUCUGCCUGUAAACUGCGUGGUCAUGGAUAAGUCUGGACCCCCUGCAGGACCUUUGCAGAUUUCCGGUCUCACAGCCGAGGAAUGCACCCUAUCAUGGGGCCCACCUCAGGAAACCGGCGGUGCUGAGAUCACACACUACGUUAUUGAGAAGCGCGAGACCAGCCGUUUGGCCUGGACGCUAGUGAAGGAAACCACCAAGACUUACUUCAAAGUUACGGGACUCCUGAAGGGAAAUGAAUAUAUCUUCCGGGUUUUGGCCGUCAACAAGCACGGAACGGGCGAGGCUUUGGAGAGCGACGCUGUGAAGAUCACAGAUCCGUACACUUUUGCCUCUGCUCCCCUUAGCAUCGACGUCACCGACAUUACUGGAGACUCGAUGACCCUUACAUGGUGCAAACCAAUCAGCGACGGGGGGAGCCCAAUCAUCGGAUACGUUAUUGAGCGGCGGGAAAAGACUGGCAUGCGUUGGCUCCGUGUAAACAGAGAUCCGGUUCUCGAAUGCACCACAACGGCAACCAAACUGCGGAAAGGUUGUGAAUAUGACUUCAGGGUCUAUGCUGAAAAUGCCGCUGGACUGAGUCCUCCGAGUGAACCAUCCGCUUCAUUUAGGGCAGUGGAUCCUCUGGUGGUUCCUUGUCCCCCAUCCAAGCCGAAGAUUGUCACUUCAACCAAGAACAGUGUCUCGAUUGUUUGGAAACCACCCACGGAUAACGGCGGCGCCGCUAUCCUCGGAUACAGUGUAGAAUACAGAGACUACAUCCCCAAACCGGAAGCACAGGUCGAUGAGGAUGAGGAGGAAUAUGAAGAAGAUGAGGAGGAACCAGAGUCACUUGAAGAACUCCAAAGAUGGACUGAGGCUAUCGCUCUUACCAAAAGCUUGGAGUUCACAAUCACCGGACUAAAAACCGACACCGAGUACGAAUUCUGUGUCAGGGCGAUAAACAAAGUCGGAUGCAGUGAUCGCAGCCGAUAUUCCGAUGUUGCUGUGGCUACGGAACGAACCGCAGAGCCAUCCUUUGAUGUGGACAUCGAGAUGCGCAAAGUUCUUGUGGUUAAGCACGGCAUAGCGUUCACCCUCAAUGUUCCGUUCAAAGGUAAACCUGUUCCGUCAGUGGAAUGGACCAAGGAGGGCACUGAUCUGAAGGUACGAGGAACAAUCGACUCAACGAGCUCCAGCACUUCACUGACCAUCGAGAAGUCAACAAGAAACGACUCCGGAGAGUAUAGCGUCACUAUUGAGUCAUCGCUAGGAAAAGCCACGUUACCCAUGUUUGUCAGAGUGCUGGACUCUCCCGGACCCCCCAUCAAUGUGAGCGUUUCCGCCGUAACCAGGGACUCUGCGACUCUUACCUGGGAAGCCCCUGAGAAUGACGGCGGCGAUGCGGUGAAAGCUUACCACGUUGAAAAACGCGAGGCUAGCAAAAAGGCCUGGGUUUCCGUGACAACGAACUGCCAUGCGCUGACAUACAAAGUGGAAGACCUGCAGGAGGGGGCCAUCUAUUACUUCAGAGUUAUUGGGGAAAACGAAUACGGAGUGGGCGUCCCCCAGGAGGCGAAGGCCGGCACAAAGAUUACAGAGGUACCAAGCGCCCCUACAAAACUGGGGGUAGCGAACGUCACAAAAGACACAGUAACAAUCGCCUGGACGCGACCCGACUACGACGGAGGUAGCAGAAUAACCGGUUACCUCAUUGAUGCCCUGGAGAAGGGCCAGACCAAAUGGGUGAAGUGCGCCACAGUGAGGAUCAUGAGCCACACCAUUAAAAGCCUGAGGGAGGGCACCGAGUACUUCUUCCGAGUGCGAGCUGAGAACCAUGCUGGACUGAGUGAACCCAAGGAGAUGAUUGUUCCCGUUCUUGUGAAGGAACUUCAAGAGGCCCCAGAGUUCGAUUUGAAGAACUACCCCAAGAAUACCGUUUACGUGAGAGCUGGAUCAAACCUCACUUUUGACAUUCCACUGACUGGCAAGCCAAUGCCGAAAGUCAACGUGUCCAAGAACAACGUCGUCAUCAAAGGAUCCAAGCGACUGUUGACCGAAGUCACUCCGGACAGCUUAAGCAUCACCCUGAACGAAAGCAUCGCUAGCGACGCUGGAAAAUACGAGCUAACGGCUUCAAACCCCGGCGGUGCCACCAAGAUCUUUAUGAACUUUGUUGUACUGGAUAGACCCGGACCCCCUCUUGGACCUGUGGAGAUUGGCGAAGUCGGCGAGACGACAGUGUACCUAAAAUGGAAUUCUCCGGAAUACGAUGGCGGCAGUCCUGUUACCAACUACGUUGUUCUGAAACGGGAAACCAGCACCCCGACUUGGACCGAGGUCUCAACCAGCAUAGCCAGGAACCAAAUCAAGGCAACGAAGCUGACCAAGGGAGAGGAGUAUCAGUUCAGGAUAAAGGCCCAGAAUCGCUACGGUGUUAGCGACCAUAUUGACAGCAAGCCGGUUAUGAUCAAGCUUCCGUACACUUUCCCUGGACCUCCAUCCACGCCAUGGAUCGGUUAUGUAUCUCGAGAGAGUCUGACUGUGUGCUGGAACGAGCCGGUGAAUGACGGCGGGAAUCCGGUGAUUGGAUAUCAUCUUCAAAUGAAGGAGAGAGGAAGUAUCCUCUGGCAGAAAAUCAACAAAACAGCAAUACCAGGAAACCAGUGGAGGGUCACCAACAUCUGCCCGGGUCUCAUCUACGAGUUCAAGGUGGCCGCCGAAAAUUCCGCCGGCAUUGGAAAAAUGAGUAAGACAUCCGAAGAGGUGCUGGCUAUUGACGCUUGCGAUCCUCCAGCAAACGUCCAGGUCACCGAAGUGACCAAAAACUCAGUCAGCUUGUCCUGGCAGAGGCCACCGUAUGACGGCGGCAGCAAGAUUACCGGCUACAGCGUGGAGAGGAGGGAGGCGGCUAGCGGCAGAUGGGUGAAGGCGAACUUCACAAACAUUCUGGAGAUGGCUUUCACCGUUUCCGGUUUGAACCAGGAUGAGUCUUACGAGUUCAGGGUGUAUGCAAAGAACGCCGUUGGCUCUGUCAGCAAUCCUUCUCUCAUCGCCGGCCCGGUCACGUGCAUUGACGCAUGCGGCACUCCGUCCAUCGACCUGCCCCCUGAGUAUUUGGAUGUGGUUCAGUACAAGGCUGGAACUUCGAUUAAACUCCGAGUUGGAAUAUUCGGCAACCCCCAGCCAAGCAUCGAGUGGCUGAAGAACGAAAAGGAACUCGUCGCGUCUUCGUCGCUGUGUGUGGAAAAUACAACUGAUUCAUCCGCCAUCUUGAUCAAGGACGCCACUCGCUUCCACACAGGCUCUUAUGAUAUCAAGAUCAAGAACAUUUUGGGCUCAGCGUCUGCGACCAUCAGGGUUGAAAUCCUUGAUAAACCGGGACCCCCACCCGGCAGUAUUCAUUUUAACUCCAUCACGGCGGACAAAAUCACCUUCAGCUGGGAGCCCGUAUGUGCGGCCGACCAUGGCGGUUCCAGGGUGACCCACUACAUCGUUGAAAGGCGUGAGACCAGCCGGGUAGUCUGGUCCACGGUUUCCGAGCAGCAGGAGCAGACCUACGUCACCGUUGGCAAACUGGUGCAAGGAAAUGAAUAUGUGUUCCGCGUCAUGGCGGUUAACAAGUACGGCGUCGGAGAACCGCUGGAGUCGGACGCCGUCUUUGCUAAGAAUGCCUUUGUAACUCCAGGGCAGCCACAUACUCCCGAGGUGAACACUAUCACCAAGACCACUAUGGUGGUCGAAUGGGACAAACCCGGUGUGGACGGCGGUAGCGCGGUCACUGGCUACUACCUGGAGCGACGUGACAAGAAGAGCUUGCGUUGGAUUCGAGUUUACAAAGAUCCCGUCGCUAACAUCAAACAGACCGUCUACCAUCUCACCGAAGGAAAUGAAUACCAAUAUCGCGUCUGUGCCAUAAACAAGGCGGGAGAAGGACCGUUCUCAGACGUGUCCGACUACUACAAGGCUGCCGAUCCAGUUGAUCCACCAGAUGAGCCUAGUAAGCUGAGGGUGAUGGAUUCCACAAAGACCUCCAUCACGUUGGGGUGGUCCAAGCCAGAGUGGGACGGUGGCAGCGAAGUGACCAGCUACAUGGUGGAGAAGCUGACGGAGGGAGAGGAAGACUGGGUCAUGGUUACUUCCAAAGGAGAGGUCAAGAUGUCGGAAUACACGGUCCACGACCUAAAACCGGACGUUAAUUAUUUCUUCCGAGUUUCUGCUGUCAACUGCGCCGGGCGUGGGGAGCCGUUGGAGAUGACGGAGCCCGUGCAGGCUAAGGAUAUUCUCGAGGAAGCCCAGAUUGACUCGGAUGUGGCCAUGAGAACUCACUACAUCGUGAAGGCCGGCAAGGACGUGGAGCUCUCUGUUCCUCUGAAGGGCCGCCCGGCCCCCUCGGCAUCGUGGAGCAAAGGAGACAAAUGCAUUGACAGCGACCCGUCCUAUGAAUUCCACCACUCGGACCAGACCACAGUCCUUGUCAUGCGUGAAGUGACCAAGCUCGACACCGCAAAGUACACGGUGAAGAUCGAGAACGGCGUGGGAGAGCCCAAGACGCUGACCCUCUCCGUGAAAGUCCAGGACUCUCCAGCUCCGUGCAGGAACCUGACACUGAAAGAAGUAACUCGUGGAAAAGUCACUCUGUGCUGGGAGCCUCCACUCCUCGACGGCGGAGCUGAAGUCACCAACUACAUCGUGGAGAAGAGGGACUCGUCCAAGAGAUCCUACUCCGCGGUGACGAGCAAAUGCACUGAAACAUCUUACACCAUCAAAGAUCUCUCCGAAAAAACAUCCUUCUUUUUCCGGGUUCUGGCCGAGAACGAGAACGGUGUCGGCGAACCAUGCGAAACUCUUGAACCGGUCAAGGCUACAGAGACCCCUGGACCGGUUAAAGAGGUUUCUAUGAAGGAUUCAUCCAAGACUUCUGUCACGCUGCAGUGGCUGAAACCCGAUUACGACGGCGGCAGCAUCAUAUCUGACUACAUCGUUGAAAAGAAAACCGCAGACGAGGAAUGGACUCUAGGAGGUUCUAGCCGUCAGUGUGAACUUGAGGUCAAGAAACUAAAAGAGCACUCAAACGUGUUCUUCAGAGUCGCCGCUCGAAAUGAGAAAGGUCAAGGUGACUUUGUGGAGAUCGGACCCAUCAAUGUGAUCGACUAUGUCAUCGCACCCGAAGCUAGCCUUGUAGACUACCCAGAUGGAAGAAUCUGCGUCCGCUUAGGUCAUAACGUCCACAUUGAGCUUCCGUAUAAAGGUAAACCUAAGCCGUCGGUGAUGUGGCUGAAGGACAACCUUCCUUUGAAGGAGAGCGAGCAGAUCCGCUUCAAAAAGACGGACAGCAAAGCCACGCUCAUGAUAAAGAACGUGAAGAAAGAGAACGAGGGUAAAUUUACGCUAACACUUGACAACAAAAUCAACAGGAAGUCCUUCCAUAUUUACGUCGUUACGCUCGGACCCCCGUCGAAACCUGUCGGACCCAUGCGUCUGGACGAAGUCCGAGCGGAAAGCAUCGUGAUUUCCUGGGACGAGCCCAACGACGACGGCGGCGGCGACAUCACCUGCUACACCGUCGAGAAGCGUGACACCUCUCAGCCUACGUUCAAGAUGGCGUGUUCCACCGUAACGGGAACGCAGUUCAAAGUACCCAACCUCAUCAAGGGCGUACAGUACCAGUUCAGAGUCUGCGCCGAGAACCGAUACGGCGUCAGCGAGGCUCUGGUUUCGCAGAUGGUCAUCGCCAAGCAUCAGUUCAGACCGCCGGGACCGCCGGGAAAGCCCGUGGUGUACAAUAUCACCAACGACGGCGUGACGAUCCAGUGGGAACAGCCCAUCUACGACGGCGGGACGCCCAUUCUGGGUUUCCACGUGGAGAAGCGGGAAAAGAACAGCGUCAUGUGGCAAAAGGUCAACACCGUACUGAUCAAAGAAACCGAAUACAGAAUCCUAGGAUUGAUCGAAGGCCUGGAGUACUCGUUUAGAGUCUACGCGCAGAACGAUGCUGGCCUCAGCCGACUGAGCGAUACCAGCAAUCCGGCGAUGGCCGUCAGUCCCGUUGAUGCUCCCGGCCAACCGGACUACACGGACGUGACAAGCGAUUCGAUAACGAUCAAAUGGGACGCCCCAAAACGUGAUGGCGGUAGCAAGAUUACCGGCUACAACAUCGAGAAACGACAAGGUCAAGGUCGCUGGUUCAAGGCCAACCUCACCGACGUCCACGACUGCCAGUACACCGUGACCGGUUUGGCUAUGAACGAGCGUUACGAGUUCCGAGUGAUCGCCAGAAACGCUAUCGGCGUCGUCAGCCCGCCGUCCAACUCCUCGGGAUUAAUCGUGGUCAGGAGCGAGAACGCCGCUCCUCAAAUUGAAUUCGGCGCAGAGUAUUUCGAGGGUUUGACCGUUAAAGCCGGAGACAACAUCCGAGUGAAGGCGGCCAUCACCGGGCGACCCGUUCCCAAGGUGGUGUGGUACAAAGACGGAGUGAAAAUCACCAAACAGAUGAUGGAUACUACCACCGUCGCCGGUUACAGUACCGUCUUUGUCAGAGAUGCUGACCGCACCCACCGCGGUCUGUACACCGUUGAAGCCAUCAACGGAUCUGGCAGCAAAAAGCAGGAUCUCCUGGUUCAAGUUCAAGAUACACCCGGGGAGCCGGUGGGACCCAUCGCGUUCAGCAACAUCUCCGAGGGCCGCUGCACGCUGUCCUGGAACCCACCGGAGAACGACGGCUGCUCGGAAAUUUCACAUUACAUCAUCGAGAAGCGGGAAACAUCCAAGAUCUCCUGGGCGUUGGUGUCCGACGAAUGCCAGGAAUGUUGUUACGCAGCAACCAAACUCAUCAAGACUAACGAGUACCAGUUCCGGGUCUCGGCCGUCAACAAGUUUGGAGUCGGAAGACCGUUGGAAUCCUGUCCUAUUAUCGCUCAGUUGCAAUACACUACCCCCGAUUCCCCGGGAACGCCCGACGCCACUGAGGUAACGGGAGAGAGCAUAACCCUGGCCUGGACUCCUCCGACAUCCGAUGGAGGAAACCCCAUUCAGUACUACAUUCUGGAAAAACGAGAGAAGAAGACCGUCCGCUUCUACAAGGUCCUCUCAAAGAAACCCAUCGUUGAGUGCGCUCACAAGGUUCUCCAUCUCACCGAGGACAUGGAAUACGAGUUCCGGGUCAUGGCUGUCAACGACGCCGGCGUCGGAGCUCCUAGCAACGUCUCCAUACCCAUUAAAGCUGUGGAGCCCAAGGACAUCCCAUGUGCUCCGUCUGUGGUCUGCGUUUCUGACUCCACUAAUACCUCCAUCAGUCUGGAAUGGACCAAGCCCGCGGAUGACGGAGGUUCUGAGAUCCUGGGCUACAUCGUUGAAAUGCUUGGGUGCGACGAAGUGGACUGGAAUCGAGUAAACGAAGAGCUGGUACCAGAAACAAAGUACACGGCGACUGGUCUUCGCACCGGAGCUGAGUAUCGGUUCCGUGUUGCGGCUGUCAAUCUUGUCGGAAGAGGUGAAGACAUGGAAACUCUGGAACCUGCUCAGGCUGUGGAUAGACUAGCGCCGCCGGAGGUGGAUAUCGACGCCACGUUCAAACAGACGCACAUCGUCAAGGCAGGGUCUUCGGUGGUACUCGGUGUCCAAUUCAGGGGCAAGCCGGUUCCCGUCGCCACUUGGGUGAAAGAAGAAGGAGAACUUGGUGUCAUGUCGGAGGUUAGAACCGCGGAAGGCAGCAGUACCUUACUUCUGGAAAACUGCACCAGGAACGAUACUGGUAAAUACACGGUUAACCUGGAGAACAGCAGUGGUACCAAGGCCAUUACGUUCACCGUGAAGGUCAUGGAUACUCCUGGAGCUCCUCAGGCUGUCGCCUUCCAGGAGGUCUCCAGAGGAUCCGUCACGCUUCAAUGGGAUCCGCCACUCAACGACGGUGGAGCGCGAAUCCACCACUAUGUUGUUGAGAGGCGCGAAGCUAGCCGCCGUACCUGGCAGCAAUCUGGCGGCAAGUGCACUCAGACUAUCCUGAAGAUCCAGGACCUCCUGGAGGGGGUGCCGUACUUCUUCAGGGUCUCCGCGGAGAACCAGCAUGGCGUCGGCGAGGCCUUUGAGAUAACAGAGCCCGUCAUUGCCACCGCCGAGCCGGCAUCUCCAAAGAGAAUGGACGUUGUGGACACCACGGACAGAUCCGUGUCACUGAGCUGGCUAAAACCGGAACACGACGGCGGCAGCCGUAUCCAGUGUUACAUCAUCGAGGCCAAAGCAAAGGAUUCGGAUAAAUGGAUGGUGGUUGGCAACACCACGAACGUCUCCUAUGUGGUGGAAAAACUUAACAAGGGCGACGAGUAUCACUUCCGUGUGAAGGCCAAGAACGAGUCCGGUCUCAGCGCACCUCGUGAAACUCUGGCGCCGGUUUUGGUCAAGGAGCCUCAUAUUGAACCCACAGCGGAUCUCAGUGAGAUCCCGAACCAGCUGAUCACAUGCAGAUCUGGCAGCACCUUUACCAUUAAUGUUCCGAUUAGCGGUAGACCUGCGCCGAAGGUCGCCUGGAGGCUGGAGGAGAUGAGGCUGAAGAACUCCGAAAGAGUUUCCAUUCAAGUCACCAAAGGAAGAACCAGCAUCUCGGUCAAGGACGCCAUGAGGGGCGACGGGGGCAAAUACUACUUGACGCUGGAGAAUGUCGUCGGAAGCAAGACCUUCACCGUCGAAGUCAAUGUCACAGGGAGACCGAGUCCUCCGACGGGGCCCGUCGAAAUCUCGAGUAUUACCUCUGAGUCCUGUGUGGUGAACUGGGAAGCCCCCGAGGACGACGGCGGCACCGACAUCACCAACUAUAUCGUGGAGAAACGUGAAUCGGGUUCGUCCGCCUGGCAGCUCAUCAACUCCAGCGUGAAACGGACGUCUCUCCAUGUGGCUCAUCUGACCAAGUACAUGCAGUACACCUUCAGGGUCUCGGCUGAAAACAGAUUCGGAGUCAGCAAACCGACCGAGUCGGAAACCAUCGUAGCAGAGCAUCCUUACACCCCCCCUGGACCCCCGACUAGGCCAUCCGUCUUUAACAUCUCUGCCAACACAAUGACCUUGAAGUGGGAGGAGCCUUACCAUGAUGGUGGCAGCAAGGUGACGGGUUACUGGAUCGAGAAGAAGGAGAGGAAUAAUAUUCUCUGGGUGAGGGAGAACAAGAUCCCGUGCUUUGAGUGUUUUUACAAAGCGGAGGGUCUGGUCGAAGGUCUACAGUACCAGUUCCGGGUUUACGCCAUGAACAGUGCUGGUCUGAGCAAAGCCAGUGAAGCAUCCAAAGGAGCUGUUGCCCAAAACCCUGUUGAUCCACCAUGCAAGCCAGAAGUGACAAACGUGACCAGAACUACGGUCUCGCUCAAGUGGAUGGCUCCGCUCAACGAUGGCGGCAGUCCCAUCGUGGGGUACAUCAUCGAGCGGAAACCGUACACGUUAACCGGCGAGGGCCGCUGGUUGAAGUGUAACUACACCAACGUGAUUGACACCUUCUUCACCGUUACCGCCCUGGGAGAAGGAGAACCCUACGAGUUCCGAAUCAUCGCCAAAAAUGCCAACCAGGUCCUCAGCACUCCUUCGGAGUCCACGGGCUCUGUGCAGUGCAAGACAGACUUUGAACCUCCGAAGGCUCAGUUGGACAGCAAACUCCUGUCUGAAGUUGUCGUGGUGAGAGCCGGCUCGGAUCUGGUUCUGGACGCCGCAGUGGGGGGCAGGCCUGAUCCCAAAGCGUCUUGGUCCAAGGGCACCAGGGAGCUGGAGUUGUGUGAAAAGUACCACGUGCAGUACACACCCAACCGGGCAAUGGCCAUCAUCAAGUUCUGCGACAGAGACGAUACCGGGAAGUACAUUCUUAGCGUCAGGAAUGUGAGCGGAACCAAGACCGCCGAGGUCAACGUCAAAGUGCUCGACACUCCGGGAGCAUGUGAAGGCAGCAUUGAGAUCAGCAAGAUAACGGAAGAGUCGUGCACUCUUAGCUGGAGGUCUCCUCUGGAGGAUGGCGGAGAUGAAGUCUCUCACUACCUGGUGGAGAGGAGGGACACCAACAGACUCAACUGGGUUAUCAUGCAGGCCGAGUGCAAGCAGCUGACCUGCAACAUCACCGGACUCUUCAAGAACACAGAAUACCUGUUCAGAGUCAGAGGGGUCAACAAGUACGGAGCCGGAGUCCCCAUCCAGUCUGAGGCCAUGGUGGCCAGAAACACUUUCACCGUUCCAACUCCACCGGGUGCACCUGAGAUCCUCGUGUCCGGAAAAGAUUUUGCCACGAUCGAGUGGCUGAAGCCCGAGAGCGACGGCGGCAGUCCGCUGAUCCACUAUCUUGUGGAGAGGCGAGAGAGGAAGAGCGCCCGCUGGGUGAAGGUGAACAGGAGUGGAGCACACCUGGACACAACGUUGAAGGUGUCUGGCUUGACCGAAGGCAACAUCUACCAGUUCAGGGUGAUGGCCAUCAAUAAGGCCGGGGAGAGUGAACCCAGUGAGGUUUCACUCUACGUCGUCUGCAGAGUGCCGACGUGUACACCCGCUCCGCCUUCUGUACCACGCAUCACCGACACCCACACUGACAGCAUCAGCCUGGCCUGGUCUCGGCCCGUGGAGGACGGAGGAGCCGACGUUAUGGGCUACUUACUGGAAAUGCAGGAAGCCGGAACGGAGGAGUGGAAGAAGGCCCACGAAAAGACGCUGCGUGCCAGCGAAUACGUGGUGACAGGACUUCACUCGGCCAAGAAGUACCGCUUCAGAGUGGCCGGCAUCAACUUCAAUGGUACCGGAGACUUCAGCGAGCCUUGUGCGGAGACUGAGCCCGUGGAGAGAAUUGAAACACCCGACUUUGAGCUCCACGAUGACCUGAAGAAGACGAUAUGCCUGCGUGCCGGCGGUUCUCUGCGCCUCUUUGUAAGCGUCAGUGGCCGUCCUGCUCCGACGAUCACUUGGAGCAAACCAGGAGUUGACCUCAACAACCGAGGCUUCAUAGAGGUCACGCACAAGUCGACGACGCUCAUCAUUGAUAAGGUUCAUCGCUAUGAUGCGGGAAAAUACACGCUGGUGGCUGAGAACUCUGCCGGAAAACAGGAAGUCCAAAUUCUGGUCAAAAUCUAUGACACGCCAGGGCCAACAGGACCCAUCAAGAUCAAGGAACUGACCAAAGACUCGGCCAUCAUCUCUUGGGAUGCUCCGAUCGUGGACGGCGGUGCGCCCGUCAACAAUUACAUCAUCGAGCGGCGUGAAGCCUCCAUGCGAGCGUACAAAACGGUCACCUCCAAGUGCGGCAAGACAUCCUUCAAGAUCGACGGCCUGAUGGAGGGCAUGCUGUACUACUUCCGAGUCCUCCCUGAAAACAUCUACGGCGUCGGCGAGCCUCGCGAGACUCCAGACGUCAUCCUGGUUUGCGAGGUGCCUCAGCCGCCGCAGUCGCUGGAGGUGGUCGACGUCACCAAGAGCACCGUCUCGUUGGGCUGGGAGAAGCCAGAGCAUGACGGAGGUAGCCGACUGACGGGCUACGUUGUCGAGGCCUGCAAGUUCGGUACCGACAAAUGGAUGAAGGUGGCCUCCCUGAAGCUGACGGACUUUGAGCACACGGUGGAGAAGCUGAACGAGAACGAGCAGUACUUGUUCCGAAUCAAAGCCAUCAAUAGUCGCGGUGCCAGUGAAGCCAAGGAGCUUGUCACGCCCGUAACCGUGCAAGAACAACGAGUGAUGCCAGCAGUGGAUUUCUCCAGUCUUCCCCAGAAAGCUGUUAAUGUUCUGGCGGGUAGAACCCUGGAGUUGGACCUGCCGAUCGUUGGCAGACCGCCCCCUGCCUGCUUUUGGUACUUUGGUGGCAACAGGUUAAAAAUCACGGACCGUGUCAAGAUCCAGAGCACGGGCAAGUUCUCCAAACUGACCGUGUCAGACACGACCAUCGACGACACUGGCAGCUACACCGUGGAGUUGAAGAACACCGUCGGCAUCAUCACCGAGAUCAUCAAGGUCAUCGUUUUAUCCAAACCCGACGAACCCAAAGGACCAAUCCGAUUUGACGAGAUCGAUGCCACCACCGUCACCUGCAGCUGGGAUCCUCCGCCCAGGGACGGUGGCGCUCCCAUCAGUGGAUACGUGGUGGAGCAAAGAGAUGCCCACAGACCAGGUUGGGUGCCGGUGUGUGACUCCAUCAGCCGACCCACCUUCAAGUUUGAGAACCUGAUCGAGGGCGAUGAAUACGUCUUCCGUGCGGCCGCUAUCAAUCGCUACGGCACCGGAGAGUUCUUGCAGUCGGAGAUUGUCACCUGCAGGAGCUUGAAAAAUGUGUCUGGACCUCCUGGUCGACCAACCGUUUUCGACGUUUCACGUGACGGUAUGACAAUAGCCUGGAAUCCGCCAGAAGAAGAUGGCGGCCUCGAGGUUUCGGGUUACAUCAUUGAGCGCAAAGAAGUCAGAUCUGACCGAUGGGUGCGUGCCAACAAGAACCCCGUCACCAUGACUAGAUACAGGUCUACAGAGCUGAUUGAAGGUCUGGAGUACGAGCACAGAAUCAUCAGUAUCAAUGCCCGCGGAAUGAGCAAACCAAGUCUGCCAUCGAAACCAGCCGUGGCAUCGGAUCCCAUUGAUCCACCCGGUUGCCCUCAGAACCCACGGAUCACCGAAACCACCAAGUCUUCGGUGUCACUGGCUUGGAGCCCCCCUGACGACGAAGGCGACGCCAGGGUGGACGGGUACCUGAUCGAGAUGCAGAAGGUGGGCGCCAUGGCUUGGCUGAAGUGUAACACCACGCCCUCGCUGAUCUGCGAGUACACGCUGACCAACAUGCCCCAAGGAGAGGAGUUCAAAUUCAGAAUAAUGGCCUGCAACGCUGGCGGAUCUGGAGAGCCUGCUGAAGUUCCUCAAACUGUCACCGUCACGGAGAUGUUAGAAUCUCCCGAUUAUGAACUUGAGCUGAAAUACAAAGACGUAUAUGUCGUCCGUCACGGUGGAGUUGUCCGACUCUCGGUCCCGAUCAAGGGUAAACCCUACCCGACUUGUUUGUGGUCAAAGGACAGUGGAACAGUAUCAACCAAGGCCAUGGUGGCCUCCACCGAAGACACCAGCGAACUGGUGAUCAAAGAAGCCGAGAGGAGCGACUCUGGUCUGUAUGAGCUCCUUCUGGAGAACAAAGUCGGCAAGAAGAAGGCCCAAAUCAAGGUGAACGUCAUCGGCCGUCCGAGCGCUCCUAAAGGACCGUUAAUGUUCGAGGAGAUCCAAGCCAACUCCGCGAAGCUGUCCUGGGGCGUUCCCGGUGAUGACGGCGGUGCAGAAAUUUUGGGUUACAUCAUUGAAAGACGAGAAGUUACCAGAAAUGCGUGGUACACCGUGGACAGUAGAGUGACUGAUAACCACUUGGUCGUUAAGGGCCUGAAUGAAGGAACCGAGUACCAUUUCAAGGUCACUGCUGAGAACUCUUUCGGUAUCGGUCCAUCUCUGAAGUCAGAGCAGCCGUUGGUACCCAAGACUCUGCUUAGUCCACCUGAACCUUCAACCAUGCCACCGGAGAUCAUGGACAUUACCAAAAACUGUGUUGCGCUGGCCUGGUCCAGACCAAAAGACGACGGGGGUUCUUCCAUCACCGGCUAUUUCAUCGAGUACAAAGAAGUGUCGUCAGAGCAAUGGAGCCGCCACCCCGCUAAGAUUCCGUCCACCAUGUUUACUCUGUCUGGACUCACGGCAGAUGCCGACUACGUCUUCCGUAUUGUCGCUGUCAACGAAAUUGGCGAGAGCGAAGCCGGACCUGUGUCGGAUCCGGUCACCUGCAAGGAUCCAUUCGAUAAGCCGAGCCAGCCAGGAGAAAUUGAUACGGCAAACGUGACUAACACCUCCAUCACCAUUCGCUGGCAAGCCCCGGAAUGCGAUGGCGGGAAAGAGGUCCUGGGCUACUGGGUGGAAUACAGGAAGUCCACGGAGAGCAGCUGGAAGAAAUGCAACAAGCAGCGAAUGAAAGACAAGGAGUUCGUCAUGCGCGGAUUGGCCGAAGCUACCGAAUACGAGUUCCGGGUAUUUGCCGAGAACGAGACCGGAAUGAGCAGACCUAGUCGGACUGCCACUUGUAUCAAGACUAAACUUAGCACGGAAACAAAACCGAGCCUCAGGAAGGAAAUGGAUGAAGUCACAGCCAAGCUGGGACAGCCUGCCGUCAUGAAAUGCCAGAUUAUCGGCAGACCCGUUCCGGACAUCAAGUGGUACCACGCCGGCAAAGAGAUCGUGGAGUCUCGUAAAUACGAGAUGAGCUCAGAUGGGCGAAACCACUCCCUGUCCGUCAUGACCGACCAACAAGAAGAUGAAGGCGAGUACACCUGCAAAGCCACCAAUGAUGCCGGAGACACAGAAACCAAAGGUGUCCUGGUUUUGGAAGCUGCUCCGUCCUUCCAUUCCGAUUACCCGUUGAAGACCACAUACUAUGCCGGUCUCGGAACAACCUUGCGUAUCCACGCGGUCUACAUCGGCCGCCCCAUGCCAAAGAUCAUGUGGCUCCAUGAAGCAAAGACCUUGGAGAACGCAGAUGAUAUUAGCAUAGAAACCACAGAGCAUUACACUCAUCUCAUUAUCAAGAACGUGCAGCGGCGAAUCCACGGCGGCAAAUACAGGAUCAGACUCCACAACCACUUCGGCCGAGCGGACGUUGCGUUCAACGUUGAAAUCUACGACAAACCUGACAUGCCUCAGGGUCCCAUCGUCCUGGAGGCUCUUCUGAAGAACUCGGUCAUCAUCACCUGGAAGCCCCCCAAGGACGACGGAGGCUGCAUGAUCACCAACUACAUUGUGGAGAAGCGAGAGGACAAGGAAGGGAACGAGUGGGAACUGGUGUCGUCGUCCAUCAACUCCACGUCUUGCCGCGUUCCCAACCUCACUGACAGCGCCGGUUACUACUUCCGUGUGUACGCCCAGAAUCGCUACGGCAACAGCGAGCCGCUUGAACUAAUUUCGCCUAUUAUCAUUAAGAGUCAACUCGAGAAACCAUCACCGCCUCAGACCAUCGUUGUUUCCGGAAUCACCAAAGACUCCUGCGUGGUUUCUUGGAAGCCUCCACUCAGUGACGGCGGCUCCAAAAUCAAAUGCUAUUGCCUGGAGAAGAAGCAGAAGCAGAAGAAGGAGUGGGGCGAAUGGACUCCCGUGACCACGGAUGAGAUCAAACAGACGGUCUUCUCGGUGAAGCGUUUAUCCGAAGGCGUUGAAUAUGUCUUCCGAGUGAAGUGCGAGAACCUCGGCGGACAAAGCGACUACAGCGAGGAAAGUGCGUGUAUCAUUCCGGCCACGGCCGUUGAUGUUCGUGCUCCGGCCUUCAAGGAAGAGCUGAGGAACAUGAGCGUGAAAUACAAAAGCAACGCUACGCUGGUGUGCAAGAUCACAGGCCAGCCCAAACCGGUCAUUAAAUGGUUCCGACGAGGAAAGGAGAUCCAUUCGGAUGGAAAGAAGAUCAAGAUUCAAGAAUUCAAAGGAGGUUACCACCAACUUGUGAUCACCGAGGCUGAUGAAGAAGACUCCACCGUGUACCAGAUCAGGGCCACCAAUCAAGGAGGAUCCAUCUGCGCUACCGUGUCUCUGGAUGUUGAAAUUCCGGCAAAGAUCCAUCUUCCCAAGAACCUGAAGGACAAGGAAGCAAUUCCUGCCCUACGCGGAGAAAUGGUUAAUAUCAAGAUCCCGUUUGGCGGAAAGCCGGAUCCGGUCAUCACAUGGCAGAAGGGACAAGAUCUCAUAGACAGCAACGGCCACUACCAGGUCAUCGUCACCAGAUCCUUCACUUCCUUGAUGUUCCCCAACGGAGUCGAGAAGAAGGACGCUGGCUUCUACAUCGUUUGCGCGAAAAACCGCUUCGGCAUUGAUCAGCAGACGGUUGAGCUGGACGUGGCGGACGUGCCCGAUCCCCCGCGAGGCGUCAAAGCCAGCGACGUCUCCCGAGACUCGGUGACCCUGAACUGGGUUCCGCCGGCGAACGACGGCGGCAGCAAGGUCAUCAGUUACAUUAUCGAAAAGUGUCCCACCACCGCCGAGAGGUGGGAGCGUGUCGCUCAGUCCCGCGACGCCCGUUACACCGUUAUCAAUCUCUUCGGCGGGACCAGCUAUCAGUUCAGAGUCAUUGCUGAGAACAAGUUCGGACAGAGCGCCCCGUCCGAGACCAGCGGACCCGUCAUGACGAAGGAGGACAAAUCCAGAAUCCUUCUCUACGACAGAGAGGUCGAUGACACGGGACGCAUCCCCAAAGGAAAAUGUCAACACUCGGAUGCAAAGAAUCUGCAUAACAAAUUCUCCAUCGCGGAGGAACUGGGACGAGGUCAGUUCGGUAUCGUCCACCGUUGCGUGGACAUCAGUUCCGAAAGGACCUUCAUGGCUAAAUUUGUCAAAGUGAGAGGAGCCGAUCAGGCGAUCAUCAAGAAGGAAAUUGCCACUCUGAAUCUGGCGAAACACGAAAACUUCCUCCUUCUCCACGAGUCCUUCGAAAGCCAAGAGGAGCUGGUGUUGAUCUAUGACUUCAUCUCAGGUGUGGACAUCUUCGAACGUCUCAACACGGCGGAAUUCGAGCUGAACGAACGUGAGAUUGUGAACUACAUUCGGCAGAUCUGCUCGGCUCUGGAGUUCUUACACAAUCAGAGCUACGGACAUUUUGAUAUCCGGCCUGAGAAUAUCGUCUACACGACAAGAACCGGCUCAAACGUCAAAAUUAUCGAGUUGGGACAAUCCAGGCAUCUGACGCCCGGAGAGCAGAUUAAGAUCCAGUACAGCACCGCGGAGUACGCCGCCCCGGAGAUCCACCAGUGCGACAUGAUCAGCACCGUGACGGACAUGUGGUCCGUGGGCGUUCUCGCUUACGUGCUCCUCAGCGGACUCAACCCGUUCUCGGCAGAAACCAACCAGCAGAUGAUUGACAACAUUUCCAAUGCAGCCUACAGCUACGACGACGAGUCCUUCAAGGAGGUCAGCGUGGAAGCGUUGGACUUUACCGACCGUUUGAUGACAAAGGAACGGAAACAUCGUAUGACCGCCGCCGAAGCUCUGGUGCACCCGUGGCUCUCCAAGCCCGCGGAGGAGCUGAGCACCAGGUCCAUCCAGACCAGCAGACACAAGAGGUACUACCAGACGAUGGUGAAGAAGGAAUGGAACACCGUGGUGUCCGCGGCGCGCGUGGCUAGCGGCGGCUCAAUCAGGUCCCAGCGCGGCGUUUUCAUCGCCAAGGUCAAGAUCGCUCCGUUUGAACACGGACCGGUCGGCGGUCAGAUCGGGCACAGCGUCGCCGGCGAGGGCGACAGCGUUAAAUUCAUCUGCAACAUCGAUAACUAUGACAGCACCACCGAAGUCACAUGGUACUGCGGCGUCAGGCAACUGGAAGCUAGCGACAAAUAUGAAAUCGAUUACGAGGACGGUCUGGCCGUUAUCACGAUCACCAAGGUGACGAGAGCGGACGACGGCACGUAUCGAUGCAAGGUCGUCAACGAGUACGGCGAGGACAGCGUCUACGCCGAGUUGUUCGUGAACGGCGUCAGGUGCUACCGCGACUUCUUCACAACUCGCGUGGUCAAGAAAACGAAACGUCGUAUCGACACCGCAAGGAUGCUUCAGAAGCCGCCGGAGUUCACGCUCCCUCUCGUGAACCACACGGCGUACAUCGGCGAGAACGUGCGAUUCGGCGUAACGAUCACGGUGCACCCCGAGCCUCGUGUCACGUGGCACAAAUCCGGACAAAAGCUCAUCCCCGGACAGGACGAGAAAAAGUACACCUUCAUCAGCGACAAAGGUCUGUACCAGAUGAUCAUCCACAACGCCGAGGAUGAGGACGAUGCGGAAUACAGCGUCGUGGCUCGCAACCGGUACGGCGACGACAGCUGCAAGGCUCGUCUCACCGUGAUUCCUCGACCCAAACCAGCGGACCUCACCCUGAGACCCAUGUUCAAGCGCCUUCUAGCCAACGUGGAGUGCCGGGAAGGCCAGAACGUUCGUUUCGAGAUCCGAGUUUCAGGGCAUCCCGCGUUGAAGUGGGAAAAGGACGGAAUGCCCAUCGCGUUUGGACCGUCCAUCGAACUUGUCCACGAAGGCUUGGAUUACUUCAUUCUCCACGUCAGAGACACGCUACCGGAAGACUCGGGCAUCUACCGAGUAACCGCUACCAACUCUGCCGGGUCGGCGAGUUGCCAAGCGACACUCAAAGUGGAACGCGUGGCUCACGUGAAGAAAGACUACGAGAGCGUCCAAAAGGAUAAGAGAAGCGUGUCCCAAAAGGAGGAAUUGGACAAAAAGGUCCGGCUGUCUCAAAUUUUAUCGGACACGGUCGUCAUGCCGUUACCGCCCGCUGCGGUCCAAGCGGUGAGGGAAGCGGCCACCAUGUUUAAACCAGCGGUGACGACGAAAAAGGGCGAAAAGAGCGAAGCGGAAAUCCAGAAAGAACAAGAAGAGAGGAAGAAGCGUGCGGACGAGAAGAGGCUCCGCAUGCCGUACGUCGUUCCCGCGCCCCGGGUCAUGAACCCGGCUGUCCUUGAAGAAGACAUGGAAAUCAAACACUUCAAGCCGCUCUCGGACAUGAAGUGGUACAAGAAGCUUCGAGACCAGUACGAGUUCCCCGAACCCAUGGAGAAAAUCAAGCAGAAGAGAAUGAAACGAAUCCGUCUCUCCAGGUGGGAGCAGUUCUACGAGGUCCCCAUCAGGAUCAAAGACCAGUACAAGCCCAGGUGGCACAUCCCGUCCAUGACUCAAGAUGAUUUGGAGAUCGUGAGGCCGGCGAGGUACCGCGCUGCCUCCCCGGACAUGGACGCCUACCGCAGGAUUAGGAGGAGGUCCCUGGGUGACUUUGCAGACGAGGAACUCCUCCUCCCGGUUAAGGAGUACCUGUCCAUGAAGAGAACCGAAGAGGAGAGGCUGCACUUGGAACAAGAGUUGGAACUCGGAUACUCCGCUUCUCCGCCCAGCCUCAGCCCAGUUCGCUUUGAGCUGUCGGCGCUGCGACCGUCGUCACCCAGAAGAGUCUACAGCGACGACGACGACGAUGAGGCGGAAACCCUGCAGAGAUACGAUUCCUACCGGAUUCCAUCCAAGUACGAAGCCGGCCCGAGUUUUGUUGACCUGCGUCAGCGUCACGACAAAGCCACGUAUAAACCACCCAGGCAGAAGCAACGAGUCUACGAAGAGCGAGAAGAUCAAGAGCUUCUGCGUCCACACACCACCGUCCAGAGAAUCUCGUCCUACAAGAGUGAAAUCAAACGUAUGGAAUUUGAGGAGAAGACUCGAAGUCUGAAAAAGGAGACGGCGGUCACUGUCGGAAAAGUCUCGGAAAGCAUUGAAUCGGAACAUCUGAUGGCUUUUGCUUCCGAGUAUAUUCCAAAACCCAUCCCGAAGCUCUCCAUGCCUGAAGCGGAGAAGAAAGCCACCUCCUUAGAAAAGGUUGCUAAGACUGAAACAGUUUUACCCAAAGUGGACUUCCUGUCCAGGUAUGAGGAACGGAAGAAGACUCUGAGAUCAGAGCGGAGAUCAGUAGAAAGGAUGACGGAGGCUCCUUUUAGUCUGGACCACAUCCCUCACAUUACAAUCCGCAUGAGAUCCCAUCGGGUUCCGUAUGGCUCCAACACAAGGUUCACCCUGAACGUGCAGUCCAAACCGGAACCCAAAGCCAAAUGGUUCCACAACGGGAACGAGAUCUUCCCAGGCGGCAAAUACCACAUGAGCAACAUCAGCGGCCUUCUGACGCUCCACAUCAACAACUGCGUGACUGAAGAUGCAGGAGCUUACUCGGUGGUCUGCAAGAACGUCAAAGGAGAGAUUUCAGACUGCGCUACCUUAGACGUAGCAUCAUCAGAAUACGUUGCCUUCUCGUCCAUGCAAAGGGAUGAAGAACCUCCAUCGUCCCAUCCUGGAGACACGGCCGAAACGGAGAUCUAUCACAUCUCAUCGGCAACGGUCAAGGAGACGGUGACUGAAACGUUGACCAAAACCGUCACUGUUGUCAAAAAGGAAAAGACAGAGCCUACUAUACCCGCCAAGAUCCUCACCAAACCUCAAUCUCUAACGGUCGAGGAGGGCGACCUCGCCAGGUUCUCCUGUGAGGUGGACGGUGACCCGGCACCUUCAAUAUUGUGGCUCCAGGAAGGAGAACCCAUGGGUUCCUCCGCCCGUCACCGCAUCGUGUCCACACAGAACGGUUCCUCUUUGGAGAUCUCGGCGGUUCGGGCAUCAGAUGAAGGAACCUACACUCUCCUGGUGGAAAAUGCUGCCGGCAAACAAGAAGCUUAUUUUACUCUGAGCAUUCGCAAGUCGGCGCCCAAGGAGGAAGUCGCCGCCCCGACGAGGGUAACCUCUCCGGAAGCCAAGUCCCCGGAACCCGUCAAAUCCCCACAAAGACUCAAAUCCCCUGAGCCAAUCAAGUCCCCUCUGAGAGUCAAGUCACCAGUCUCGUCCAAGUCCACGACCCCAAAGUCCCCAAGUCCAUCUGUUAAGGAAGUUGGCUGUCAAAUCAAAUCAGACUCGGAGCAGCUCAGCUGUGGAGCGACACCUCACUUCCUGUUGCAACCCCAACUCCAAAAUGGCGAGGGACAAACUGUCGCAUUUACCCGCGAGCCUGUGGGCGGGGCUUACCCUGACGUGGAAUGGUUGAAAGACAAUUUGACUCUGUGGGACACAGACGGCGGCAAAUACGCCAUCAAGUUUGGGAAGUUCUCAGCUACGUCCUCUAUCGACAUCCUCAGCACUCCGCCAGAGAACAUUGACGCCGAGACGAGCGAAUCGCCGAUGGUGACAGACGCCGUCUCUGGAGACCCCGUCCCAACUGUGCAGGGGCUCCGCUCAGGCCGGACUUUUCCCAGCCGUCACGUUGACGACACGGCGGUGAAGAACAACCACACCGGAGCGUCCUACACCCUCCGUCUUUCCAAUGAACUCAGUUCCGACACAUCGACUCUCAACGUUCAUAUCCGAUCCAUGUAAAAAAAAAAAAAAAAAAUGUCGCUUUAAGAAUUGAAAUGGAUGUUCCACCCCCCCCCCUCUCUUGUUUCCCCCUCAUUGCUAAUCUUUGGUUUAGUGAAUCAGCAACAAUUGACAUAUUUUUCUUUUUGUAAAUAUGAACUAUUUUUGUACCAAACAUGACGUCCAUUGAUACCAAACUCAAGUCUCAACUUGUGAUAAGAUGUGAUGACACUUUUGCGGUGACAUGUACAUAAUGUAUAUAGCCGGAUUUCACGGUUAUGAGAAAUGUAUGCAUUGUUAUUUAUGACAAAAAUAUGAAGUGAAUGAAAAAGCUAAAAUGGUUUCGUAGGAGAAAGUUCCACACGGAACGAAUACCCUGCGGAGAAAACGGAGAAACUAAACUUUGUGCCUCAACUCAACGUUGAAGUCUUAAGAUUGCCUCGGCGGGUAGAGCCGCUCCCCGCUGAUGACGAAAAGCAAACGCUCAUCACGAUUACGAUUUCCUUGCGAGCGUAAGGCCCCGAUUGCUGUUUGCGUCACCCUCACGUAAGCAGCACGACGCGGCCUUGCGCUUCAACCGACCGAGUCGUACCGACACGUUUUGUUUUGUUUUUGAUGACACGGUAGGAGUGCGAGUGGCCUGCACUCUUACCUUUGAUCAAGGAGCGCUGCUUCUGGCACGGGACGCUUCCUUUGGACUCGGUGUGGUUGACAUCUCCUGGCCCGGAAAGAAGACCGAGUCUGAGCGGACUGGGCUGUGCAGAAGCAGCGCCAUCUCUUGGAGGAUUGUGCCUUAGCGUGUUUGUGUGUGAUGUAGCUUUUAGUUGAUUGUUGACUUGGAUGCCACAGUGACUCCAUCUGCUGUGUGAAAUGUUCUUUUCUUUCCUUCAGCCUCCUUGAGUUUUUGUUUUAAUAAAGCAUGAUUUCAGCACCGAGACCUUGGCGUUGUCGUCUGUCACCGUGCGGCGUGGUCGUGUCGUGACCGCCAGGAUGCGGAGAUGAGGACCCGAAUGCGGGGAUGCCAGGGAUGAAUGCAAAGCAAAGGAAAACUGAACAGAGCAACACAGGAAGUGAAUACAAAAUAAGAGCAUGAACUAGGAACUAAGGCAAGAAAGGAAACUAAA